GGGAGACAGGGAUAGAGUGCAGCACAUAGACUGCUACUGGGAGACAGGGAUAGAGUGCAGCACAUAGACUGCUACAGGGAGACAGGGAUAGAGUGCAGCACAUAGACUGGCUGCAGAGAGACAGGGGAUAACCAUAUCAUUAGAGUGCAGCACAUAGACUGCUACAGGGAGACAGAGAUAGAGUGCAGCACAUAGACUAUUAUCAGAGUGCAGCACAUGCUCUGCACAGAGACUGUUAUAGGGAGACAGGGAUAGAGUGCAGCACAUAGAUUGGCUGCAGAGAGACAGGAGAUAACCAUAUCAUUAGAGUGCACACAGACUGUCUAUACAGGUAGUAAAUGUAUAUAUUGGAUGAGAGUGCUGCACAUGUUCUGAAUGCAGAGAGCUGGGCUGCAGGAUACAGUAUCCCGCUUCUAAUACCUGGUCACUGGUAACUGGGGAGAUUAGAGUGCUUCACAGCAUCUACAUCCCGUUCACUGGCUCUCUUAAACUGUCACUAGAGAGACCCCCUCACUCACCCUUAUUGUGACUGUCUCCUAUCACAGGAUGGACCAGGCUCCCUCUACCAGGUGAGUCUCAUUUUCCUACAUUACAAGAUGCUCUAGAGACAAUGAUGGCUUUAAUUCAUUCAUGGAAAUGGAAUAGCUCCAGGUUCCCAGCGAUGAUGGACUCCAAAUCCCAGUAUGCUGAGGCAACCAUGUUAGUGCCCCCCUCAUAUUCCAACUCAGUUGCAGACUAGAUAAUGGUGUUAUCAGUUAAUGGUGAUAGGGGUUAAUUGGAUUGCCCCAGCCAUGUGCUAUUGUUUUAUUGUAUGGUGGCUGUGCUAAAUGGGAGUUUUAGUGCAAACAUCUUGAUUGCCUGGAGUUAUCCAUUUCUUGUAAGCUGGCUGUGCAGAAUGGGAGUUAAACCCCUCAUCAACUUGUCUACCACUGUAGCUCAGGUUGUAGUAACGCAUAGAAUCUUGUUUGCAGGGGUCUCCUAUUCUUGUAUCAUUAUAAGCUGGCUGAGCCGAUGGGAGUUGCAAUCCACAGCUUCUUGAGUGACAUAAUUAUCUCUACUUUAUCUUUAACGUAGGCUCUCAGAGCAUGAUGAGAGUUGCAGUGGAAAAUACACAGGGCUGGCAUGAGAGAUCUAAUUCUACUUGUAGGUUGGAUGAGAGUGAUGGGACUUGCAUUCUAAAAUAGAUUGAUAUAUCAGAAAGUGUGAUUACUGCUUUGUUGCCAUAGGGUUCAUUUCUUGGAACGAUUCUAAAGAUUUAUGGGAAUUGUAGUCUGAAGUCACCCGUGGGUCUUGUCUGCAAAUCGUUUUUAGAGUCAUCUGAGAUAAGUGGAAAUGUUAUGAUAAGACUUUUAUCAGGAUAAAAUGAAAGUAAAUCCAGACAUUGAUUGAAAGAGUUAUUAAUGAUCAAUGUACUGCUUUUAGCCAUUGACAUUCCUUGCUUGGUUGUACCAUGUUAAUUGGACUGUUUAAUAUAUGUACACUGUGCAGAAAACCUGCAAUAUGGAUUUUAUUAAAUGCUUUGCAAUUCACAGUUUGUAUUGGUUUUGUCUUUUAGUUUUUAAAACAGUUCUACGCCCGUUAUAAAAAUGGCUAUUUACCAGUCAUUAGGCUUUUUAAUGACCGUUACAGUUCUUAAAUAUAUAAUGUGGCUUUUUUCUUCUUAAUUAUCAUUUGAGCAUCAAUGUCUCUUGUAAUGAUAUGUGUUUAGUUAAACCAACAUGGAAAGGGUUAAUUAUCUAGGACUGAUGUGAGUGAUGACCACUCCUGUAUUUCAAUAGAAUGGAUCAAUUACAUGUUUGGCGAGGGGCAUUUCUGGAUUACAACACCUACAACUCAAUGCCAGCCUCAGACUGGGGGCCCAUAAACAGUUUAGAGGGACACUGGUGUUCGCUCAUUUAUUGAACUCGUCAUUAUCAAGAAAAGUCAAUGUCUUGGUCUAAGAUUCUUCUGAUGCUCAGCCAGCCAGCAAAGCAGGGUCAAAUGCAUGUCACAGUCAACCCAAAAUUCUGUCUGUACCCAUGUGGUUUGUGCGCCUGACUUCCUUCUGGAAGGGUAUGAAAGCUUUAAAUAUUCAAAAGCCAUUCCAUGAUAUUAUACUCUAUUAAAUAACAAUUUACGUGUCCCAGGGUCUAGUAAUGGCUGCCUUAUUUGGCUAAGGAUGCUGAGGCUUGCAUUCCCGAGCAGUUAUCUAGUAUCAGAGGUCAGCAAGGACAGGCCAUUUUCUCUGUCUCCCCAUCUCCUGCAAAUACAUAAUAUUCCAGAUAAUGAUCUGGUUUGGUGCCAUGAUUCGGAUACAUUGUUAAAUGGUUUAGAUUGUCAGCUUUCUGCCAGGCUAAGGCUCGAGGCUUAUUUCAGUGUAUAACGAAUUGCACAGAGCAGGGUGUAUUGGCACGUUGUCCGCCAACUAGAAAUGUUUCCCUGAUGCCAGCAGCGCCUGCCAAAUUGCUAAUCUACAAUCGGUUGCCUUGUCCUGGACAUGGAAAAUUGCUUUUCCAUCAAACCCGGCUUUUAUAUAUUCCGCAGGAUAUAUUAUAGGGCAUCGAUUCAGCGCAUCCGUUAUGGACUACAUUAACAUUCCGCCCAGCCAGCUAAUUUCGUAGGCUGUGUAUCAGUUGUAGUCCAAUAUCGGACAUUAUGUAUUGCGUGAAGUUCAUAUUACGCAAUCUCUAGCAAUUCUAUUGCGCAGUAGCUGAUUUGCCUGUUUUUCCCAAUCGUGGCUGAGUGAUUUAUCUGUUCUCUAGUAAUCACUGUCUGCCAGUAGGAGUUCUGUGUUACACUUGCCGUCAGUAUUCUGUGGAAUUCUAUCCUAGAACGUGAAGAAAGUGCUCUCAAAAUAUCCGGUAUAUUGACCUCAGUGGAGAAUAGCAUGGUAAAUCAAAAUACUAGGGGGGGGAUUUAAUAUCGCGUAAAAUCAGAUUCCACUCUUAGCUAAUGUGCUAAAUAAGGAGCAAUCACCAUGGAAACCAGUAGAAUUUAUCAAUCUUUAGUACUUUGCACCAACGUAGCAAUUGUUUGCCUAUCUAAAAACCUUCAUCUAAAAAUCUUUUUAGAUGUGCAGAGCGUAUUUAUAUAUAAUGGGUGAAUUGAGCUAUUCUGACUAGGUAAAAGUCAUUUUGGUGAUACUUGUCUACAAUUCCAAAUUAAACGGUACCCACUAUUGAGAAGUAAGCUUGCUUGGCACCAUAUCUGGCCUGGCAUGAAGGGUUUACUAAUUAAAUGCUUGGUUUCCUAAAAUUAUGCAGGAGUUGGGUACAUUUUGGCUCCAAAUUGGUUAAAUGUUGACACACCUUUUCUCCCCAUUGGCAUAGCCCCCCUUCGAUUCUCUCAUUGACUUUAUCGAGGACAUAGUGUAGAAGUUUAAUGUGGGCUCAAAGCAUACAAGGUGGAGGUUAGGAUUUCCUGAGCCUGGAUGCUUGGCAGCUUCCAAUGAGUCUUUGCCAAGGGAUUCCACUGAGAUUCUCCCAAACUGGAUUAGUGCCAGUGUUUGUGAGUGUUUAAUCAUGGUUUUCCCUUGGCACCAAGGACUACUGUGUAGGUGGUCUGCUGGCUGAAGAAUCAGAAGCUGUGCAGCCAUUUAAUCUUAUCCAGAACCUUGAGAAAACUCCUUAUAAAUCUUAUCCAAUCAGCAUGAAAACAACCUGAAUUCAUUUAUUUGGCAGAACUUUGCCCAUUGAGUUUACAGAACUUUUUAUCUGGUAUCAAAUUCUAUAUGAAUUAAAGAAACAAAUAAUGCUGGUGGCAAACCCACAUUGUUUUAAUGCAUUGUAUAUAAUACAUAUCUAACGGCUAGUUUUAGCUCUGACAAAAUGUGUGCUUGUUAUGGUGGGUCGGUUAAAGUGUUCCUUCAGUCCAGAGUUCACCACUUUCUACUCAAACUAGAAUACAGUUACACUUUGUUAAAAUAAUGUAUUAAAUUUCCCAGGGGGUGGGAUAUUAAAGGGGCAGUGUACACUGAUCUGCAAUGGUUAUUUUACCCAGUGUGUCUGUGCACGAUUCCCUGGUUUAAUGCCAAACAUUGGGCCGAGUUAUAGGAUUGGCAGCAUGUAUAAUGAAAAUUCAUCUAUGCAUUUACUAACAAUAUGUCUAUUACACUAUAUAUCGACAUCGUGCUAGUUGUGACACGUGUCAGAUAUGAUUGUAACGGACCACCCGGCACCCUGACUUGGUACCUCUGUUGAAGGAUGCUCCUAGCGCUUUCUGAGGGCUCCAAGCACUCCAGCCAACACCAUAACCACCAUAGACUCCUUCCGAGAGCAAGACAGGAACAAGCUCUUAAAAGAGCUUAGAAGUGAUUAUCCAAGAGAGCAUGUAGAGCAUAGCAAUCUCUUGUAGUGAUAUAGCAAUUCCCCUAAUAAGAGACAGGACUCUAGAUCGAGGGUGAAGAAGAACUGUCUAAAACUUUAUUUUACUUGGGACUAGCCCAUAUGGUCUUUACAUGAACAUUGCUGUGAAAAAUCAAUAAAAUUACAAACAGUCAAAUCAUAGCAGGCAACAUACAGCGAUUUAUUAUAACACAAAGAGGUGGGGGAGACAAUAAUUAACAGAAAAUAUCUCACGUGCCUGCAGAAUUAGCAAUAUGCAAAUCUACCCGAAUAUGCAAAUGAACUAGCUAUUGAGGUAGUGCAUAUUGCUGUUUCUACCAACAGAGAGCACUAGACAAGCUCCAUAGCCAAAUCCACCUAGUUGGUAGCAAACCUCAGCAGUACAGGAGAGCAGGCAAUACAUCCCAGGGGCCAGUGUCACAUGGCAGGAGGCUGGCAAUCAGUCUUCUCCAAUGCCCAGUGGCGAGGCUGGUUCCGCCACAAUGAUGAGUUGAUUAACGUGACAUAGUUCUGUUUUUAUGUGAAGACACACCCUUGCUUCUCCCAGAAUCCUCUACCGUCCAAUGUAUUGCUUUGAAAUAGGUUAUACGAGAUACAUUGGUGGAGCUCAGCUAGCGCAAAGCGUGGAUACAGUCAAUUGCCGAUUAAACAUGUCUCUACAUGUUAUGUACAAGAUUAAAUUUGAUGCAUGUCAUACUUGACUAUAUGUUAUUUUAGUGUGGAAAUAUUCAGACAAAUAAUAUAUGUGGGCAGAGUGCCUGGUUACUGUGUUUCUGAAGAGAAACAUCUAUUUGUAAUAAAACUUUUUUUUGAAUGAAUAUGAUUUUAUAAGGAUAGCACAACAACGAUACAGUACAUACCAAGUGUCCCGAUCCAGGCCGGACAUUCCCAUCUGAUACAUGUAUUACACCAAAAGUCGUUUCAGUUCCCUGAUUGGGACAUGUGUAGUGAUAGUAUUAACAUCCCAUAUACAUGUGGUAAUCACAGACGGAAUCCCAUGAUUGAAUUAUUUCCCUCUGGCAGAUUAUAAUUUAUACACAAUUCUGGGCAGCCUGUUUUACGUACUGUUCAAGAAACUGAAGGAAAUUAUAACUAUGUAAAAAAAAAAGGCCAAUCUGGUAAAUUGAAGUUUUUUUGUUUUUUUUCUUAGGAAAGGUCACACUAUUGAGUGAUUGUGUUUUGCACAAAAACUACAACUGUACUGUUUAUUUGUUUCCAAAAAUGGAACUUCGACGUCUUGUAAAACGAAAUCAUGGGCUAAUAUUAAUAACCGUUCUAGGUGCCAGUCACUACCGUCAUGUAGCAAUGUCAUGUAGCAGACAAUUCACUCCAAUAAUAAGGUUGUUCCAUAGCAUUCUACUGUAGGUUUUUUCCAGAGUCCAGCCUGGGCAUGCAGCCCAAUGAAGGCCUAAGGACAGUGAUGGCUAACGUCACUGCAGAUAUUUCUGAACUACAUGUCCCAUAAUGCUCGGCAAGCCUUGUGCCUAUCUAUCACUCCUUUAAAGAGAUCCAUGUACCACCAUAUUGCCCUUAUUUAUUAGUGAAUUAUUAGCCUGUGUUCUGGGGUAAAUUUGGGAGGAGAAGCAUAAGUGAGUUCUAUGUCUAUGUCAAGCGUAGUCAAAUUAUAUUUACCUCCAGAAAGCAUAAAACAAAUCCAGUCCCAAUCUUAGCCAGGUCAGGACAUACAUGCAUUUAAAAUGAAAUUUAAUGGAUUGCAUUUGGGAGGAAAGGAAUGCCCCUUUUAUUAGUCGAUCAGAAACCUGAGAAUGAGAUGUUAAAUGAUAUAUUUACAUUCUUUAACAGCUGCCACCAAAAUCAAAUAUUUCAUUAAACUGGCACUUCUAUGACCAUUUUCCAUAAUCAUUCUUUGAUUUACCCUGAACAAUGACUAUAUCCAGUUGCAGUCAUAUAGCUGCCGGUUUGCAUAUAAUGAUUGCUCCGUGUCAUGGCAUUUGACAGUUUUGCCUCUCGAGUUUAUACAUUGCGCUUUUUAUGUCUGGCAAUCAAACUGUGGGCUGUGAAAGCUGUAAUUAGCCUUUUUUUCGUUUGAGGAAUGAUCUCUGCUGGGGUCGGAACACAGGCUCCUAGAGUCAACACAUAUCUGUGUCGUAAAACAGCAAAGGGGCUGAUAGAUUCCUAAAAGCAAGACUAUAGAGAGAUGCUCUCAAUCAGGGGGGGUGGGGGGGGGGUGCUUGAUUGUAAAUACUUGGAGGCUACAUAAAUCAAGCUGCCAUUAAAAAGGGUUGAUUCACAUCCUUGCGGACAGAAGCUUAAGAAAUAGAGAAAUUCUGUUGAAUUCUUCUGCUAUGCCUUCAUAACCACUGUGGCCAUAGGGUUCUGGAAGACAAGUAGGGUAAGAUAUGGCCAAAAUGCAAAAACUGGACUGGUCAUGAAAGCUGCCACUUUAAUUUUACAACAUAUGUCACCAGCAAGUGUCAACAUUCUGAAAGAAAUGUAUUUCUAACUUUACCGUUCUGCGCCAGUGAACCGUAUCUCACUAACUUUAUAGGCAACAAUUGUCCAUUGUGCGGAAUAAUGUGGUUCUAACUGUAAUUUUUAUGGGAACAAACAUGAUCGUAUCUGCUGAAUGAGGAACUGUCAUCUUUGAUUUGGUGGCUAUUUUCUUUUCCCUACACCUCAGUAGGCACUGUGUAAUCUGGACGUUCAUUGUGUCCUGCUUUGUUAUCAGUGGUGGACAGCCUUGCCCUAUCAUGCAGUGCGUGUACACGCUUGCGACAUUUUAGGAAUAAGGUUACUUUACACUGGACGCCGCGCAGUGCCACACAUUCAUUGUAAAUGGAAAACCAAUUAAAGUAACCCUACUUCCUCUGUCUUGGAAUUUUACUAGGAAUGCAGUAAAAAAUUACUAUAUUCUGUGAAACAUUACAUAAUAACCAGGAAAUCUAUUAAAACUAAGUUUUCAUUUAAUUUUUCCAUCAGGAAAAAAUAAUAAUUCAGUUUUCUGUUCAUUUAUGUUAUGAACGAUAAGAUUCAAGGACCAUCCUGAUAUAUUGUUUCUUUAUAACAGGAGUUCCCAACCCAGUCCUCAGGUACCCCCCAACAGUCCAGGAGUUAGGGAUUACCCAGUCGUGUCUAAAGUGUUUUUUCUAAAAACACCUUAGACACAACUGGGUAAUCCCUAAAUCCUGGGCUGUUAGGGGGUACUUGAGGACUGGGUUGGGAACCACUGCUCUAUAACGUUAUCUAUCAUGAAGGGGUUAAAGCAAUAUCAAAUUGUGUGCGAAAUGUCUGAUAAACUGUGCAAGUUUGUGAAUGCUCCCUUAAUACAAUAUAACAAUGUACAAGCAUUUGUUUUCUGUCACUCGAUAGAGAGUGGAUAUUUCUAUAUUUCAUAAUGAUAGUACAGUAACCAUUUAUGUUCCCGUACCCGUUAAUUAUAUCACCUGGUAUGUACUCUAUACUUUACCCCUCUCGAGUAAUAUGGACUGAUUUCACGAACAGUGGUGCCACGUGUUUUAGAUGCUUACUGCUCUAGAACGCCUUGUUGCAAUUGGAUAGCGGUCCUGUCAUUUUAACCCCUCUUUGUAAAACCGUGCCAUUUUGUAAAGGCUACAUACACCUCUAGUGUAUUUCUGACAACCACUGUUGGCAUUUCUGCUGUGAGAACCGAGUAAGAGUUGAUCCUGCAACCAAAUCCUGCUCAUAGAAGCACGUGAUUGGAGGACUGCUGUGUUUUGCCAUGAACGUGUAUCUCAUCGAGAUUGCGGAAGAGUCUCCAAGCAUCCUGGUGAAGACAGAGAGGUGGAGCGGGCAGCUGCAUUGGAGGUAUCUCAACUCUGGAAAUGAGGUAAGUAAAAAAUAUUUAACUGAACGUUUAAAAAAAUCAAGAGGGGUUUGACAGAGAUCUCAGCAACAGAAGGGAACUUAUAGUCAUUAAAAAACAAUAGCUAUUUUUGGGAAUAUAAGUUCCUUGUCAUAUAUUCAUUUCAAAAUGAUAUGUAAACAUAUAAUAUUGGAGAAAUUACUAAUUUAACAUUUUGAUGUCACAUGAUUUAUAGAUAUUUAAAUAUUAAUAUUUUUAUGCAGUAUAAAAGUUAUACCUGUAGGACAUGCCUUUUUCAAAGGCACUGCAAGGCAUUUCAUGUAAAUCUCUUAUUUUCUGUGCUUCAAUGCAAGAAGGCCUCUGGGAUAUUCAUUCAAGUUUACUUUUAAAUAUCAAAUCAAAACAGCUAAAUUGAAUAAACAUAUUUUUACAGUUUGGCUAUUUCCCCAUAAACUUGAAAAUUACUUUGAAUUACCUAAAUUUCCCACUUUAACAAAUAACUUGUCCUUCCUGAAUUCAGAUCUCCAUCAUAUUCUCAUAUAUUUAAUGUUCUAAGCUCUUCAAACAAAUGGACCUCAGAAAUGAAAACAGGGUAAAAGGGACCUGCACCCCUAAAGAAGGCACUGGGUUGUCUGCAAUCUCUGAUUUCAAUGCACUUUGUUGCUUUAUAUAAGGUCUUAAAAUCUUUCAUAAUUCUUCCCAAAGUGCCCCAUAGCUCUGCCUUUUAAUUGACUAGCACUUUUUCCACUGUAAUUAUAUUGGCACGUGCAUGUAAUUAAAACAAAAUGCAUACGCUUUUAAAAAGACAUUAAUGAUGAACUUUAAAUAUCGCUCCAGUAUUUGCACUUUUAAAGCUGUCUCUAAAUAUUACACAGCUAUCUUUAUACGCGGGCCAGUCGCUGCAUGGAUAAAGUCUGCAAUAUUUAUUUAAUCCUAUAACAUCAAUCACUGACAUUUUUUUUAUUUUAAAAUAUAGACUUUUAUUUAACGCUCACUAAUAAAGUAAGAAUAUUUGUGAAGGUAACAGGGAAAUUUAGAAAACUUAUUAAAAUGAAUUGUUAUUGGUUAGAGUACAUAUUUAAAAUUAUAAUUAUAAUUUUAAUAUGAACCAAUUGUUUUAAUGCAUACUGUAGAAUUUUUCUUAUGAACUAGAAUUUUUAACUGGGGUUCAGUAAUUAGUUGUUUUAUUUUGUCAUUAAAGAUUUUAUUGAACUUUUCAGAACACAUCAAUCUAUAAUGAUUGAAGCCUCGAACAUUAACAAACGUCAAGACACAAUGAUUGGUUGUCGGCUUUGGGAGUCAAACCGUUCAUUUACAGUUUAACUCCUUCAACAAGUUUAUUGCCAAGUUAAUUGAUGCUGGUGUGGUACCCAGAUUGCCUCUCUAAAAUUCUCUAUAGACAUGUAGCUUUUGUAUUCUUCAGAUCAGAGAAGAUGCUCUGACAAAUGACUGAUUUUGUCCCAAAAAUUGUCCCAAUUUUUGAUGAUAGAAUCUAGAAUAAAAACAUCACACAAUAGAUUUAUGGAGUAAAAAUAUUACUUUUAAACACAGCUUUUGUAUACUUCAAAAAUACUCAACUAUAGUGUUUAUCAAUAGGAUGGGAGACCAGAAGUCAAUGUAAAAGGAAAUAAUCAGUAUAAGAAAAAAGAAAACAUAUUUGGCGAGCAAUACUGGAGAGAUGAGCAACAAUGAUGAGCAACAAUCUCUGUACUUGCAUUACCACCGAUACCAUAUACUUUUGAAUGCCCAGCUAGACUUCCAGUGACUAGCUAUGACGGGUUUAGCCAUCAAACAGACAUUACACCCAGUGCUAAACAAGGGUGGAUCCAGAAUCUAAUUUCAGGUGGGGCACUAGUAAAUUAUGUAAAGGAACAGCACAAUAAAUAACAAUUAAUUAAAAUAUUAAAAAUAUUUUAAUUGAAAACAAAGUAACUACCCUAAGGAAAAACUAAAGUUAAUUCCACACAUCCAAGAACCCAGCCCCGGAUGACCUCUGGUGUCACAGCACGUUUUUGAAAAUGGAAAUAUUUGGGUAAGAGGCUUUCAUGUGCAUACAUACACUGCCCUUUUGUAUAGCAAUAGCUGAGAACAAUGCAGCAAGACAGGAAAAGGUUGAGCAAAUGUGUUAAAAAUAUUAAAACACUAAAAUAAAUAAACAAAUAAAAAGUAGCAAAUAUAAAUGUCCAAAGUCAGUGUGUAAACUUGCAAAGGUAGCAGCCAAAUCCCAUAAAGGAGUCUUUUCGUUUUUUUCUAUAAGGAUACCGAAUCCAAAGUUUCUUGGGAACCGUAUAGAUAUACAAAAUAAAACAAAGAAGAAAGCCAAUAGUGCAAUAUGUUCCAAUAUUUUGUGGUAAUUUUAAAGUCCAAGUACCUUAUAUGGUCCUACUCACAUUUUUUAGAGCUAAGACCAGCUCUAGUUGUGAACAUAUAUAAGGUGAUCUUGAGGUGGCACUUGGAUCCAGCAAAACUUAACUGGGUCUCUCCAGACCUCUCACCUGCUUGUUAUAGGGGCUGUGUAUGAAUCAGAACAUUCCUCCACAUGUGAUGGACAUAUGUGUACGUCACGGUGUUCUGGAAUAAGGUGUUGCUAUUAAUUUUGUGACCAACUUUGAGUCCAGGUGCAAUGUUGGAGCAUCUCUCCCUGUGACCUUUGCCCUAGCCUAACUAGACCACAACUUAAAUUAUGCUACAAGAGAUGAAUGGUUUCCUGAUGGUGCUUGGCAUACAGAUGGAAAAUUACUAUACUUGAUUUUGAUAUGGUAACAAGAUAAAUUACCUUUACUUGUCAAUUAGAGGAGAUAACCUUCAGACAUUUCACAAUCAAGUCUGGUCACCUUAUAGCAUUUACUUAGAUUCCAGAACUAAGUGUAGAUGGUAAGACUGGUUCAAUAGGCACAUUCUAUAAUUCAGGACGAAACUUGGCGGGACUUUGAAUGGAAUUUUAUAUGGCUACUCCUAAGUCUUCCAUUUAUCUACCUAUUAGUCUUACAUCUGUCCCUAGUUAACCCUAGUUUUGGUAUGUAUGGACUUAUUUAUGGUGGUUUUGCUAUCACAGAUUCUUUCAUUAUGAUGGACUCGCAAAAUACAUCCCUGAAAAUUGGAGAGCAUUGCCUUAGUGCUGUGUGUGUCUCAUUGGGCACUGUUGCGUGACAAUAUGUGAUACCUUGCCUGAUCUCACAGACAUCUCUGCAUGUGCCAACCAUCCACAUCUUCCCACAUCCCUCACAGUCAUAAACACAUGUGCCCACCAUGCACGUCUCCCUAUAUCUCUCACAGAUAUCCCCACAUGUGCCACCCAUCUCCUCCCCAAACUCACGCCUUUUUUGCUUAUAAUAUAUUUUGGUGUUAAGCUGGGGUUUUGUUUUUAGAUAUAACAUGUUUUGUUAUAUGUUUUUGUCUUUAAAACUUGUGCAUAUGAUAUGUUAUGCAUAUUGAGGACUGUUAUGUGUACAAUGUUUUGUCUUUUGUGUUCGAUGUUGUUAGUUUAUGUAAUUUUACUUGUAUUUGUUUACCUGCAAAAAUGCCUCUAAAAUAAUAGUGGUCAGUUCCAUACUUCAAAACAAUAUAUACAAAUUAAAAAAGGGAGGAGAGGCUGGGCCAUCCCAGCAUGCCGCAUUGUGCUUUCAUCAAUGUUAUGUCAGGAUUACUAGUGGAUCCAGCACGCAGAAUUGUGUCACACCUAGGACUAAAGGUAACGUCUUACCAGGCCUUAGAAUGGCUGGACUUAACGUACCAGAGAAUAGUCAGAAUACUUGCCGAGGUCAGGGACACAGAAGGAGACACAACGACGAGGGAAAGCCAAAAGUCAAGGAUACCAGAAUUCAGGUAAAUUGGGUUUAAAUAACCCUCCUAGAGCUGCAAUUGGCUUAUAUGUGAUCUCUCACCCCAAAACGUGCUUGCACGUCCAUGAUGCGACGCCGCACGCACACAUGCGCCAUCUGUAAUAUGGGCAAGGGGUAUUUCUUUAAUAGAAUUGGAACCGCAGCGGCCGGCGUCUCUUUGAUAACGCCGCUCAUGCCGGGAACCAAGAUGGAAAGAGGUCGGGUCUUGAUCUGCUGCGGGUGAAGUGCCGAGCAAAGUUCUCCACGAUGCUCUCCACGACCCGUCCACCAUCAUUGCUUCUCUUUCUGAGGUCCAGUGCCAAGCAAAGUUCAUCACGAUGCUCUCCACGACCCAUCCACCAUCAUUGCUUCUCUUUCUAAAGUCCAAUCAAAUACGUCUUAUAGAGAAGCAUCUGAUCAAGUUGAUCUUUAGGAAUCAGAGUGCCUGUGCACACUCUUAGUCAGGAGAGGAAAGAAUGAGGGAGCGUGGGGUGGGCAGGUAGAAGGUUCUUCUUGUAGGUUUGCUCCCAGCACUGCCUGCAGGUGAAAAAGCUUAUUACGCCUAUUGCCAGCUUGCUGUGCGUUUAUGACAGACAUAAUUUUUCUGUGCUGCCCAUGUCAUGUGUGCCAAGGGUGCAACUAGCCCCCAGCACAAAAUUUGCAAAUAUCUCUGUGCAGAGGUCCCUUUUGGGCACAGAAAAUCGAGAAAUGAUGUUUCCAUAACUAGUUCCCAGCUUGACAUGUAAAUGAGCACAGCCAGGCAUUAUGUUUCAGGCUUCAUAUUGCAUUUGUUCAGAUACCCUCAGCAAUGGACACUAUUUUAAACAUAGCAUGGGCUCCAGUGACCAGAAACCAGCCAUGGACUGUAUUUAUUUUUGUCCCUGUGGGUCUCAUCAGCAUUGCACCGGUUCUGGUGUGUGUAUAAUUUACACACAUAGUUGUUGUUUUUUUCAAAUUGUAUUUUAUUGGGUUUUUCUUUUUUUACAUCAGACACAGAUAAGGUAAGAAAAGAAGAGGAUGAUAAAUAAAUAUCACACCAAGAUAAGAUAUUUAGUAAAAAUAUUUAAAGGUUGCUUAGGUAUGCCGAGAAAGUACUUUUAGGGUCUGGUAUUAUCCUGUGCUAAACCAUGUGGAAAAUCUCUUCAAAUCAAAUCAAUCAAUAAUAUUGAUAAAAUGCAUGUCUAACGUUUUUAAUGUUCUCCCGUUGGGCAGUCCAGGAGUUUCUGUGCAAUUUUAAAAGUCAGCGUUAAAGUGAAAAUUGGUAUUAUAUCCAAACCUUUGUGUUUGACGGGAUACUUUCUUUUUGUGUGGAUGUUUGUAGUUUGUAGUUUGCAAUUUACUGAAACCAGAAAUAGAUUUCCCGAGCUUUAAGGAUCAACUUGAUGGACCUCUUUAAAAGACCAUUUCUGCAAGAAUUGAUUUUCUAUAUUGAUCAAAUGGUGAGCUGCAUGGUACUCCAUCACACAGCAAUGGAUUCAUUCUAAAUUAUUUCUUAUUUAAUUAUAAUAUGGCUGAGUUAUCUAAUAUUUAGAUUCCCAGGCCAUGUAGACUGUCAAGUCAUCAUGGAAGGCCAGUUACCCACCUGUUGGCCGACACUGCUCUGUGGUUUCUCCAUUGUCUUCUACAGUAAAAUAUUGCCAGUACCUGUGAACAAUUGGUGGAUAAAAUUAUCACUGCAGAUGUCUGUAAACUACAUUUCCCAUGAUGCUCAGCCCACCCAUCUUAAAGGGACACUAUAGGCACGAUAGAAUCAAUGCUUAAAACUAUAAAAAAAAGCGAAUUAGUCCUUUUUGUUCUUUUGUUAAAGUGUUAUUUAGUGUAGCAGCUGGAAAUACUUUGUGGGCACUCCAACACAACCCACCAAAAAUACACCAAAUCUGAAAAGUGCACUUAAUGUUUAGGUGAUACACCCCUAAUACAUAAAGUCUGAGGCUCCAAAAAAGGUGAGCACUGCUGUUGAUAAUUUGUUUUCUCACAUUGAUAUUAAAAUACUAUACCCAGAAGAUUGUUCUUCCUCUUUUCCUGUUGUUCUCAAAUUCAUAUAUCUUAUUGGGAGUUGCAGAGUGAAAUAUUUCAGAAGAAAGGUCUAUUGCUUGGAGCUUAGAGUCUAUAUUGUGAAAAGGCUCUAAUACAUGUGAGUUAAUUUUCACUCACUUUUUUGGUUAUUAUAUUUUUAUAAAAUACCACACUAUAUUUUAUAUUUUUAUGUUUGUUAUCACAUGUAUUGACUAUUUACAGAAGGGGUAAGUCCCUAUUUUCUUAAGUGCACUUUUUAGAUUUGAAGAAUCAGUGCUUUCCUAUGGGGAAGACCUAAUGCGCACGGCACUCAAAUAAGGUAAGUGAAAAUUCGGUUUUUCUUUAACCCUUUCAUAGCCGUGGCAGCAGGGGCCGAGGGGCACUAGAGUGCUAGUAAUACAGCUUUGUAUACCAAAUACAAUAUAACAUAGCACUUGUAUUCAAUAUAGCUCAUAUACAUUAUUUACUGUUCUGUUUGUAUUGAUAUACAGCUUUGAAUGCCUAACACUAUAGUGUUCCUUUAAUGUCAUAGGGGAUGUACUUCAUAAACAUCUGUAGCACCAAAAAGAGUCAGUACUGUUACUGACAUUACUAAAAGUCUCCUCAAACCAGUAAAAAUUCUCCCCUUUAAAGGAUAAAAGAAUGUCACCCACCAUGAUCAUGGCCAAAACUGCUAUAAAGAGGGCAUUGUUUGGAGUUAGUGUCUCUGAGUAACAUAAUGUGUCAGGAAUGUGAAGAUUCCCCAGUGUUCUAAUCGGAUGUAUAACUUUCACACAGCUCCAAAAUAUACGACGGUCCGUGUCCUUAUAUGCCCUACAGUCAUAGGACCAGCACCAGAUGGUACGUAUCCUUAUAUGCCGUACAGCCAUGCGGUGGGCUCCAGAAAACCAUACUGUUACUGUUAAAAAAAAAAAAGAACUUGAGGCCCUUCCCUGAACUUACCCAAAGGUUUGAGAGCCACAAUUGUCCAGAUCUCACACAAAAUCCCAAGCGUUCUAUCUGAAACCCAGGAUCUGACCGUAUGAGAGCUGCAUUAUCUCUGCUCUCACAGCAAAAGUGCCCCCAAAACCAUGGGUUGCAGGGUCAAAAUCCUGCUUGCCCUACCCAAAUGGCGGCUCUGCAUUCUGUCAAGCUUAGGAAGCCAUUUAACUGAGGAUAGAAUUGAGAUGCAUCACUGAGCAGUGUCAUGGUAUAUCAUGCUUAAUCCCUUUCAUCAGAAAUCUAAAAAGUUCUAACUACCGUUUCUAAAUCAAUACUAAUACAUAAUUUAACAAUUGUGAGAAGAACAUUUUAAUUUCAGUUAAAUAUUGAUGUUCUGUUUAAACGCACACUCAUGUAUUCAAUAUUAAUAUAAGAACAUUCACAUGGAAAAAUAACAAAUCCAGCAAUUGAACCAAUCGUGGAUUGCUGUCUUCUCUGCAAAAGGGUUAACUGGCAUGUGGCUAUUCAAACCAUCUGCCGAGCUAGUUACACAAAUAUAGGGGCUUUAAAUUCCAACAUGUAAUGUCACGUGAGAGUCUGUUGCUUAGAAAUUCACUAAGUAAAUAUGUUUCUCUGUAUAACAGACAUUAAAGAAGAGGAUGGGUGGAGACAAUGUAAUAUGGAGACCAAUUAGGGUCACCAAGGGGAAGAUCUGGUUUUGGCUAAUUAACCAGAUUAGAUGUUAACGUGUUUUUUGACAUCUUUGAGACAAUUAUGAUUAGGCAGCUUUAGGUGUGAAACCUGUUAAGUGUUAUUAGAUGCGCUGUGGAUAUGAAAUAUUUGUUAAAAUUAUUUUUCAAAUUUUCUGGAUUCUCCUUCGCUGGUACCAUUGUGUGCUCCAAUUGCUUGUUUCAUCCAAAAUACUUUUUAUUCAACCACUUCACGUCACAUUCUCUUGUUUUAUCCAUUAUAAUUACCACCUGCUUUGUUAAGUCUCUUUGCAUGUUUGUGUGACCACCAUAUCUACAAAUUUGUUUGGUUUGGAAUACAAUUUUUGGCGGUGCUACUAAAUUGGUUUACCCGUACAGAUCGGUUACCUGUCCUUUUGGGGACACGCUUACACUCAUUGAAGAAGGCAGUUUUUUGAGUUUUUGCAAGGUAAAUAUAUUUAGGUUUACAAUGGGAUUUAGGCGUAAUGAAAUGCAGAGUAAGGUUAUGGUGCAAAAUGUAGCUAGAUUUAAGGAGGUUGAAUAACCUAGGGUUACUUUCAGUGUUAUAUAUGGGAUUAGAUCAAAUUUGAGGUUAGGUUAAUUAAUCAAUCCGUAAUCUUAAUCUUAACACUUACCUUAACCUAAACGUCAUCGGUCUCAAUGAUAUAGUGCAGUGCUCCUCAACCCUCUGCUCAAGGAACACUCAACAGUCCAGGAUUUAGGGAUUACCCAGAUGUGUCAAAAAUAUUUAAAAAACAAACAAAAAACACACACACAAAAAAAAUAAACACCUUAGACACUAAGGUGUUUUUUUCCUUUUACUAAACACGUUAGAAACACCUGGGUAUUCCCUAAAUCCUGGACUGUUAGGUGUGCAUCGAUGAGUGGGUUUAGGGGCAUUGCUAUAGUGAACUCCCUAACAUUAACUGUCACUGUAACCCUAACGUCACUGUAACCUACUUACCUUGCAGCCCUUUCCAGUCAGUGUGCGCAGUUUCCCUAGAGACCGGCGGACCAGCUUUAGCAGUGCUUUUUUAAUUAUACAGUGAUAUAAAAGAGAAAGCGAUUGACAGACAAUAUAAUAUUGACAAAUAGUGAAAAAGUGAAGAUGGCCUCGCUCAGAUAACAAUCAAGGAGAACUGGGGGCUUUCUGAGCCUGUUUAGUGUGUACAAAUUCCCACACAUAAGUUUAUUUUUGGUUUACUGUAUCCUCUGGGAAUACGGAGACUAUUAGAAUUCAUUCCUACAGCUAGUACUGUAAAUAGGGAUUCACGGGCCGGGAAAUUCAAAUGGACCCAAUUAUGAAGAAGUCCCCAUCUUCAUUAAAAUAAAAUUUAAAAUUGAUGAACCUUUAUUGAAAGACAUUUAAUAAUUAUUAAAAAAAAAAUCGAGUGAUAGACUGAUGAGGCUAAAUAUAUACUACACUACACGAUCAUUUCUGGAUAUAAAAAUGCAGCAAAACAAGCUAAUAUCUGUUAUGGCGUCUCUGUGCAGGUAAGUAGACAGUCCUGUAGGUAAAGUCGUGAAUCAACUCAAAGAUCGUGAAUAAAAACAUAAAGAGAGGGGAAACAUUUCAAUUAUAAAAUGUAUAAAAUAUUUAAAAUAUACAGUUGUGAAGGCAAGAGUAAUAUUGUAACUUUAUGUAAAGUUAUAUCUUAUAUACCUUACCAUCCAGUGCUGAUGGAAUCCUACGAGAAUUAAUUAAUGGUGGAUCUGUACUUCACCCUCUCGCCUUCUAUACAACAUACACAACAUGGAUGUGCAAAACCCAGAUUUUCUUCAAAUAUUAGGAUUUGGGGGACUGAUGGACUGACUUCGGAACAUCUUAUUGAAUGGCCAUGGGGCAAUUUUUUUCUCUGACCAUUUUGUGUUUAAUUUUUUUCCCUAUUCAGUUAUUCACUUCAAACCUCCAUUAAAUCUCUAUAAUUGUAUCCUCCCUCACUAAUUAAUUUUAUUUCUAAGAUUCCAUUGGCACUGGAUGUUAAUGGAUGUACAGAAUGGUACACUCUGCCUCCCCUCAUAUAUGCACAUCACAAUUCACACAUGCAUAGCACCCCUCACGCACAUACAGCAACCCUCACGCACAUACAGCACCCCUGACACACAACACCUUUCACACACACACAGCACCCAUCACACACAGCACCUCACAGACCCACAUAGUAAAAGAAAGUAGAAUAGAAAAUAGAAAAGAAAAAAAAAGAUAAAUGUAAGUACAUAUUUAAAAAAAAAACCCUCCUUUCUAAAAAAAAAAAAAAAAAUACAAUAUCGCAAUUGCGCUACAAAAUGAGUUACUGCAGCACUGGUAGGCGGUAAGGAAAUUUUAUCAUCAACAAAGAUACAAAAGUGGGUGGUAGGUAUUAAAAGGUUGACUACCCCUGUUUUAGAUAGACAUGCCCUAAAAAGGACACUGCCUAAAUCUAUUUUUUCCCCUCUCACUCUGUUUUUUAUUUAGGGUAUUUCAGCUGAUUCACAGCUUUACCUACAUUCACAGAGAGGUCUGCUGGGAGAGCUAAGGGAGCAAUGAGUCAUUGCCUAUAGAACUUGGGCCCAAGGAAUCUAUAGUAUCAGUUACAGAACAGAGAGGGAGGGCAUACCGCCCAAGUGUCCCUGUUUAGGAAGGACUACCAGCAAUAAAUGUGUUUAGAAAUCAGUCUGUGUAAAUAAGAUACAUUGUUCUUGUUCUAAAUUAAAUUUUAAUUGUAUAAAUUAUUAGUAAGUCACCUAAAAUUUCUCAACCCACCCAUGGUCACCCCCACUCACAACCCCAAAAUUAAACAGUCGCUCUUUGUCCCAUGGGAUGUUGGGCGGUACUGAUUGUGUGCAAUGGGCAUAGAGCAUAUGUCAUAUGUGACAUACAGGUUUGUAUAUACAGAACCAAAGCUACAUGUGUUUUAUCCAUUGCCCAGUUCAAUAAAAUGAAAUAUAAGAAUCAGACGGAUUGGGCUUGUUCUAAUUUGUGGGCCUUGCGCUACAAGUCCUACAGCCCAUGACUUAUUCUAUCCCGGAGUAAAGCACCAGUUAUUGGCAUAAUCUUAGUUCACUAACUUGUGACAUCUCGCUCAUUUCCUUCAAAUCCAUUUUUAAACAUUUGAAGCAUUACAACAGAUUCCCAUUUUCAGUCAUCGUGGCAUAUUAAAGAUUAGUGUACCGUAGACCCGUCAUACAAUGGUAUCCGGGUGUAAGGGAAUAAACCAGCUCUGCUGGAGCUAAGGAAACUCAAUGAACAUCUUCCUCUAACAUUAUAUUGACAAAUGUAAAAAAUGAACUCUGUUAAUUUCCUACCGACUCUUCUUCUCUGUCAAAAGAUCUCACAACUGUGAGUAAAGAAUGAGUAUAGCUUCACAUCUAAAUUUAGUUCAUUAGGUCUUCUUUAAUUAAAACCUAAACACACAUAGAAACAUAGAAUGUGACGGCAGAUAAGAACCAUUCGGCCCAUCUAGUCUGCCCAAUUUUCUAAAUACUUCCAUUAGUCCCCGGCCUUAUCUUAUAGUUAGGAUAGCCUUAUGCCUAUCCCACACAUGCUUAAACUCCUUUACUGUGUUAACCUUCUACCACUUCAGCUGGAAGGCUAUUCCAUACAUCCACUACCCUCUCAGUAAAUAUACUUCCUGAUAUUAUUUUUAAACCUUUGUCCCUCUAAUUUAAGACUAUGUCCUCUUGUUGUGGUAGUUUUUCUUCUUUUAAAUAUAGUCUCCUCCUUUACUGUGUUGAUUCCCUUUAUGUAUUUAAAUGUUUCUAUCAUAUCCCCCCUGUCUCGUCUUUCCUCCAAGCUAUACAUGUUAAGAUCCUUUAACCUUUCCUGGUAAGUUUUAUCCCGCAAUCCAUGAACCAGUUUAGUAGCCCUUCUCUGAACCCUCUCUAAGGUAUCAAUAUCCUUCUGAAGAUACGGUCUCCAGUACUGUGUACAAUACUCCAAGUGAGGUCUCACCAGUGUUCUGUACAAUGGCAUGAGCACUUCCCUCUUUCUACUGCUAAUGCCUCUCCCUAUACAACCAAGCAUUCUGAUAGCAUUUCCUGCUGCUCUAUUACAUUGUCUGCCUACCUUUAAGUCAUCAGAAAUAAUCACCCCUAAAUCCCUUUCCUCAUAUGUUGAGGUUAGAACUCUAUCAAAUAUUCUGUACUCUGCCCUUGGGUUUUUACGUCCAAGAUGCAUUAUCUUGCACUUAUCCACAUUAAAUGUCAGUUGCCACAAUUCUGACCAUUUUUCUAGUUUACCUAAAUCAUUUGCCAUUUGGCUUAUCCCUCCUGGAACAUCAACCCUGUUACAUAUCUUAGUAUCAUCAGCAAAAAGACAUACCUUACCAUCAAGACCUUCUGCAAUAUCACUAAUAAAAAUAUUAAAGAGAAUGGGUCCAAGUACAGAUCCCUGAGGUACCCCACUGGUGACAAGUCCAAGCUUCGAAUAUAUUCCAUUAACUACAACCCUCUGUUGCCUGUCACUCAGCCACUGCCUUACCCAUUCAACAAUAUUGGAAUCCAAACUUAAAGAUUGCAGUUUAUUGAUAAGCCUUCUAUGUGCAACAGUGUCAAAAGCCUUACUGAAAUCUAGGUAAGCAAUGUCUACUGCACCACCCUGAUCUAUAAUUUUAGUUACCCAAUCAAAAAAAUCAAUAAGAUUAGUUUGGCAUGAUCUCCCUGAAGUAAACCCAUGUUGUCUCUGAUCUUGAAAUCCAUGUGUUUUUAGAUGUUCAUCAAUCCUAUCCUUUAACAUGGUUUCCAUUACUUUCCCCACUACUGAAGUAAGGCUUACUGGCCUAUAGUUGCCCGACUCCUCCCUAUUACCUUUCUUGUAAAUGGGCACAACAUUCGCUAACUUCCAAUCUUCUGGGACUACUCCUGUUAACAAUCUAAUUUUUUGUAAAGUCCCUCCCCCCCCCCCAGUGUUUUCACCCCAUUAAUUAUCUGUAACUAAAACUUCUCUAUAUUUUGUCUCAAUUUAAGGAAAUGGGAUGGUGUUGAAUAAAUCUAAUUUUAGAUGUUCCCAUAGUUUGCUUGUGUUUAUUCUCUGGGAUGUUUCAUCAGAGUUUUAAAUAUAAUAAAUAAAUAAAAUAAAUAAAGUGAAUCUUGAGAAGAAAUCUGUGUUUUAGCAAGAUAAGGAUUCCAAGUACAAGGGCAAACAAAAACUGUGGUGGUUUCUGAGGGCCCCGCUCCUUCCCCUCUCUCCCUUCUCUGUUUCUCUGACCUUUCUCCUUUUCUCUUCUCUUACUUCUUCUCAUUUCAUAUCUCCUCAUACCCCCUUUUUUAUUCCCCCCCCCCUUGGUUUACAGGGGUUUGUUUUCUUUUUUCAUUUUUCUCACCCAGGCAUGAUAAAACAGUCCGAGAAACGAAGAUGCCUAAAAACAAAUCUGGUCUGUAUAAAGCUAGGACUCCUUCUUUAACUAGAUUGCCUGGAAUAAAAAUAAAAACCUCGAUAGGAGGCAAGUCACAAUGGGUUUAAAAAGAGGCUUGUAUUGUAAGCCUAUAUUGCAUACUGUAUUUCCAAGAAUGUUCUCUCAAAUAUUGGCUUCUGCGCAAGCCCAAAAGUGAAACUGUACUUGCUGUACCUAUCGAAUGAAAAAAUAAAGAAUAAUAAAAAAAAAAAAACUGUGGUGGUAAUGAACAAAAGUGACUGGUCUACAACGUCCCAAUCACUAUCCCGAUCUCAGUAUUUACUCACUACUUUCUUUUGCCACUUCCCUCACUCACUGUCUGUAUCCCAUUCUCCAUAUCAACCACUUUAUCUUCCAUAGCACCUUCUAAUCCACCAAACCCACCUCUUUCUCUUCCAUCACUUCAGCCCCAUACUGUCCACAGAUAAGAUUGUCCGGGUCGGUAGGCAGGAUGCCAGAUAGAGACCCUCUCCUAGUGCAUUGGCUGUUUUUGUGAGUGUUGUGUGUGUGUUUAGUGGCUGAGCAUUGGGAACAGCAACCCUGGUGGUUUGGUGGAGGAGAACUGUGGUCUGCACCAGAAUUGAUGCAGCCCGCUUUAAGAGCUCUCUUAUGGUCCUAGCACUCUGUGAAUCCAGGGAACAGCCAGGGAGCUCUUACAUUGACCAGCACCAAAUAAAUGUACAGACCACGAAGAUUCCUCAACAGGUAAUCCACCAAACCCACCUCUUUCUCUUCCAUCACUUCAGCCCCAUACUGUCCAAAGAUAAGAUUGUCCGGGUUGGUAGGCAGGAUGCCAGAUAAAGACCCUCUCCUAGUGCCUUGGCUGUUUCUGUGAGUGUUGUGUGUGUGUUUAGUGGCUGAGCAUUGGGAACAGCAACCCUGGUGGUCUGGUGGAGGAGAACUGUGGUCUGCACCAGAAUUGGUGCAGACCGCUUUAAGAGCUCUCUUAUGGUCCUAGCACUCUGUGAAUCCAGGGAACAGCCAGGGAGCUCUUACAUUGACCAGCACCAAAUAAAUGUACAGACCACGAAGAUUCCUCAACAGGUAAGGGUACAUAGUGCCAAGCAGUGAGAUUUGUUGAUCUCCCUGCCGGCUCAAGGAAAUGUCAGGAUUACAGAAUGAUCCAGCAUGUAGAAUUGUAUAACACAGAGGACUGAUAGGUAGCAUAUACCGGACCUUAGAAUGGCCGGACUAACGUAUCAAAGAAUAGUCGGGAAUAGCAGAGGUCAAGGGAAACAGAAAGAGACACAACAAUAAGGAAAAGCCAGGAGUCAGGGAUGCCAGAAAACAGGGAAGUCAAAAACAAUGCCAAAGUCAAAUAACCAGAAUUACCAGAAUCAAUAAGGCGCUCUCGGACAACCACAAGGGAAACCACAACAGGGCACUGAGCAGGAUGAGAACUGGGCCUAAAUACCCCUCCUCUAGAUCUGAUAGGCUGUAACCGGUCUUUGACCCCAAAGCAGUUACCAGGUUCCCAUUUGCAUAAUUGCUGCUCAGCAUUAACUCUUCUGUGGAUUUGGUUGCUGCUCGGCACAACUUUUCCUAUGUGGACAGUAAAUGUCAUUAACCACAUUUUUAUAAGCGGAUGAAUACGGGACAGGAAGGCCCACAAAGCUAGAGCUCUGGAUGUGACCGGACCCAAGGCUACCGCUUAUGCCACCUGGUGGACAAUCCAGCUCUGCUCUUUCACCAUGAACCGAAACAUACACAUGUAGAUACAUAAACUGACACACACAAACACUGACUCACAUGUAGAUACAUAUACUGACACACACAAACACAGAUGAAUACAAUAACACACAUGCACAGAGAACCACACCAAUCUCUUUCACCCCCACUAUGAGAGGGCUCAAAAUUUACACUCACAAACUGGCCAUUGGCAAAUAGAAAUUCAGCCCUGGUGAGGAUAAAUUCUUGAUUGUGAGCAAAUUUGCCAAGAAAAAUGAUAGAGACAGCUUAUGACAUAGUAGGCAAAGCUGGUAUAUACAUAGCCACCAUGAUGUUAACUUUUAUUGCUACAGGAUAUGUGAGCACAUAUGCACUGCACUUUAUAGUAUUUUAUAUUAUUUAUAUAAUCUUAUAAUGAUAUGUAUUUUGUUUCUGUGUUAGUGUGUUACAAUAUCUGUUAAAACAUAAAAAAUCCAAGUAAUCCCAUAUAUCAUCAGGGCUGGAUUUGCCAUAAGGCCACUGAGGUCACAGCUCCCUUACUCUGCCACAGUGGGGCCACACUGACGGGGAGAUGAUCUCCCUCUAUUGAUUCAGAGCGCUGCUGCAUGUUACUUCAGCAAUCUCUGAUACGUUCCCCAGCCGCCAACCAGAAGAAACUGCCUGCACCCACGGUAAUAACUCUCAUCCCUGGCCCAAGGUAAGCUUUAGAGAGUUUAUUUUUUUCUCUUAAAAUGCCCUGCCCCACAAUACAGCCCCUCAGCCACUAUCUAACUCCACAACAGCUAGUACUCCAAACUAACUAUCCCACCUACUAUAUCCAUCAUCCCCCAAAUACUGCCUCUUUCCCUAAUACUGCCACUACACCCACACUCUAGCCACUAUCCCCCACUUACUGCAGACAUUAUGACCCCACUAUAGACCCUGUCCUGCCAUUAAAGCCCCAAUCCCCCAACUACAACCACUAAUCCCCCUACUACAGAUCAAACUCUCUAUUAUUGCUACUAUUCCCACACUAUAACCACUAUCCCACCAACCACAGCUUCCAUCCAUUCUAUAGCCCCAUCCAAUCCACCCAAGCACACACACUGCAGCCAAUAUCCCCUGCACAUAUACACUACAGCACUUAUUCCCCCCUUAUACAUACAUUACAGCUCCAAUUUUUUCACAUGCACUCUGCAGCCCUAAUUUUCUUCCCAAACACACACAUAGCUAAAUGCACCCUACUUCUCUUAGAAAAAAUGCACCCUACAGUCUCUAUUCUCCUAAACCCCAUAUACAUUCUUCAGCCCCUAUGCUUAACAGCACACACACUAAAGCCUCUAUUUACAUGCACACACACAUACUCCACUGCAAACAGACCCACACACAAACAACCCCACAACAGUCCCCCUCCCUCACAUUCAACACUACAAGCAUAAUUCCCUGUGCAACCACACAAGCAGCAUAUCCCCCACAUGUGCAAUCUUAAAAACAUACUCCACCCACAUACACAACAACAUGAGCAGCAUCCCCACACAUGCACACAACCCCACAAGCAGCAUAUAUAUAUAUAAACAAAAAAAAAACACAAGCAGCAUCCUCACAAACAUACAAUACCGCAAGCAGCAUCCCCACAAACAUGCAACACCACAAGCCGCAUCCCCUCAAACAUGCAACGUCACAAACAGCCUCCUCACAAACAUGCAACGUCACAAGCAGCAUCCUCACAAACAUACAAUACCGCAAGCAGCAUCCCCACAAACAUGCAACACCACAAGCCGCAUCCCCUCAAACAUGCAACAUCACAAACAGCCUCCUCACAAACAUGCAACGUCACAAGCAGCAUCCCCACAAACAUGCAACACUACAUGCAGCAUCCCCACAAACAUGAAACACCACAAGCAACAUCGUCACAAACAUACAAUACCACAAGCAGCCUCCACGCACAUAUACACACACACUCUCUCCCAGUACCUAUUAUUCAACUGCCCACCUAGUUACUUUCACCAUUCAAUAAUACCCCAAACUAGCCGCAUUAAUGCAUCAUAACCCCAUUGCGGAACUACCCCGGUCGCAGGGAUCAUAACUGCGACCAGGCCUGGCACUAUGCAGGGGCUCCGGCUGCCCUGUCAACCCCUGCAGAAUCGUCUUCUGUGUGAGAGAGAUCUGGGUCCUCCCCGUGUGAUGGGCUCCAGGUACCCAUUGGCAGGCUGUCAGCAGAGUCGGUGUGCCCGCUGACCUGGUUGGUGUGGGAUUACUUGCCCCCUGCACCUGUCUCUACCAGGCAGCAGUUCCUCCAGUGUGAGUGUCAGCCAGGCCCAGGCUGCCACUGCCUGGGGGUGAGUGUGAGCAGCAUCCGCGUCUCCUCCGGGCGAGUACCAUGAGCACAGGCUGCCUCGUAGGAACCUGCAGGAGGACUUCGCACUCAUCCAGAGGAUUGGCAGUGGCACCUACUGGUGAUGUGUAAAGGGAAACACCAAGCGAGGGGCAGGAUUGUUGGGUAAUCAUCACUAUGUCAGAGCUAUGUCCAGGGCAGUGUGUGACAGACAUGUCAGAGGCAUCCUUAGACUUACACAGAGAAACACUGUGCCAGGGGCACAUCAAUAGGAGACAGGGCAGGAGCACAUAGGAGGGCACAGGGGAAGCCUGCUGAGAUUAGUGUGUGCCAGGGACAGAUUUAUUUAGAUAUGGGUUGUGAAAUUGUCUGACUCAUACAGGGAAUUAUGGCAUUUGAUAAGAACAAGGUAUGUAUGUUAUUGUAUGUAACUGUAUUUGUGUGUCAGUGUAUGUUUCUGUAUGUGUGUCAGCAUAUGUGAGUAUGUAUCUACAUGUGUGUCAGUAUUUGUGUGUGUCAGUGUAUGUAUUGGUUCAUGUGGAUCUGUGUGUGCAUGUCAGUGUUACUGUGGAUGUGUGUCAAUCUGUGUGUGUGUGUAUCUCUCAUAUUAUUUAUAAGUCUGUGGACAUCUCUGUGGCAGGAUAUGUGUGUUUCUGUGUAUGGCACUGGGCCCCUUUAUGUGUGUGCCAAUGCAAAUGUAUUUGCAUGCAAUCACCGAUAUUACACACAAACACCAACACUGUGCACAAUAACAGUCCUGCAUUCAAAUGCCAACACACAAACACACCUCGUAAUUCACGUGGCAUUACAGACACGCAUAUCAAUGCUUUCAUACACUAACACUACAUAAAAAAAACUUGAAUUCAAAUACUAAUACUACACACACCCAUGAUUUAUAUGCAAACAUUACACACAAACACACCCCUGCAUUCACAUGAAAACAUUACAGACAAGCAUUCCACAGCAAUCUUAACAGAUUCUUGCACCGGGGCCUUGAGGUUUCUAGUUACAUGUCUGAUCCCAAGAAUUACGCCAAACUUUUGCAUUUAUAUAUGGGUGCAUUGAGGAAACUAGCCUUGGGGCAGCAAGUAAGGUAAAUUCAGUCCUGUCCAUCAUAAGUUUGAGUUUAGGAUUUUGUUUCUUAAUCUUGAAACAAAAUGUUUGGUUAAUUGUAUGUUUGGUCUGCUGGUACUAACUUGCUGAAAUUGGCAGCAUAUUUAUUAGUACGUAUAUAUAUAUAUAUAUAUAUAUAUAUAUAUAUAUACACAUUGAUUUACUAUGGGAGAUUAUAAAACAUGGUGGUGCAAUAAUUAAACACUAUAAUUACUGUAAUACUCAUCCAAGGAAAGUAUGUGAUUAACUGGAAUGUGUGUGUUAAAGUUUAAUACCAGGCUCCAGCAAUUAGAUCAUGGAAAAGAAGGGAUUUUUCAUAAAUGAAGCAUAUGGCACGUCCUCAUUAAAAUUGUUGUUUCUUCCGUUUGUUGGCGCAAACUGCAAACGUGCCAAAUAUCUGUACAUUCCGCUCUGAACAAAUUGGAUGUUGAAAACAUUAUAUUAGUGAUACACAUCAUCUAUUAUCAGGGAGAAAGCAAUCAGAAGCGAAGCGUUUUGAAGUAUGCCGCUGUAGCGUGGAGUGAUUGUGAGCGAAUGUCCCGAAGGCGGCAGAGAUAAAAUCUGCUUUACCUAAUUUGCUGAGGAAUUUUGAACCUCUCUGUGUAAUAAUGUUUCUAUAUAAAUAUGACCCAGUAAUCUUCCCGAUCAGCGUACCCUGGGCUACCGGUGCAGUACUUUAUGAUAUCAUAAUGAGCACUUACUGACAUCUGUCAUCAAAAAGUACAACGUCUUGUGUAGUAUAGAUUUAAUAUCACAUUAAUUUACAUAUAAAAUGAUUUUCUAAUGCCUAUUGAGGUCCUCAAAAAACUGUGAGAAAGUCAUUGGUGCCACAGUCUAGAAGAGAUGAAAUGCUAUCCAGAAGCUGUUGUUAAAGAACUACUCCUGUGAUGCUUUGACAGACAUGUUUUGGCUAAUCUAAUCCACGAGACAGACAGACAGACAUCUUUGGCAUUUUAAUAUAUUCAGAUGCAGAGGUGACCAACCAGUAGUCUUCUCUAGCUGUUAUUGAGGAACACCCCCCGCCUCCCUCUGUGAGAUUUUCCUAUAGGUUGGCGAUUUCGCAUGGAUAGGCUGGCGGUGCAUUAUGGGAGUUGCCCCUGUUAGGGCUUCCAUUAAAAGAGGCGGACACGGCAUAAACUAGAACACGUAAGGUGAACUAGAAGCACUGAAUCUUUUGGCAAGCUGUUGUGCUCAUUUUCAAAAUUGUGCAAAUUGUAGGAGGUUUGCAAUUUGAACUAUAAACUCUAAUGUUACAACAGUUAAGGCCAGCUGAUGUGGUCAUCAUAUAUUGGACUAAUUUUAGUAAGGGGUGUUCGUAUACCAUUACUAUCACUUACUUGGUUACUAAUAAUCAAUGACCAUUUUAAACAAACUUUUUAACAUUCUACUUAUGGCUUAGUUUUGGCCCUGGGAGAUCUAUGAACAAUGUGAUUGAGCAUUCUAGUUACGGCGUAUAUUGAGAUUUAUUGAUACAGUUGUUUGAACAUUCCAGUUACGGUUCUGGUAUGGCAUUAGACAAUCUAGAUAUUGUCUGUUUGAGCAUUCUAGAUACAGUAAGGAAUUCAGCAUUCUAGUUAUGGCUUACUGUAGAUUUGGCACUGAGCAAUCUAUGAUCAGAUUAAACAGCCAGUGAUUAAAUUAUAGGGCAUGGAUGCAUUUUAUUUGCGCAGUACAAAUGUUAAAUUCAUGUUUUUUUUCCCUGAGUCUCCUUUGAAUUAACUGAUUAUGGUAGGAAUAGUUUAGAGCCUAAUUACAGAUGACAUUUGAAGAUCAAUGUGCGUUCAAACGUUCCUGGUAAUUUAGAUUUAAAAAAAAUCUAUAAAAUAAUAACUGAUGCAAGGCCGCCCAGAUUAUUUUCUUUACGUCUGCAGCGAUUAUAAUGUAUGGCGUCUUCAUCAGCAAACCAUGCGAGUUAGAGUUUUAAAGUCAACGUUAUCUUGGGAAGAAUUUUUUAUUUUAUUUUUUUUUUAAGUAAGGAACUAACAGAUGUCUCCUUCCCGGAGGAUUUUCCGUAAUGAUACAAUUAACUUAUUUGCCCAUAGAGUUUUGUGAUUCCAAGUGGCCAAAUCCUUAAUUAAUCUGAUUGCUAUGACAGCUACAAAGCCGGUUGUAGUUUAAUGCGUCGGUAAGCACUAAUUGCCAAGACGGCCGAUGUGGGAUAUCGUAUCGUCCAACCACAGACGCCGGUGGUGACGUUGGGUAUACUGUCUGCCCUUUACAGUGGACAGUGUUUAGCAAUUAACCAAAUUAUUUCUAGCUGCCCAGUACCUAAAGGCAAAAUAAGUGGCAUUUUAUUUUGCCAAGGAAAUCACAGAUUAUGAAUGUGCGGCAGGUAUGAACGCAGAGCUGUGAACGCAAGGACAUGUAUCACUGCUACCUGCACUGACCUAGACUGAAACCUUAAAGUGACACUGUAGGCCCUGUAAACAUUUAAUCUCAUUGAAUUCGUUAUGUUGUCUGGAGUCCCCUGUCACUGUCCCUCCAUUCAGUGUUAAACCAUUUUGAGCAGUUUUAUCACUGAAUGAGGGUUCCUGGCUUCCAAUAAACCGGCCCCCACUGAAGGUGUGGCUACGGCAGAGUUUACACACUUCCUUCUAGCCGUGCCAAUUCAUACCAGCAGUGGGCACUGAGAUAGGCUGACAGACUCUAAACAAUCACGCAUUGCUGCUAAUGCUUCCUUGUUAGCAUUAAAACAAUAAAACCAGUUUAACGUUGAAUGAAAAUACAUUCAGACACUAUAACCACUUCAAUGCGAUGAAUGCCUAAAUUGUACUUUAAAUGCAUUGACUACACGAUGGGUACUGUUCACUUGCCGAAGUGAUCCUAUUAUUUUCUGUUAAAAAAAAUGUGAACCAAAAAUAUAAUAUAUUAAAAUUAGAUAAGCAAAGGUAGCCUGUCUAGCCUCAUAUUCUCUAUCUACCAGCAAUCCUUAUUUUUUAUCCAUAACAGGCAUUUGCGAUCAGGAUAAAUUUGGACAAGGAUUAAUAAACCUCAUUCUGGAAGACUUUUCCCUGAUUCCACAACUCUUUCUGUUCAACAGUUCGAUAGAGAGUUAUAUAGAUUGGUUUGAUUUAGCUACAUUAGCCCAAACCAUAUUGACCACAAAUUAAGGACUGUCCUCGCAAAAUAGGGACACUUGGGUGGUAUGUUGGCUGUGCUAUAUUCUAUGUAUAUUUAUUUUUUCGUUCUUCCAUUUAAAUUGAACUGUGAGAUGUCGUCACCCUUAAUGCUUGCUGUCCAUUUUAUACUAGGAUUGAAUUAUUAUAUCUGCAUGCCCGCUAUGUGAUGUAAUACAGCGUGCCAAUGUAUAUGUGCUGGUUACUAUCAGCCAAUAAAAAUGUAAAUUAAAAUAAAUAAUCUGCAUAAAACUCCUGAUUGCUGGUAUCAUUGGAAACUGGAGAUUAAAAAAAAAAAUUACUUGAAAACUUCAACGUAUUAAAGUGGCUUCACAAAUCCAGAAGUCUUUUUACUUGAGAAAUAGUUAAACAUUCACAGUCUUAAUCAAAUCCCUAGAUACAUCGGUACCUUGAAGGCAGAACUAGCUACCAAGUUGUAAUUUAAAAAAAACAGAAUCCACUAUCUCUGACUAAUUGAUUCAUUUCAUCGCUUCUGGAAAAGGCAUUAUAUUAAUCAAAGAGAAAAAAAUACGUAAUUCUCGUAGUUUAUUACGGCUGCGGUUAAUAGCAUAUACAGUCAGAUCCAUAAAUAUUGGGACAUCGACACAAUUCUAAUCUUUUUGGCUCUAUACACCACCACAAUGGAUUUCAAAUGAAAUGAACAAGAUGUGCUUUAAAGGACCACUCUAGGCACCCAGACCACUUCAGCUUAAUGAAGUGGUCUGGGUGCCAGGUCCUUCUAGGGUUAACCCAUUUUUUCAUAAACAUAGCAGUUUCAGAGAAACUGCUAUGUUUGUGAAUGGGUUAAGCCUUCCCCUAUUUCCUCUAGUGGCUGUCUCAUUGGCAGCCACUAGAGGCGCUUGCGUGCUUCUCACUGUGAUUUUCACAGUGAGAGCACGCCAGCGUCCAUAGGAAAGCAUUAUGAAUGCUUUCCUAUGCGACGGGCUGAAUGCGCGCGCAGCUCUUGCCGCGCGUGCGCAUUCAGCCCAGGAGGAGGAACGGAGGAGGAGGAGGAGGAGAGCUUUCCGCCCAGCGCUGGAAAAAGGUAAGUUUUUACCCCUUUCCCCCUUCCAGAGCCGGGCGGGAGGGGGUCCCUGAGGGUGGGGGCACCCUCAGGGCACUAUAGUGCCAGGAAAACGAGUAUGUUUUCCUGGCACUAUAGUGGUCCUUUAACUGCAGACUUUCAGCUUUAAUUUGAGGGUAUUUACAUCCAAAUCAGGUGAACGGUGUAGGAAUUACAACAGUUUGUAUAUGUGCCUCCCACUUUUCAAGGGACCAAAAGUAAUGGGACAAUUGGCUGCUCAGCUGUUCCAUGGCCAGGUGUGUGUUAUUCCCUCAUUAUCCCAUUUACAAGGAGCAGAUAAAAGGUCCAGAGUUCAUUUAAAGUGUGCUAUUUGCAUUUGGAAUCUGUUGCUGUCAACUCUCAAAAUGAGAUCCAAAGAGCUGUCACUAUCAGUGAAGCAAGCCAUCAUUAGGCUGAAAAAACAAAACAAACCCAUCAGAGAGAUAGUUGAUUUGGUGUGGCCAAAUCAACUGUUUGGAACAUCCUUAAAAAGAAAGAGCGCACCGGUGAGCUCAGCAACACCAAAAGACCCGGAAGACCACGGAAAACAACUGCCGUGGAUGACAGAAGAAUUCUUUCCCUGGUGAAGAAAACACCCUUCACAACAGAUGGCCAGAUCAAGAACACUCUCCAGGAGGUAGGUGUAUGUGUGUCAAAGUCAACAAUCAAGAGAAGACUUCACCAGAGUGAAUACAGAGGGUUCACCACAAGAUGUAAACCAUUGGUGAGCCUCAAAAACAGGAAGGCCAGAUUAGAGUUUGCCAAACAACAUCUAAAAAAGCCUUCACAGUUCUGGAACAACAUCUUAUGGACAGAUGAGACCAAGAUCAACUUGUACCAGAGUGAUGGGAAGAGAAGAGUAUGGAGAAGGAAAAGGAACUGUUCAUGAUCCAAAGCAUACCACCUCAUCAGUGAAGCAUGGUGGUGGUAGUAUGGCGUGGGCAUGUAUGGCUGCCAAUGGAACUGGUUCUCUUGUAUUUAUUGAUGAUGUGACUGCUGACAAAAGCAGCAGGAUGAAUUCUGAAGUGUUUCGGCAAUAUUAUCUGCUCAUAUUCAGCCAAAUGCUUCAGAACUCAUUGGACGGCGCUUCACAGUGCAGAUGGACAAUGACCCGAAGCAUACUGCAAAAGCAACCAAAGAGUUUUUUAAGGGAAAGAAGUGGAAUGUUAUGCAAAGGCCAAGUCAAUCACCUGACCUGAAUCCGAUUGAGCAUGCAUUUCACUUGAUGAAGACAAAACUGAAGGGAAAAUGCCCCAAGAACAAGCAGGAACUGAAGACAGUUGCAGUAGAGGCCUGGCAGAGCAUCACCAGGGAUGAAACCCAGCGUCUGGUGAUGUCUAUGCGUUCCAGACUUCAGGCUGUAAUUGACUGCAAAGGAUUUGCAACCAUGUAUUAAAAAGUGAAAGUUUGAUUUAUGACUGUUAAUCUGUCCCAUUACUUUUGGUCCCUUAAAAAGUGGGAGGCACAUAUACAAACUGUUGUAAUUCCUACACCGUUCACCUGAUUUGGAUGUAAAUACCCUCAAAUUAAAGCUGAAAGUCUGCAGUUAAAGCACAUCUUGUUUGUUUCAUUUCAAACCCAUUGUGUUGGUGUAUAGAGCCAAAAAGAUUAGAAUUGUGUCGAUGUCCCAAUAUUUAUGGACCUGACUGUACAUGAGUUGUGUGUGUACCCCAGCAGCCAGAGUCAAUGGCCCAUUUGAUUGAAAGACACUUGGAAUAAGAAACGUAUCAGAACUGUGGGUUUGGAUUUCUGGGUAUUAAGCUAAAAAAAAUUAUUUAGCUCUUUUAUAGCGAAGAAUAUUUAAAAAUAUAUUAAAUGCACUACUAUGAGAAAUUAGAGUAGUGACUAAAUAUAUAUAUAUAUCGGUCAACCUCCUGGAUUGGGGGGAUAACCCCUAGUGUAGAAUCUUCACCAAUAAUAAAACAAAUAGGAAGACAAAGGUAGGAGGGAAGGGAUGAUGAGGUAGAUAGUGUCCCUAUUGGCUGGAACUAGAAAUCUGAAAAAGAAAACGUAACAUUUAAUGCAAACAAAAUGUAUAAAUCAAUAUAUGGUGCCCCCACCCAUCACACCAAAAAGGGUUCUACAAUAUGUAUAUAUCUAACAAAAUGCACCAAUGGACUGAAUAUAUUCCAUAGGGGAUUAACCAUGAUGCUGUUCCUAGUGUUAGGACAAUAGCUGCAUCUAGUUGAAAAGUGCCAGAAGGCCCCUCUAGUGGCAGGCAAUUGUAAAACAAGUUAGUCCAAAUUCGUGCGUGUAAGUCACUAGGGGACUGAUAGUGAGGACUUUUCUCCAUCAGGACUUUUACCUUGCCAUGGUCUUUCUUAUCAAUUUGGAACUCUCUGUAUUUCUCCUUGUCCCCAAACCAUAUGGUGAGGAGCCCCAAUGAACGAGACAAGACAAUGUAAGGUUCAAGGUGACUUCUAAUGUUUAAUGGACUGUGUAACAGGUUAUAUUCAAGAGGAAACAGGGGUGGUCUUACAAGCAUUAUCCAAUCCUAAUAAAAUCAUCUAUUUUAUCUUAACAUCUUAACCUAUAGCUAGCUUGCAGGUGUAUCUUCAUGUUCAGGCCUUGCACAAAGCUAAGUUUCAAUAUAACUACGGACUUAGAAUUAACACUUAGAAUUAAAGAUAUUAACCACGCAGUUCUAAAUUACAUAUUACUAAGCAGUUAUGAUCAAAAGGAGUAACACCGAAAACAAGGCCAACGGCAGAAGCACACAAGAAAUAACACUAACACCUGUUACACAAUGUUCUAUAGCUGUUGUCUAGGGGUAUAUUUAUUAAGCAUUGUAUAUAGACAAAGUAGAUUAUUUCCAAUAGCUGACAUGCUCCAAGUUAGCCAAUUUUAAACAGACUGGACAUCUGGUCAUCUGUAGCUUGAGCCUUGGGUCACUAAACAUUGUAUAUGGGCAUAGUGUAUUAUUCCCAACAGUUUCCCUCCUUCAUUCACAACAUGAACGCAUAAAGUCAAAGUGGGAAUAAUACCCGUCCCUCGUCCAUGGACCAGGGUAUAGGAUUAUCAGUCCACCUGGUAAUCUAGGGCAAGGAUAAAAAAAACCAGUGGCAAAAGCUCAUAUGUGAAGGAAAAAGCACAUUUAGGGAAACCCUGAGUGGGGACCUCGACCGUGUAGACAUGUAAUUCCUCACGUUGACACCACUUGUGACCUAGGAUACCCGCACCUGUGAGAACAUAGCUCAGGUAUCGAGAGAAAUUGGGAAACACUUCUUGAUAAUUGAAAAGGCCCACUUACAUAUUAAAUCAUGAGUUAAAUUAUAAUCUAGCUUGCAAUUCUGACAAUAAUCCUAACCUGCACCUUGCGUCCUAUGUCUCCUAACCAUGUCCCUAUUCCAAUGGUCCAGUCAAAACCAGUCAUAUCCACACUCAGUUGCUCAAAACAUGGGAAUCCAUCCUUGGCACACUCAACAUACAUCAAAGACACACAUAGUACAUUCGUCCCUGGGUCAGCUAACACUUCCUCUCUCUCCAGCUAACUCUACAAAAAUAAAAAUAAAAUAAAUAGUUCAGCAUAGUUCAGAAAAAUCUAAAAAGUCUUUCAAGGAGUAUAACGAAAUCAGUUUAGACACCAUAAAAUAGCUACAGCAAGAUGGCUGACAACAAGACAAUGUCAGCUUCCACAUAGUUCUUAGUUCUUCUUUUGUUUGCUGGAUGUUCACCACAAUGCUCUGUGCAACACCCCAAUUGUUGAAUGGGUUAUUACAGAACCAGCGGAAUUAGACAGCACUGCACCUUCAGGCAGUGGCGUACACACAAACCAUGGUGCCCCAGUGCGAAAAUGAUCCGUGGGCACCCCCCCUCCCUAUUCCCCCCGACAGACACACACACAUACAUAAGACACACACACAGACACAUACACACAGACACAUACAUACAAACAGACAGGCACACAUACAUACAGACACACACAGACAUACAUACAGACCGACACACAGACAGGCACACAGACACAUACAUACAAACAGACAGGCACACAUACAGACACACACACACACACAUACAGACAGGUACACAUACAGACACACACACAUAUACAGACAGGCACACAUACAGGACAGAGAGACACACACAAGACACACAUACAUACAAAGACACAUACAUAAAAAAACAGACAGGCACACAUACACACAGACAUACACACAUACAAACAUACAGACAGACACACACACACAAGACACACAUACAUACAAACAGACAAGCACACACACAUACAGGCAGACACACACACAAGACACACAUAAAUACAAAGACACAUACAUAAAAAACAGACAGGCACACAUACACACAGGCAGACACAUACAGACAGACAGACAUACAAACAUACAGACAGACACACACAAGACACACAUGCAUACAAACAGACAAGCACACACACACAAGACAUGCAUUGUCAGCACAAAUAAAAGUUUUGUAAGUAUGUUGAAAACAAUAAGCAGUUGAAAACAUGUUUAAGAGAAACUGCUAUGUUUACACUGCAGGUUUAAUCCAGCCUCUAGUGGCUGAUUCCCUGACGGCCACUAGAGGCUGGUUCCGUGAUUUACACUGAGUAAAUCGCACUUAUUUGACGCUGGACGUCCUCAUGGAGUUCAGUGUAAAAAAAGAUCCCCAUAGGAAAGCAUUGAGUAAUGCUUUCCUAUGGGCGGGUUUGAAUGCGCGCACGCCUCUGGCAGCGCAUGCGUAUUCGGCUCCACUCGGAAGCUGACAUUGAUCGAGGAGGAGAGGUCACCAGUGCCGAGGGAGCCCAGCGCUGGAUUAAGGUAAGCAAAUAAAUGGUUAAUUAACCAUUAUUAGCCGCAGAACACCUAAACGGUGACUAGGGCUCUAUAGCGUUAGGAAUUCAUAUUUGUAUUCAUAACGCUAUAGUGUUCUUUUAAGUUAUAUAAACCUUAUAUCUGAAUACUCUUCUAUCCAAUCCCAGUGGGCAUUAAUAAAAGAAAAAAAUGGAUGGGUUUAUGAAUUAAAGGAGUAAAAUCGAACUCUUCAUUGAGACCUCGAGGUGACAAUGAUAGGUGUUCUUGAAUCCAUUUGGAUUCUCUUUUUAAUAAUCUCAUAUUGAAGUUCCUCUUUCUCAUACUCGUGGUUAUCAUUUCGAUUGCUUGAAAUUUCAAAUGGGACUACUAGGAGAAUAAAUGCAAGGCGUAUGUUACAGUUGCAGUAUGAACAUUAGCAGUUGGUGCAUAAUUAAUUAUGACUGCUGCUGGAUUUGCUCUGAUUAGAGGAGGAGACUCGCAUAUGGAUCUGAUGGAGGCAUCUGGAGGUUUCUCAGGCGAGGAAUAUUCCUUCCAAUGAGAACGCAGUCUUUUUAGCAACUAAUCACGACAUAUUUAUUGAGAUAAAUGAAUCCGAUUGAAAAACAAACCUGAUAUUAUAGAUAGUGUGGUUUAGAUGUGCACUGCAGCAAUUUGUACAGAAAAAAGAACAAAACUAACCUUUUACAUUUGUAUCAUCUUGUUAUUAUGCUAAAAUCUCAUUUUAGGAGACAUGUGAGGUCUAAAGAUCUUCAAAGUGGCUUUGAUACAUUUUAUAUAGAAUCAUGCCUGCCCUAAUUGGUAAAGAAUAGAGUUGAGCUGACACCUGGAUGUUCGGGUCCGGCAGGAACCCCGAACUUGACCCCGAACCACAUUGAAGUCAAUGGGGACCCGAACUUUUGGCUACAAAAAUGGCUCUAAAAAACUCCUGGAAAGGGCUAGAGGGCUGCAAAAGGAAGUAAAAUGGGGGUAAGAGUAAGACAAGUGCCCUGCAAACAAAUGUGGAUAGGGAAAUCACUUAAAAAUAACAUAAAAUAAGCAGUCGCUAAGUAGAUAACUCCCUAAUUCAAACGGUAUUAGGGAGCUAUCUACCAAAAGGCUGAAAGACCUAAAUUGGUCACUUAAAUUGGUCUUUCAGCCACAUUUACUAAUACUAAGUAAAGAUUACUUAGUAUUAGUAAAUUCAGCCCCUACUGGCUUCUCACUGUAAAAAAAAAAAACCCAAAAAACACCUAUUGCCCCCACCUCUUUGCGACAGGUGGGGGCCCUAAAUAAGAAUGUGGAGGGGGGACCUACUGUCCUCCCCUCGGCCCCCACCCCUGCGCGGUGGGUGGGGACCCUAAAUAAGAAUUUAGGGGGGGGACCUACUGUCUUCCCCCCUGGCCCCCACCCCUGAGCGGUUGGUGUGGGCCAUAAAUAAAAAUCCCCCCCCCCUCCAGGUUACUAGGGGUCACCCCAAUCCUCCCCAAAAAAUUACCCCUACUUAUCCUAAAAAUAAUGAGGGGGGACCCUUGUCUAAAUAUCUGUAAAAAAAAAAAAUAGACUUACCCUUUGAUGUUUUCUUUCUUCUAAAAUCUUCUUUUUUCAGCCCCAAAAAAGGCCAUAUAAAAAUCCAGAAUAACCGACGCACUUUAAAGAAAAAAAAAAAACGAGCACAAAAAAAUAAUAAUCCUUCUUCACCCAUGGAGGGCUCCACGCAGACUGAGCUCAGCAGGGCGGGGGAAGGCUUCUAAAGCCUUGCCCCGCCCUGCAAUUAGGCUCAGAGCACUCUGACUGGUGGGUUUAAGCCAUCCAAUCAGAGUGCUCUGACAGGUAAAUGAAGAGUCUGACAGGUAUGUAUGUUGACUGGGGCUUACGGUCCCAUUGACCCUUGCAAACACACAAACACACACACACUGACCCAUGUAAACACACACUGACCUAUGCAGACACACACACACAUUCACUGAUCCUUGCAGACACACAUGCACUUAUCCAUGCAGACACACACACUGACCCAUGCAGACACACACUGCACCUAAAUUAGAAUAAGGCCCCUUAUUCUUAUUUAGGGCCCCCACCCACCGCUCAGGGGUGGGGGCCAGGGGGUAGGACAUUAGGUCCCCCACCCAAUUUUUAUUUAGGGCCCCCACCCACCGCUCAUGGGUGGGGGCUCAGGAGGGGGGAACCUUUUUUUUUAACAGUGAGCAGCCAUUUAAAAUUGAAUACAGUGUAACAUUCUUCUUCUUCCACUGGGUAAGUAUAUUAGUACUUAGGCAAUACAGUGCUUCGGAACUUCGACACUUUGGAACUUCGGUAAUUUCGGAACUUCGACAAUUCGGCAAUUAGGCAAUUCAGCUAUUCGGACAUUCGGAAGCACCCGAAUGUCCGAAUUACCCGAAAUUCAUCCAAAUUCGUAUUCGGACCGAAACGAAUUGCACAUGUCUAGCAGACAUACAUUCACUGACCCAUGCAGACACACACUGUGAAUAUCAAAAACUACAGAAUGUUACUAUCAAAGUGUCUCUGACACUAAGUCUGGUGAAGUUGUAAAGAAAUAUUAUUUUGUAAUAUAUGUAUCAAAUAUUCUGAGAAAAUUAAAAUACACAAAGUAGCCAAGCACCCUCUUAUACAUUUUGUGGCUCAAGUCUUUUACUCCAGCAGUCUGUGUAAAAUGAAAGGCUGUGCUCCCUUAAACGUUAUUGCUUUUAUGGUCCGUGGAGUUUCACCAUCACAAAUUAAUUACACAGUUAAAUUCUACGCUGUAUUUAGAGGCAAAACAAUUUAAAUAGGUAAAAUAGUUGCCUAUUUUGCAAUUGAGGUAGAGUGUAUGUGUUUUCCUUCACUAUAAAUAUAAAUCAACACUAUAUUCAACAAAGAAAUUCGAAAGAAGGAAAAAACAAAAAAAGAGAGAAGGCAGUAAUCCGAAUAAAUGUAGGAAAGGUACAGCUGUGAGCUAAACAUAUCUACAAUUGCUAAAUUGUAGCUAUUAACUCGCUUGCUUAUAAGAAAUCUGGACCUGGAUAGAUGGAUGACUGGGAUUAGUAGGUGUGGUUGAAUGGCUGAGAUUAUGAGUGUAGAUGUCUGGAGAUCAUGUUGAGAAACUGCACCCUGUUCAUGUAUAUCUGCUUUGUACCCCUCCUAUUUGUUAAAGAUUUCACUAAAUAAUAGCUCCAGUGACAACAGCAGUGUCCAACCUGCUGGUUCUCAUAUUUUCACGUUGGAGGUCUCUGCUCAGCUGUGUGUCCUCUCUCCUUGUCUUUUACUACAGCUCUGAGCUGUGUGAGAUUGCACAGGGGAUUUACCCAACUUUUGCUCACAAUUUUCAAGUAAAAAAUUCCAUACUUGAUUUUCAUUGAUAUUUGGAAGUAAAACUAGCAAACAAGCAUAUCACAGAAAUACCUGCAAGAUAUAAAUAAAAAUUUUUGAGUAAAAUAUACUUAUUCGAUUUUUGUUCAAACCGUGAUGUUAGCUAAAAGACAGAAACAGGCCUGUUAGGUACGUUUUAUGAAAAUGUAGCAAUGCUUUUAAUCAGAUAUCCCGUUAGCACUACAGGUUGCCAAAGGCCACGUUGGCAUCAGUUCUCAUAUUUAAUGUUUGUUCUCAUUGUGUAAGAGUAAGAGUCUUGUUGUUUAACAGUUUUUAUUUCUUUUGUGGAGACGUGGAAUGAAUUCUUUGUCCUCACGCUCUGCGUUCUGUCCUACCAGGUACCUACGCCUACUGUAGACCCACUCCAAACAGCUAUUAUUAGUUUGUCUCUGAGUUCUCAUAUUCCAAGACAUGCAAUCUGCUUGCCGAUACAACCUCUAAAUAACUUCUCUGUGAAAGUAAUCUGCGGCGGAAUAUCUAAUCUUUUUUUCUCCUGUAUCUAAAAAUAGACAUUUCGAAUGAUAAACUAAAAUGGCGAAACGGCACAAGAUUAGCGUAUUUUGUUAAUUUUUUGUAAUAUAAAAGUAUAGAACACAUAUAGACUCGUCACAUUUCGGCUAAUUCGAAUGCACAGUUAUUUAUUUAAUUCAUAAAAACAAAAGACAGCAAAUGCUGGAUGAGCAAAGCUUGGCCAUGUUUGGGUUAGAUCGCAGAGCCUUCAUUUUCCGUAUUGACUUUUGGGUCUGGCUCACAGUCUAGCGGUUACAGUUUUAGAGUGUAUUUAAUUCUUUGAUAUCUGGUAUCUCUCAACCCGAUGUGCUUUCACUCAGCUACCAAGGGCUCUGCGAGGCCGCUCACCGAUGGUCAGAAAAUAACGAUAAUGGACUAUUACAAAGCGGAAGGAGGUUUCAAAAGAUAUGUAAUGCUUUCUGCUUGCUGUUUGCAUUAUGUGAAGUGUCAUUAAAAAAUGUACGAAGAAUACACUGGUCAGUAAUAUUGCUGUUGCUCAGGGUAUAAACAUCCACGAAGGAAUAUCGUCUACUCUCACUUUUCCCCUCGUUCUCGUACUUAUAGUUCCAAUUUACUUUUCUCAUAUGCCUCUCCAUCUACUGUUUAUUAUUUUAUUUUUUUUAAAUUGUGCGGAAUUUUGGUAUUUUGUAUGCAUUUGUCCUGUAAAUAUGUGUUAUUUUCUGUACCUUUCCGAGCAUUAUGUACCACUUUCAGUUUUUAAAUAAAUAAUUGAACAACAAAAAAAACAAACAAAACAAAAAUAAAAAUGGAAGUUAAGUGGAAUUGUUGACGCAAAAGGAAGAUCUAGACAAAAAUUCUCCAAUCGAUUUUCUCCCAGUGUUAGCCCCUUCUCCCUGCCACAGGUGCCUUGUUUAAAUUGCUGCUGUCGUUUAAUAUGGAUUAAUAUCCAAUAGAAGUAAUAAUAUUCAAAGGAAUUGGAAGGCACACCUGCCACAAGUGUUUUUUAAUUAGAUUACGUGAGGCGAGAACCUGUUUACUUCAAUGUCGCCUGCAGGCUAAGCAAUGGUAUGAUUCUAAUAUAUGCCGAGCUCCACGUUUCUUCAGUUAUUAUGUAACCUUGAUAAAGCACUAGCUCGUUAUGAAUGAAUUUAUGAAUUUUCCCUCGGUGAUACUUUCCCAGUUCUGCCAAUUCUAUCUUGCCAAAGAUGUCAUUUUACUCUCUAUAAGGACAUUGUACUAUCCUACAUAAACUAAGUUUAUGUGACCACUGUCAUCAAUUCUACUUGUUUUGGAAUUUUAACAUCAUCACACAGAGGGUCUCAGGUUUUGUUUUCUAUAAUAAUUUUAUUAAUAUUUUUUUCACCACAUUUUCAAAUCCAGAACUCGGAUUGACAAUGUAAAGUCUCGACUAUAGAAAACAAGAACCUAAGACAAUUCAGUAUUGCUUCCCUAACCAUUUGUUAAAGCCUGUUUGUGAUGCAUCUGAUUGCGUGGUUACAUGUAUUCCAGUGAUACUGGUAAACAUUACUAAAGGAACUGGUUGCGUAUGCCUCUGACGAAGUUGUGCUACAUAGGAGAUAGGGUAAAACGUGUCACCCAGCGAAAGGUGCCAUAUCAUACACUGGCAAAACAUUUUAGUUUCAAAAUUUUUAUUGUCAGAAUCAAUCUGCUAGAUUCAGUAUAAUAUAGACAGAAGUUAUUUUGUAAAGUAUAAGUUUAAAUUUAUAUACUGUGCAUACCUGACUGUGUUCUCUAUUCGACUGAGAACCUGGGAGUGCGUAAUAUUUGAGAUUUCAGGCCUCUACUGAAUUUCACACUGAGCAGCCAAGAUGACGUUUGGUCCGUUCGAUGCAGUCCAGGACUUCUGGGGGAUUCUCCUCAACAUCUUGUGCGGCAAAGGUGGCUGCAUUAAAGUCAAGAGGCGGGCGUUUAGGCCGAUGCAGCAUUUAGGGGAUCGGGCAGGUGGUACAGAGCCUUCACAGAAUUACUUGGUGUCGAGCUUUCAAGAUAGCGUCUACUUCCCUUGGUCACUCUCCAGGAAGUCCUAUUAAAGCAUUUUAAAGUUUUAAGUAUUUCUUUAUUUUGAAAGAAAUGCAUAAUUCGCAAAUAAUGUAGAUCUUUCCUGUGAAAAAAACUAAUGACUACAAACAUAUUAUCCUUUUCACAAAUACAUACCAAAGCCUGCAUCUCAGCUCGGGGGACACCCUCACUGCCCCCCGGAGCGGAACAAGCCUGCAAUUCACGAUCCCAACAGGAACUGGACCUGCGUGACACCCGCACCAACACACGAGGUAGGGGAGAAGGCCGAUCCCCGGCCUCGAAGUGGACUCAGACGGUCAGCUUGGGGCACCAAUUCCCCCCCCUGGGCCGGCCGAGAGGCUCCCCUGGACAAGCGACAAAGCAUCCAGCCAAACUUAACUGUCGGGGCCCACCCAAGAUGGCAGCACGGCCAACGAUGAUGAACACACACACCCAGCCACCCAAGCAUACCUCAGAGGUUUUUGAAAAGCUCUGCGCAAGCCUCUGGACUCGUGCUGUACUCUGGGGCAGUCCUUCAAGCUAGUGAUCAGGGAAGUGGCGGCAUGGAUUCACCCUCCAACCCGGCGCCGCCUGUGUGGAUAUCCACCUCGAACCUCCAGAGCGGCCACCCAAUGACAUAGCUCAGCAAGGUGGGAAGCAGCAUUAUGUUCCUCGGGCGCAAGCCCUUGUUCCCACGAACACUAGAGUGGGACCAGCAAGCAUGACAGACCUGCAUACUACUCAAAGGAAUCAGAGUCUCCUACCCAGCGAAGCACAACUUUGCACUUCAGGACUCCUACCGAACGCCGCGAAACUCAGAAAACCUGCUGAGAUCUACCUGCGCUCACCGCCUACAGGAACGGACUAAUAUAUGCCUUUCUAUACCACCUGGCUGACACACUGCACGACAGCACUCCGCUGAAGAUACACCUCCACCCCGGGUGGCUACCUUAGGCCUCUAGGGUGGGCAUCGGCUGGCUGCCAUGCUGAAGGAGGGAGCUGUGCGGGACUUGGUGGGACUUGCUCCCUCCUGAAAAAGCGCGCUUGCAGCUGGCAGCAUGGAGAUAUCUUUUACACAAAAGUAAUGUUACCAUCCGAACAUAAUGUUUAUCUGCAAAUCUAUAUGGUUCCACUGAGCUUGCCACUGGCCACUCAAAACAUACAUAUUACACCCUAUAUCUUUCCUGCUUAGUGCCUAGUGGCAUCUCUUGAAACCCACGUGACAGUCGACACUGGCGAGCUACCUACCAAUCUCCAACACUUACUGACACAUAAAACUCCUGUCCUACUACUAGUAUACUCUAUGACUAUGCUGAGCAUCAUAUAUACAUAAUGCGAGCAACGAAACUGACCUACAAUGUCUUGAAUUUCAAAACUUUUACAUUCGUAUGCAUAUGCAGCUUAGUACCCUCUCUAUACUUUAAAAAUGUUUCAUAGCAUGUUGUUAUAAUCAUUCUUCUUAUACCAUAAAAUUGUGCACUGAAUAGCGAAUAUCGCACUUAUGUUUGAUGAGCAGCUAGAUGAUUGCCAUUGGGGUACCUCCAGCCAGUUUGUAUCCUUUACAUGCACUGCAAAAAAUAAAAAUAUUAAAAAAAAUAAAAAAAUGCUAAGCUUAGAGUCAUGUCUACAAAUGCUUGCAGUUUAGGGAAUAAGAUCCAUUAAUUUGUGGGAAUAAUGGCAACUGAUAAUGUAGAUUUAGUCACUGUUAAUGAGACAUGGUAUAAUGAGAAAAAUGACUGGGACACCAGGGUAAUCUUUAUAUAGAAAAGACAUGGAAGUCAAGAAAGGGGGAGGGGUGGCCCUGUAUGUGAAGGAUAGCAUAAAAUAUAGCCUAAUAAAAGUUAGUGAGGCGAACAUAGAGUCUGUUUGGGUUACGUUAGAAUUUGGUAAUCACACAGUAACUCGUGUAGGUGUGAUUUAUAGGCCCCCAGGACAUAUAGAAGAGUUAGAUAACCUACUAGUUGAGGAAAUAGCUAAAAUGACAAUGAAGGGGGAAGUUAUCAUCAUGGGUGACUUUAAUCUUCCGUAUGUGAACUGGAAAACCAAAAUAGCUGCUUGUGCCAGGAGCACACACAUUCUAAACUUCCUACUGGGAUUGUCUCUAAAACAAGUCAUUGAGGAGCCAACUCGUAAAGAGGCCAUACUAGAUUUAGUGUUAACAAAUGGAGAUUUAGUAUCAGAUAUUACUGUAGGAGAAAGCUUAGGAUCCAGUGAUCAUCAGUCAGUGUGGUUUAAUAUAAGAACAGUGACUGAGUCAUACCAGACAAAAACAAAAGUUUUAGACUUUAAAAAAACAGACUUUUCUAAAAUUAGAAUAUGUGUAGAGGAGUCAUUAUCAGCCUGGAGCAAUUUAAAUGGAGUCCAAGAGAAAUGGGAUUAUUUAAAAGUUGCACUACUGAAGGUAACAGGAAAUAGCAUUAGGCUUGUCAGUAAAAGCAAAAAACAAUUAAGAAACCACUGUGGUACUCUGCAGAAGUGACCAAAAUAGUAAAAAAAGUUAGCAUUUAGUAAUUAUAAAAAAAAGAAAACAGAGUGAGGAAGAUAGAUAGAUUUGUAAGAAAGAGGCUAAGCAAGUUAUAAGAGCUUCUAAAUCACACCCAGAAGAGAAAAUAGCACACUCAGUAAAAAAAGGGACAAAAUAUUUUUUAAAUACAUAAAUGAGAAAAGGAAAGUAAAACAAGGAUUAGUUCGAUUAAAAACAAAAGAAGGAAGGUAUGUAGAAGAGGAUAAAGGUCUAGCUGACUGCCUCAAUUAAUAUUUUUGUUCAGUAUUUACAGAUGAAAAUGAAGGAAAGAGACCUCAGUUAGGAAAAAGGACAAAUUAGUAAUUUAUUACAUGUGAGUUUACAGAGGAAGAGGUUCUAUUUCAACUAUCAAAACUAAAGACAAAUAAGUCAAUGGGACCUGAUGGAAUACACCGAAAGUUAUUAAAAGAGCUUAGUGGUGUACUAGCAAAACCAUUAACAGAUUUAUUUAACCAAUCAUUGUUAACAGGAGUAGUCAAGUUAGCGAAUGUUGUGCCCAUUUACAAGAAAGGUAAUAGGGAGGAGUCGGGCAACUAUAGGCCAGUAAGCCUUACUUCAGUAGUGGGGAAAGUGAUGGAAACCAUGUUAAAGGAUAGGAUUGUUAAACAUCUAAAAUCGCAUUAAUUUCAAGAUCAGAGACAACAUGGGUUUACUUCAGGGAGAUCAUGCCAAACUAAUCUUAUUUAUUAUUUUUGAUUGGGUCACUAAAAUUAUAGAUCAGGGUGGUGCAGUAGACAUUGCUUACCUAGAUUUCAGUAAGGCUUUUGACACUGUUGCACAUAGAAGGCUUAUCAAUAAACUGCAAUCAUUAAGUUUGGAUUCCAAUAUUGUUGAAUGGGUUAGGCAGUGGCUCAGUGACAGGCAACAGAGGGUUGUAGUCAAUGGAGUAUAUUCGAAGCAUGGGUUUGUCACCAGUGGGGUACCUCAGGGAUCUGUACUUGGACCCAUUCUCUUUAAUAUUUGUAUUAAUGAUUUUGCUGAAGGUCUUGAUGGUAAGGUAUGUCUUUUUGCUGAUGAUACUAAGAUAUGUAACAGGGUUGAUGUUCCAGUAGGAAUAAGACAAAUGGCAAAUUAUUUAGGUAAACUAAAAAAAUGGUCAGAGCUGUGGCAACUGACAUUUAAUAUGGAUAAGUGCAAGAUAAUGCAUCUUGGAUGUAAAAACCCAAGGGCAGAGUACAGAAUAUUUGAUAGAGUCUUAACCUCAAUAUCUGAGGAAAGGGAUUUAGGGGUGAUUAUUUCAGAUGACUUAAAGGUAGGCAGACAAUGUAAUAGAGCAGCAGGAAAUGCUAGCAGAAUGAUUGGUUGUAUAGGGAGAGGAAUAAGCAGUGUACCUGUCGUCCUGUCUCUGUUGGAGUCCCCCAUGACUCUGUACUUGGUCCCCUUCUAUUUUCUCUUUAUACUGCCUCUCUUGGCAAACUUAUUACCUCCUUUGGAUUCCAAUGCCACUUGUACACUGAUGACUAUGAUCUCUUCUCCCUGGAUAUCUCCCCUGCCGUCCUGCAACGUGUCACUGCUUGCCUUUCUUCCAUCUCUGAUUGGAUGUCCUCCCACUUUUUGAAACUCAAUCUCUCUAAAACUGAACUCCUUGUCUUUCCUCCUCCUAAUACUGAUGCUCCUCUUUCGCUCUCCCUUCAAGUUAGUGGUAUCCACAUCAGUUCAUCCUUGCAAGCACGCUGUCAUGGCGUUAUACUUAUAUGAGUCAAUUCAAGGUACUAAUCCACACCUAUAAAGCACUGACCAAUUCUAGCCCCUCCUAUAUUUCUUCACUGAGCCACAGAUAUGCCCCUUCUCCUGUCUGCUGCAUGCACCCAUACAGUCAACUUACACUUGCAGGACUUCUCGCGGGUGGCUCCUUUCCUUUGGAAUAGCCUGUCUACGACCAUCAAGCUCUCCCUUCGUAUUGAAUUAUUUAAAAAGUGCCUCAAAACACAUCUCUUUAUGAAAGCUUAUGGCCUCCCAGAGUAACCUCUACCUCACAUACCUGUCCCUUGCUCUCCCCUAAAGGGCAGCACUCUACUCUCUCCUCCAGCUCUGCUUCACUCCCACCUUAUUUGAUUAAUAUUUCCUGUCCUAAUGUGCUUUAUACUCCACCUCCUAUAGACUGUAAGCUCGUUUGAGAAGGGCCCUCUUCAACAUAUUGUUAAUGUAAGUUUUUGUAAUUGUAUAAUUUAUUGUUAAAUCUCCCCCUUUGAUAAAAUUGUAAAGCGCUACGGAAUAUGCUGGCGCUAUUCCAGUAAUAAUAAAAAUAAUAAAAAGAGGGAAGUGCUCAUGCCAUUGUACAGAACACUGGUGAGACCUCACUUGGAGUAUUGUACGCAGUACUGGAGACCGUAUCUUCAGAAGGAUAUUGAUACCUUAGAGAGAGUUCAGAGAAUGGCUACUAAACUGGUUCAUGGAUUGCAGGAUAAAACUUACCAGGAAAGGUUAAAGGAUCUUAACAUGUAUAGCUUGGAGGAAAGACGAGACAGGGGGGAUAUGAUAGAAACAUUUAAAUAUAUAAAGGGAAUCAACACAGUAAAGGAGGAGACUAUAUUUAAAAGAAGAAAAACUACCACAACAAGAGGACAUAGUCUUAAAUUAGAGGGACAAAGGUUUAAAAAUAAUAUCAGGAAGUAUUACUUUACUGAGAGGGUAGUGGAUGCAUGGAAUAGCCUUCCAGCUGAAGUGGUAGAUGUUAACACAGUAAAGGAGUUUAAGCAUGCGUGGGAUAGGCAUAAGGCUAUCCUAGACUUAAGAUAAGGACAGGGACUAAUGAAAGAAUGUAGAUCAUUGGACAGACUAGAUGGGCCGCAUGGUUCUUAUCUGCCGUCACAUUCUAUACUAAUAUUCUAUACUAUACUAAUGGCUUUGAUUUGGGAUCAGUUCUAUCUCUGCCAUGUCCUUCUCUCAUCUAUGGAAGAUCUUUAUUUAUUCACAAUAUGACAGAGCUUCAACAGCAUCAACCUGCCGCAUGUUGGCAAUUCCCUUCAGGAGACUCUGCCAUAGAUCUUCCAGGAUAUGAAAAAAGAUGGCGUACUCGUGUUGGCUGAUUUGAAAUGAAUCAUUUGGAAAGCUUAUCAGACAGUUUUAAAUCGAGGUCUUAGAUCCCUGGAGUCCCACAUUGUUGGCCACACCCCCUGAAGGCUUGCCCACCUGACCCAACUCCAUAUUUGCCGAUGAUGGGAGCUAUGCAAUUUCCUGGUGCAAUAUGUUUCAAUAAUGUUAAUAGUUAUAAUUAACAUGGAUACAAAUAUGGGACUAGCAUUUAACUCUGUCUGUUUGACUCUUGAAAUUAGUUGCAACUAGCAUAUAAUUUAGAGCAUCUGUUAAUUAGCAGUUAAUGAAAUAUUUGGAUAUUUCUGAAAAGUGUGUUCAGAAACCUCUCACCCCUAAAUGUUUUUAGCAGGGUUUUUUUUGGCACUGAUUCGUUAUUUGGAUUACGGCCAUAUUGAUGCAUUGAUGUAACGUGGAGUUAAUAAAUGAACAUUUGAAAUUAGUUAAUUUUUUUUCAUGUGGGCGAAAGGGCAUUUUCACUGUCGGCAUGCAGAAAAAAUAUUAGUGCGUUUGGGAAAAAAAGUUUGAGAGCUGGAACGAGAGAGAUAGAGAGGAUAAUAGAAAGGAGGGAUAGUGGAGAGGUCAUGGGGAUAAAAUAGGUGAGCAAUUUCAAAUGAAGCAAUUUCAAAUGUAAGCCCAAAGUAGUCGAUCUGGAAACUUAACUGACUUGGAGAAUUGUUCCAGUUUGUCUACUUUGUCUUUAGAUUUGGAAUUCACACUAAAUUCACUAUGAAUUCCCAACAAAUCUCAAUUUAGUAAGUUACCUUCAUGAGUCCUAGACCCAGAAUCUACUGGCCGUGAAGGGUCUUGGGGGAUCCUAAAAUAUUCUGCAGUUCUGCAGAGCUAAUCCCAAUAUCCAACAUUUUAUGAUGUUUGCACUAUCCCGGAGGGUUAACCGAGAGCCCACGAAUAAUCCGAUGUUACAUGUUUAAACAAAUCUCUGAAUAUACUGUUUCAUUAUAUUGUUUUGUCGCCUUCCACCUGCCCUACCCCCCAUCUUUCAUUUUACAAGGUGUCUGGUGCGACAAGAUGCAAGGGAAACUGUAACCCAUUGCGUUGGAGUGUCUGCAGGUAUCGAUCAGACCAUUACUGCAUCAAAGAGAAUAUUAGAUGGAGUAACUAGACUUACAGCUUUUCAAGAGGGAAGAAAAUACCAAUUAUAUUAGAGAGUAAAAAAGUCAUAGCUUCUCAGCAGCAAUCUCGCUGGAGAUUAAAGCCAGAGCUGUUUUAUUUGAUACUUUGUAUUAGAUGCUGUGAAGGCCGUGUUUCGUGACUUAGAUAAAUCAUACCAAGAGAAAAUGCCUGACAGCUUUCUGACAGUUAAUCACACCAACAACUACUCUGUUAACUUUUUAAAAAAAAAAUCAUAAAAUUUACCUUUAAUUUACUAGUAAUGAGAAAAUGAAAAUCUGCAGGUAGAAAGAAAAAAAACAGUUCCAUGACCAUAUAAAAUUGCAUUCAAAUUUUGUUCUAUUCUGCUUCAAAGAAAAAAGUCCACGUAUUAAAUAAAAGGUUACGUGUAAACAAAGGCAUCUUCUGGCUUUCCCUUGCUGUAUGGGGUCAGCCAUCUUUCAUCUUUUAUUUGUGAAAAAUACUAUUUAUCUGACCAAAAAAUUUGCAUUGGUAAUUGGGAACAAAAAUAUUGGCACCGUGAUCAAGCAUUCCGAACACAGACUCUGGCAAUACCAGUUCUCUAAACUGUGCUGUGUCUUAGCAGAUAAAAGGACAUUAAAUGGCCGCCCUUACUAAGCAAGUGUAAGGCAGGAAAAUUACUUGUAUGAAAUUAUUACAAAAUAAUUCACAACUUGUCUAUAUUACAUGUAAAAUUUUAUUUUAAGUAGUGAUAAAAUUUGACGUCAGUUUUCAUGUAAAAACAACCAUUUUGUCCACUGUUUGAAUCCACCUAAGCAGGCCUCCUCUUGUCUGUGUAGAGCCCUGUCCCAUCGAUAUCUCUAACUGUUACUUGUAAACACAGACCGGCAAGCACUUUGUCCAAAUGAACCCGUACAUACAAUCCCGAGCUGCCAUAUUCUGCUUCGCAUUUGGCAAGUUAAUCCCUAAGUUUAUCAACUUGCACUGGUGCCUUGUAAUUAAAUCUCAAUGAGGCAGGCAUAACCCUUGGAUUAUAGACAAACUCUAUAAGGUAAUAAUCCCUUAAUAACUAGCAUUACCGCCGGCUUAAUACAGCCAUUGCACCGUUGGCAAUAAAACUGCCUGAGAGUAUUAUUUACACUGAAUGGGGCCUAGAAAUCCUGUUUAUGAGUAGAGCUAAAUCUCUUUGAAAGUCAUUGUGCUCUUACCUCUAACAUCUGCCUAAAUAAUUGUGUCAAUGCCAAACUAGGUCUGCCCAUCAAACCAUCAAUUUCUGUCCUGCUUUAGUGUGGCUUGUGUGAGCGAUUGGGCUGUACACAUCUGUACAGACGGCCGUCUCUUUACAACUGUUUGCUAUAGCCGGCACAGAGCAAGUCUGCUACAAUAUUUGUUUUUUCAUAAUUGUCUGUAAGCAUUUAUUGUCUAACUCUCUCGCUCUCUUUCUCCGUCUGUUUCUUGCUGUCUCUCUUUGUCUGUCUGUCUCUCCAGCAAACAAUGCACCUGAUUGCAGUAAUCUAAAUCUCCGUACUGUAAUUAUAGAGACCGCGAGCUGCAUUUAAGUCCGGUCAGCGUAUUGUCCCCCACCGCACACGCUUGAUGGAUUGUGUGUUAUUUCUCAAUAUUGCAUGUGUGAGCCAUUAAUAAUGGAUCUCAUACAGAUAGCAUACAUUAUUCAUCCUCAGACAAUGUUAACAAAAGCAAAUCCUAAUUUCUGACCUUUCCUACCGUAAACAAAAAAUAACAAAAUGGAGGGGGGAAGGCGGUCACACGCCGAUGAAGUUUGAAGGAUAAAUAUUAAAUCUCACCUGAGCUGCAAUAACUAGAGUGGAUCUUUUGACCUAUAUAUGGCACUAACUAUUUCUAUAACAAACACAGAUUUACAAUACUGACUUUUAUUCACACAGAAACAGUCAUCUAAUCUAAGCAGCACAUUAAGCACUACAUUAUCAUUUUAAACUGUGACUAUUAGAAAACAGAAACUGAUAGACAGUCAGAGAUGGCUGGGUCUUACAUCUAGUGUACUUAGCACUUUACUGGUUGCAUUUCCACACUGCGCAGGUAUUUCUACAGAGCUAACAGGUAUACUCAGCACAUUAAAGGUUACAUUACAGUAGAGGGAGGUACAGUAAGUGCAUUAGGUAUACAGUGUAUGUAUAUUUUAUUAAUAUAGCGCUAACAGGUGUACUCAGCACUUUACAGGUUACAUUACAGUAGAGGUAGGUACAGUAAGUGCAAUAGGUGUACAGUGUAUGUAUAUUUUAUUUAUAUAGCGCUAACAGGUGUACUCAGCACUUUACAGGUUACAUUACAGUAGAGGUAGGUACAGUAAGUGCAAUAGGUGUACAGUGUAUGUAUAUUUUAUUUAUAUAGCGCUAACAGGUGUACUCAGCACAUUACAGGUUACAUUACAGUAGUGGGAGGAACAGUAAGUGCAGUAGGUAUACAGUGUAUGUAUAUUUUAUUUAUAUAGCACUAACAGGUGUACUCAGCACAUUACAGUAGUGGGAGAUACAGUAAGUGCAGUAGGUAUACAGUGUAUGUAUAUUUUAUUUAUAUAGCGCUAACAGGUGUACUCAGCACAUUACAGGUUACAUUACAGUAGAGGGAGGUACAGUAAGUGCAGUAGGUAUACAGUGUAUGUAUAUUUUAUUUAUAUAGCGCUAACAGGUGUACUCAGUACUUUACAGGUUACAUUACAGUAGAGGGAGGUACAGUAAGUGCAGUAGGCAUACAGUGUAUGUAUAUUUUAUUUAUAUAGUGCUAACAGGUGUACUCAGCACAUUACAGGUUACAUUACAGUAGAGGGAGGUACAGUAAGUGCAGUAGGUAUACAGUGUAUGUAUAUUUUAUUUAUAUAGAGCUAACAGGUGUACUCAGCACACAGGUUACAUUACAGUAGGUUAAGUGCAGUAUAUACAGUGUAGUAUAUUUUAUUUAUAUAGCUAACAGGGAGGUACAGUAAGUGCAGUAGGUAUACAGUGUAUGUAUAUUUUAUUUAUAUAGAGCUAACAGGUGUACUCAGCACUUUACAGGUUACAUUACAGUAGAGGGAGGUACAGUAAGUGCAGUAGGUAUACAGUGUAUGUAUAUUUUAUUUAUAUAAUGCUAACAGGUGUACUCAGCACUUUACAGGUUACAUUACAGUAGAGGGAGGUACAGUAAGUGCAGUAGGUAUAAAGUGUAUGUAUAUUUUAUAUAGUGCUAACAGGUGUACUCAGCACUUUACAGGUUACAUUACAGUAGAGGGAGGUACAGUAAGUGCAGUAGGUAUACAGUGUAUGUAUAUUUUAUUUAUAUAGCGCUAACAGGUGCACUCAGCACUUUACAGGUUACAUUACAGCAGAGGGAAGUACAGUAAGUGCAGUAGGUAUACAGUGUAUGUAUAUUUUAUUUAUAUAGCGCUAACAGGUGUACUCAGCACUUUACAGGUUACAUUACAGCAGAGGGAGGUACAGUAAGUGCAGUAGGUAUACAGUGUAUGUAUAUUUUAUUUAUAUAGCGCUAACAGGUGUACUCAGCACUUUACAGGUUACAUUACAGUAGAGGGAGGUACAGUAAGUGCAGUAGGUAUACAGUGUAUGUAUAUUUUAUUUAUAUAGCGCUAACAAGUGUACUCAGCACUAUACAGGUUACAUUACAGUAGAGGGAGGUACAGUAAGUAUACAGUGUAUGUAUAUUUUAUUUAUAUAGCGCUAACAGGUGUACUCAGCACUUUACAAGUUACAUUACAGUAGAGGGAGGUACAGUAAGUGCAGUAGGUAUACAGUGUAUGUAUAUUAUAUUUAUAUAGCGCUAACAGGUGUACUCAGCACUUUACAGGUUACAUUACAGUAGAGGGAGGUACAGUAAGUGCAGUAGGUGUACAGUGUAUGUAUAUUUUAUUUAUAUAGCGCUAACAGGUGUACUCAGCACUUUACAGGUUACAUUACAGUAGAGGGAGGUAAAGUAAGUGCAGUAAUAUUAUCAUUAAUAACCAAUAUAUUCAGCGUCAGUUAUAGAAAGAAGAUACUUUCACUUAUGGUGAGACGGUGUGGUUUGAUGUUAGCUCUGCGAUAACCAGCUGUAGUUACACACUGUGUAUUAGAAUAAUAUGUAUGCUUAGCUCCUGAAAUUUGCACAGUCCCACUCUUCACAACAGCUAAUAUGGACAGCGAGGUAUACUAUGCAAUGUUUGCUAAUUCCGUUUAUUUUCAUCCUACGCUGAAAAAAAGGAUCAAUUAUGCCUUUAAUCUGACAGCCUCCAGUCACUGCCCACCUGACUGUACCUGACCGACCUCCGCGCACAGUUGGCACUCACUGUCAGAGACAAAGCAGUCAACAUGCCGAAUAUUAUAAUUUGUAAGAAACAAGGACUGAUUCUCUGAGCUAUUUAAAUUCUCGUUCAUCUCAUCUCCAGGCAGUCAAUCAGCAUGCUUCAUUCACUGCAGCCAAAUAACAUGAUUUGAAUGAUACGUCGCUGGUUUCUGUAGGGCGCAGUGACUCAGUGGCAUGACUAAGCUCAGUAAAAUGACAAAGCACACAGCGUACUUGAAACGGGAAAGGCUGAUAUUAUUUUUCAAGCUUAACAUUCUUCUUGCUCAGAAAAUUCUAGAACACCCAAAAAAAUUUCUGAUACCUUGUAUAACAUUUAACAUUGCUAAACAAAUAAUAUACAUUCUGAUCAGUAUUUUUUUCCUCUUAGUAACCCAUAGGAUGGCAAAAUUGUUAUAAAUUGGGUUUCCAGGUCAUGUAUGUGUACCUGUGAUAUGUCCAUAGCAGCAGGACGCAAACACCAAGAAAUAGCUACGCUUUUUCAGUCCUGUCCUUUGCAUAGGUUUUCAGAGGGCGCACUAUUGAUUUACUAUAAACCUCUGCAAAUAAUUGCAUGAAGUACAUUAAACACUCUGACAUUCGAGUCUCGAGAUUAGUUAUACUUGCCUGUCAGAGAGCUCUGAUUGGUUGGCUAACAAGCCAACCAAUCAGAACGAUCUAAUGAGAAUUCAAAGCAUAGGAAAGGCUUUAUAAAUGCUUUUCCUACUUUGAAACCUCAUUCGGCACCGAACUCUUGCCGGGGAAAGAUCAAUUUACUUUUCUGAGUUGCAGUUUUGAAUUUUUCAGGUGUGUUUUUUUCAUUAUUUAUUUUAAAAAAUUGCAUUGUGGGGUUAUAGUAUUUUAUUUUGCAUUUUUUUGAAGGCUGAAUUUAAGAAUAUUUGUAAAAGAGAAGACUUUAGAUGGUAUUUUUUUUGUACAGCUAUUAGUUUUAAUAACCCUCUCACUAAUGUUAGGAUGAGGGAGGUAGGAAGAAUUUGUUUAUUUUAAGGACUUUUUAUUUAUUUUACUUUUUAUGUUGUGGCUGCUUGCAGCUACCACAUAAUUAACACAUAGACAAAAAAAAAGAGGAAUACUGCUCACUUACUACAAUCCUGGUGUAACCUGACCAGGGGUUGGCUAACCCUCCUGUGAUAUAGCUGAACAAACAUUGUAGUUCAGGCACCCAAGGAUCAAUUCAGCAGGUUUAUUGGAACGAAGUGCAAAAUUUCAUUCCAACAAGGGAUAUUUCUUAAACUAUUAGCUAAUUCUCAAGCUUGAGAAAGAUCCCUUGUGGGAUCGAAAUGUUGCACUUUGUUCCAAAUAAACCUGCUGAGUUGAUCCUUGAGUGAAUGAACAACCAUUUGUGUUCACAUAAUAAACGCUGACAUUACUGAGGGUUUAAAUGAUCAAUUCAUUUUCAAAAAAGCAAGUGAACAAAAAUUAGCAAAUGUGUAGCCUGGUGGACACAUUCGAUUCUGAAUUUUGUUACUAUCUGGUCUUUUUGGAUCUUCCGAAUCCUAUGAUUUGUUUUAAUCCAGACACCAAUGCAUCGAUUGCUGCAACUUUGCUCGGGCUGUACGAAUUCUGACCAUAUUUCGCUUUAGUGAAUAUGACUAUUGCCAAUGCAGUAGAAACUUAGUCAAUUUGUCUGGGUUUGUUCUCUUCAGAAUAGCUUAUGGCCUCCCAGAGUAACGUUUCUUUCACAAUCCUAUCUCUCUCUCUCUUUUAAAGGGCCACACUCCACUUCCACCUUCCAGUUCUGCUACUUUACUACCCCGUUGCUACCCCCUCGAUGCCCUUCCUACUGUGAGUUUAUGCUCCACCUCCUCUAGAUUGUAAGCUCUUUUAAACCAGAGUCCUUAACAAUCUAUAGUUCUGAAACAAUGUCUAACUGUCUCAUUUAUUGUUAAAUUUCCCCCUUUAUAAUAUUGUAAAUCGCUACAUAAUAAGUUGGCACUAUAUAAUUGCCAAUACUAAUAAUAGUGAAUAACCCAUGUUUAAACUCUGUUUUAAAUUCCCCAGAAUUGCUGUUUAGUGGAUAAACCCCAAUGAUUCAAGUUUAUAUCUCAUAAUUUAGCCUUCUAUACUACUUUGACAUCUACAGAAGAAAACACAGUGUUAAUUAGGGUGUGAGACAAGAGAAGGUGAGGAUCAGUUCACAGUGUGUGGGAAAAUAGCUGUCACUGGGUUCUAAAGCAGUCAGAUCGAAGAGAAGGCAAAAAAACAAACGUAUUCUCUAAACCCGUUGUUUAUUUUAGGUUUGUGCAUAAUUUGCAUUCGUACAGAAACAAAAUUACACGGUUCAUUGGUAAGUAUCUGUUACUAGAUUUGGACGGAGUUCAGUUCUGCCUGUUACCAGAGAUGCAAUAAUUGGUAACAAAUUGAUCCAGAGCUAUACAAAUCCAUAGGUUAGCAAGGCUCCCGCUGGAUGUAAUUGAAGACACGUAUCAUUUCAGAAAGCGAGGUUUAGUGUGCGUUUUCUAAAACCUUUAAAAGGGUUUCUGGCCUGGUUUGUUUUUAACAUAAUCAAACAUCAAACUAGCCUUGCAUGCUUACCAAGGUGUGAUCGUGUCUGUCAUUGCCUUUCCUUGCUUGCAUUGCUUCUAUACAUUGUACUCUAUAAUUACAUGUCGAGCUAGCUUUUGCAAUUAAAGCGGUCUAUUGAUGUAACAUUGCAGGCUUGGAAUCUUCCUCUAAGAUUGCACCAGCAACAGAUUCUAAUCUUUUAUGGUGUAAAUAAUAUCUAAUCUGAGGACAAUUAAACACCCCCCACUGCUAUAUCAUACAUACAAAAAUGAAAUAAGUUAUGAUUAAGAAGGUAUCCCUUUACCCAAUUCACUUAGGAAAUUCACUAAUGUCAGUAAAAGUAUCGCCUUUAAAUAUCGACAUAAAAUAAAGCGACAAAAUCACUGGUAUGUGCUAGCCUUAAAAGGUUACAGUGGUUUAAGGUUUGGCAUAGGUACAGCACCGUGUACACUGAUGUGCCUGGCAUGGUAAUGAUUGUGCAGCAGUUAAGGCAUCCUGGCUUUGAUGUAGCUCUAAUAAGCUAGAGGAUAAUGUGUUCCCUCUAAAUCUAAUUCCAUUUAAUGACACAGCUCCCUAGCUCCCCCUAACCCCCCAUAGCAUUAACCUUGCCCCAACUGUCCCCUUGACCGAGCCACAUUCUUAUAAUUGUUAUAUAAUCACCAUUGUUAAUGACACUGUAAUAGUUCUGUUCUUAUAAACACAAUUAAUAUUUCACACAAUGGAUAUUUCUAGGGGUGAUGUAAUAAAUGUAUACACUGUAGUGGUGUAUUUGCAGUGGUUAUGGUACAAUGAUUCUAUGCAUGCAAUCCCUAUACUUUGUAUAGUACUUAAAGUGUCCCUUUAAGGGAGUUGCACUUACUCAAUACCUUACAUUCUUGCUACCAACAUGUUUCAUUAAAAUUCUGCUUUUAUGAAAAGCUGUGAAAGUGACAGUGCCGCUUUAAGAUGUGUUUGUAAAUACUGUUACAUAAUUAGAACGCUAAAUGAUUCCAUUGUUUCCCAUUCUUACACCAAUGUAUAAUUCGAACGGUUACUGUUUAUUGUGUGACUAGCGAGGAUCUAUUUAUCGUUCUGCAGCCCAUGUUCUAGUGGCAUUCUGGAAGCAUGUGUAUCCAAUUGGAUGAGUCUUGAUUUGAAACAAACGAAGACUGAUGGCAGCCCCCAUGUUCCUCCCGAAUAUUUCAUUUUCUUAAGUGAUUAAUGAGGCUCUUUAUAGCUGAUUGCAAUAAUACUCACAUUUGUUCUUAUAGGUAAUUAUGUCUUUUUCUGUGAUAGCUAAUCUUGACACCCCUAGAUGUCUGAACUAUGUUUACUAUAAUGCUCAGUCAAGACGAGAUAAGCCUCUUGGGGAAUGUGAAUAAAAAAUACAAAGUAAAAUAUCGGUGAUUAUGUUUUGUCAUGCCUAGGGCAGCACAAAACCAGGAUACACCACUGUGUACCGUGUGAUCUCACCUCUCCCUUCGACCAUCAAUUCCUUUUCCUUCCAAUGCUUACCACCAGCCGACCUUUUCCUUGCUCGGUGGGCACGUCCUAACCCUUCAGAGCAGGGGAGGUUGAGACCUGAAACUUGACCACAUCAUUCCACAUAUUGACAUAGCCCCUCAAACUGAAUUGGCAAGGACACACCCCCGACUAGCUGCGACUACAUAACAAUGGGGCAGGUGGGAGGGAAGCUGUUUGCUGGCCCGAAUACCAAGUGGCACUGAGGUAAAACCACCCACACCAAACUCACACACCACAUAAUCCCACCCACACAUACAUACACAACCAAUCACAAGCAUCCAUCCCCACACUCAUACAUGUGCCCUUGUCCGCUUAGCUCUGCUAUCUCCCCAGGGCCUAAUUUUAGAUACACACAUGCUCACAUCUUUACAGGUUUUGCACAAAAUAAAAAUAUGUUUUGCAGAUUGCUGCACCAUAAGCCCACCUCCUUAGCCACGCCCCCUCAUACCAGAAAGACUUCCUUAUCAAAUGUAUGUACACAGUCUACUUCCCAACAGCAUUGAGUAAGCAGCUUUUAAUUCACAACCUGGCUGCAGACAGUCAGAGAAACUACAAACAGGUAGUGCUAUCCUUACUAUAUGCCUCCCUGGGUGUCCUCUCCUUCUAAUUCAAGUUGUUUCAUGGUUCAAAUCCUUUAGUGCUUUCAGUGACAGAGCUGUGUACAUACCUUUGAUAAGGAAGUCUUUUUCUGGAGUGAGGGGGUGUAGCUAAAGAGGCAGGCUUAUGGUGCAACAUUUUGUAAAACAUGUAUUUAUUUUAAGCAAAAACUAUAGAUUUUUGACCAUGCAAAUUAUUUUUAUCAUAACCACAUAAUUGCAUAACCAUAAAAUAAAACACUAAAGAAAUAAUUAAAAUUUAAAAAAUGAUAUUGAUUUGAGGUUGUCUAUUCGCUUUUUUUUAAAUUCUAAUUCAUCAUGAAAAAUGUGCCUGAAGUUAGCUCUCACAGCUAUAUUCCUUUAUUUAAAGGGACACUGACAUUUUAAAACAAGUUAGCAUCAUGUACCCCUCUUAAAAUGCGCUUUACUUUGUCACACUUGCAAUAUUUUUUUUAUUUUUUUUAAAUUCUUUAUUUUUGAUGUGCAAAAAGAUUAACAAUCAUGCUUGCUAUGCCACAACGGCAGACAUAAACAUUUCAAGAAACAGAUUAGUAUGGCAUGUAAUUGAUAACUGCACUUUUUUUUUUUCUCACAAAUUAAGUUACGCAUUCAAGCUUACUAUUACAUGUCAAAUGGAAGUAAACGCUGUAGGUACUGUCGCAUAGUUGCUACCUGACAUGUGAAAAGACUUUCACAUUUUAUGGUAUGUAAAGUAAUAGAAAAACAUGACUAAUGACAGACUUGGGUAUUGCAGGCUUCAUAUGAAUUUUUAACUAAAAACGCAUGAGGAGAAACACAUGAGAAGAUCCACCAGGUUGUUAUGGGAAAGGUGUUAAAAUGAGUGUGGUGGCCACUGGUACUCUUCAAUGUAAUGUCGUUACAACUAAAUGCCUGUGGCAAAUUGGGAAGCAUGUGACAGGAAUCACAGACAAAAAACAGAAUAAACAGAAUAACAUUCUUGGCUAGUCUACUUAGCCGAUGCCACAAGCAGGCUUCUUCUGGGAGCCGAUUCUGCACUUCAUGGUUUGCUUGGUGUUUCUGCUCCAGAAUCCCCUCUGUGUCAAGAGGCCCUCUGGUACAUGAAGAACUGUAUUUUUGUGUGGAUCAAUCGAGCGGCGUUCCAUCAUCCGCUCCGCCCGCUGAACCCGGGUUCGGCCGACGAGCCGGUGCCUGGGAACCACCAGCCCCUCCAGCUCCCUUGAAAAGGUUAAGGUCCUGGGGGUUCUCCAUACCACAGGCAGUUUCCCCCUUGUGUGGCUGCUUGAUGGGCACCGCGCCCAUUGUGACUCCUAGCCCAGAAGGUACGGUGGGUGCCGAGGGUACCUAGGGUACGGUGAGUAUCCGUUCUGCUUGACGGGCCUCCAGUCGGCUCCAAAAUGCUGCACAGAUCGCGUCAAAGGUAGCAGUAAAUUUGGCUUCCCAGCUGCUCACUGAGUGUGUGGUUGUUGUGGCGGCCAUUUUAACAGCGCCAUGCAGUGCUCUGUCCCAGUAGCUUUUAGCUGUAUCGCCACAAGGUCCGCUGUUGCUUUUUCCCUGGUGGGGACCAGGAUAACCCCCACUGGUCCAAAGGGGGGGGGGGGCUGAACAGGGCAACCUCUUCAGUUAUUGCAGAAGGUCCAGGAGGGAGAAUGGCCGCUUCUCCUCCUCAAGGCCCUCCUCAAGCUUGUAGGCCCAAAUUUAAUUUCGAGCCGCAGGUCGAUAAUAAAGGCUCCAGACUCGCACAAGAGAGCUCCUCUGCAUACCGGAACAGAUAUUGAACUGUUUGGUGGUCAUUUGGGGCAAUAAUCCACCAUAAGGUAAAGGUUUGGAUUACAAGAUUUUUGUGAGGAGCUCACUUUCAGCACGUCUGGCUGCCUUGCUGAUCAGGCCCCGCCACCCCACACUUGCAAUUUUUUAUUAAAAAUAGAAUAAAAUUAAUAAACGGUACAUGAACUUGUGGUGCUGUUUAUAUUGGGCAUUGUGGACAUGAGGCUAGAGAUGGGGUUAAAAUAAGAAACUGGAUGGAAGAGGAAGAAAUAGUAUACAUUGGACAUGGUGAUUCUGUCAUAAUUAUAAAAUUAUUUACAAACAAGUUAUUAGUCAAAAAAACGCAGAACAAAAAUUGUCUGAGAGCAUAUUCUGUUUCUGUAGUCCUUACUGUCUCCCUGCGUCUCUCUCAACUCUUUCUCCCUCAAAUAAUUUCAAGAGACUGCUUGCUUUUACAAACAGUAAAAUUAGUUCUAAAUAAAGUGUUGAAAUAAUUAUAUAAUUCUAGACACGCUAACUGCAGAGACUCACUGAAUGCCUUUUGUUUUCCUGUCUAUUGUCGAAUAUUUUAAUGGCUCACAAACAGGAAAAAGUGCAGAAUCAACAGAAUUUGAAAGUCAUUAAAGUUUUCUGCAGCUUGUGGCGCUUUUUCAUCCUUUAGCUUGAGAUUUAUAUAUAUUUUUUUUUACUCUAUACAUAUCGCUGUGCUGUUGGAUCACCUUGUAACUGACCAUUGAAACAUUUCAGUGAAUGGUCAAUCUAUUGAGUCCGUCCCUAUGGUGACAAACCGUUGGCGGAAUGAAUGACACUUAUUGCAUCGGAAGGACACUUAGGGACUAUCUAACUUGACCCCGACCCAUAUCAAUAUUAACUUCAUAUUGAAAACAAAAGCUUAGCCAUCUCCGAACUAUAGCAUAGAUAUUUUAAUGACAUUAUAACUCUUUCUGUUAAGGAAAUAUCUCCAUAUAAUGAUUGCUCUAUGAUUAUUUUACAGAUACGUCUGUGCACUUUAGGGUUAUCUUUAAUGUCUGGCUUGUUGAUGGCUUCAGACAAUGUGGUACAGAUCCAUUUCUAGAGAGGGUCCUAAACAUAAAUAAACAGAUUAAAGGACAACUGUCACCUCAAAAAAAAAAAUAUAAUAAUUCUUUCAUCAUUCUUUCAUUAAAUGAAGUAUAUGUAAAAAAAAAGAAAAUUAUGUAUACUAUAUGACCGGGUCCUUCAGCCAUAUACAUACACCUUGGGUCAGACAGCGAUGGAACACUGACAGUUAGUCUCUAUGGUCUUUCCUUGCACAAAAAAUGGGAAGACCAUAGAGACUAAUUGUUGGUUUUCAAAAACUGUACGACAAAAGGUGCACAUGUACGGCUGAAGGAGCCUGUCAUAUAUUAAAGGUAGGGAUGGAUUUUCUUCAAUUUUUUUUUUUUUAUACUAAAAAUAGUUUUGAAGUGACAGUUGUCCUAUGAGGUGUUUGUUGCAAAUGUUUCUUAUGUUACCAUUUUUCUUUGCUACUCUGGACAAUAUUACAAUACCUCAGCUUACCGGCCUUCUGUGCUGCACAAACUAUUCCGGUAACUCUUUGUCUAAUUACUUAGUAGAUCUCCAACUGUGAUUCACCAUAACUGUGAAUACAUUACCUUGAAUAUGUUACAUGAAUAUUCCUUAGAAAAAUGUCUUCAUCGUUCUAAGAUAUUCUAAUAAAUGAUUAAACUAUAUUAAAUCUGCAUAUUGCGAUUCUCAAGAUGAUUGAGAAUUGGCGAGCCCAAUACUUUAAUGUUGUACCUUUUGACACUUGAAUAGUGUAUGUGAUAAAGGAAAUUAAUUCAGUGUUCCAGUGCUUAUCUUUUGUCCUAGAAAAAAUAAAUAUAUAAUAUGAAAUGCUAGUCUAAUUUUGAAAUGUAAGUAUUUUCAGAGCCAUUCGCUUUUUUUUAAUAUUAUAAGAAAGUUGCCUAAUUAUUUUUAUUUCAGCCGUCUUCCAGUGUGUUAAAAUGAAACUAUAGGAAAAGUGCACGUUUUUAUACUUUAGAAACCAUUAUAUUCACUGGGAGCUCGUUAACAGGAAUCUGAUCCCUGUUUAUACAAGGCUCAAAGCUAAUUUAUGAUGGACUCCUUUAUUGUGCUCUGCGAGAUAAUAUCACCCAAGCCAAUAUAGCAGUAAUUUUCGAAAAGAAAAAUCAAGGGACUUUGAAACUGGGGAUAUAGGCAAGUGAUGUUUGUGAAAUCAUUUUUUUUUACCUUGAUUAAGAAAGGAAUAAGCAUUUCACAGGCAUGAACAAGCAAUAGCUAAUUUUGGAACCCCAGCCAUUUUAACACCCCAGAUAUUUCUGAUAUUUAGCCAGCACAGGAUAUCCGGGUUAGUUGCCACUACCCUCGGCAGCUUACAUUCACUAUUCUCUAAUGUGGGGCGUGUGUAUUAUUUUGGGUUAGUCCUAAUAAUUCUAUACGGCAGGGCUCAAACAUUUCACUCACCACCAGUCUUUAGAGAGUACAAAUUCAGCCCUGGCGAGUAUAGCUUCAUCCUGUGAGGGUAUACUAUGGCUUUCAGUGGCUAGUAACUUUUAAGGCCUGACUAGAAGCAAAUUCCAAGCCCUGCCACAGGGUACUUCUAUAAUAAUUUACCGAUUUCAAGUGGUCAUGGUGCCUGGAGUCUGUUUCUCUGUGAAAUGCUGCACAUUCAGAGUUUAACCCCUCUGUUACGGCAGGUGUAACUCCACCUUCGGGUGCAACAUUGAGGCACUAUUAUCCAGCCUGUAACAAGAGUUCCUGGCUGGCUAAUGUCAGUUCUGAACAAAUUUGUCAUCAUGCCCCCUCAGUAUCACCCAUGUCCUUCCCUCAGCAUGCAGUCCCUGACAUCCGUCCCUUAAGCAUUGGUAGAGUAAUGUCAGCAGAGGGGGAACGAGAUGCAGGUAGAAAUUACGUUUUAGCUACAUUCUUUGUUUAGUAUGACCAAAAACACAUUUUUGGGGGGUUGUAAUAACCCUUUUAAGUAUUCAAAACAAGCUGACAAUAUUAGGGGCACAUGUUGAACGCAAUGCUGUUAUUUUAGGUACUUGCAAAGGAAAAAAUAUUAACCGUAUAUUUUGAGUGAUAUACUAAAAUCAGGUAUUAAGAGUUUUAUUAUUUUUUGUAAAGCCUGGAGAGGUACAUUUGAGGAAUCUAUUUUCUUUUUUAUCUUCCUGAAACUGUGGUGGGAAUGAGAAAUGACUUUUCAUGUAAUAGUUUUUUGCUCUGUAAUUGCUUAGGAAAGAAAGCAAGUGGGAGAGACAGAUGGCGAUGUUUCUUUUACUCGUGUUAAAUUGGAGGAGAAUUGUGUCUGGCGGCCGGGUGUAAGAGCAGGGAGCAAACAAGAAUGAAUAAUACAUGGGGGUCAUCCUCAUAAAUAAUCGAAGAUUUUCUAUCAUAGUUCUUAGUGGAGCCUUUAUUAGACAGACACUACGUGGCUUUCCAUUUGUUUUCAAGUAUAGAUUAUUGCUGUAGCGGCAAACAGACAUAAGGCAGCUUAACUACGUGAAGGAAAAUGCGUACAUCAUACUAGGAGAAAACUAACUUCCUCUUCCCCCAUCUAGGUGUUGGGAGAAUUUAUGCUAAUAUAUGCCAUACAGUUGUAGUCUAUAUAAUCCUUCUGUUUAAUAAUGCGAAAUGCCAGAUUCCACUUUUUUAUUUAUUUUAUAACACCUGUUUUAUAAUGGCUUUGUCAACACUCCUGCAGAGUUAUUCACUAAUGUGUGAUUUGUUGGGAACUCAAAGUAAAUUCCAAUUGAGGUUCAUAUUUUAAGACAAAUAGACACAUUUGAAAAGUCGGUAAUUUUAUUAGUGUAUAGUGACUGAGAAAGGACCAAGCAACCCACCUUAGAACCCUCAGUAAUUCCAACAUUAAAAAAUAAAAUAAAGUGGACCGACAACGUUUUUGUCAAUGGUUUUUAACCCCGAUGUUGGUGCAUCCGUCAGAGCUGUCCCCGGUCUUUCUUCCUCUCUGCUCCUGGUUUACGAGGAUGGUUUGCAAUAAUUGAAGGGAAGGGACUUAUCUUUUUUCCAGAUUGGAAUAAUGCCCAGGACGGACAGUUCCAUGUUUUCGGCUCCUGUCACAACAAACAAGUGUCUCAGAACCAGGAGUAGAACUACUGGUGGUAAAGCAAGUGUAGCUGCUCCAAGGCAAGGAAUGUGUCUAGAAAUACUUUUUCUUUCCUUGUUUCUUUGUGUUCAUGUCUGUGGGUGUCAGUGUGUCACUGUAUGUAUCUGUGAGUUGUGUCAGUGUGUGUCAAUGUGUGUAAUUUUUGCAUGUAUCUCUUUGAGUGUAUCCGCAUGUGUGUCUCAGUACAUCUGGGUACCUUCUUGCCAUCAAAGUGUCCCUGGAAUUUAUUUUCAAUGUUGUCAACUAUGCACCUUAAAGGUGAACUAUAGCGAGUCGACCCCUGCGAGGCAGGAGACAAGACUAUAUCUCCUGGCAACACAUGGUGGGAACUACCCACUACUUAUUGGUGGUGAAUUGGUUUAAGUUCUGGUUGCAUAUUAAUGUUACAGUGUGUUAAUUGUCAAUAAAGCAGGGGUCAACGCCCUUAACCCACAAUUAUGGAUCAGAGUUUUUCUAUGGGUUGUGGUAAUGGUUGAGUAAUCAGGUCAUAGAUCUUUGCAGGUAUACCAUCACAAUCUCUUGACCUUCUUCUCACCCUGAGUUCUGUUCACCGAGUCUUUGCCUUUAUUCAGAUACUGAAUUCUAGUUCUCUUAAAACUCAAGGCAAUAGCCCAGAAAACAGGUUCAGAGAACAAAGCACACACUAAUGAUAUUCUGUACAUGACGCUAAAAUGACUGGCAGCUCUGGCUCUCCUGAAAUAAACGUCCCUGAAUGUCAACUUGGAGACAUUGUCAUCUUAUCUGCAGAGUUUUGAGGAUGCUGCGCCAACACACUUCGAAAUAAAAGAAAAAUCCGUUCAGCUUCAGAGCUUUUAUCGCGCCAUCAAUACGGCCUUUCUGAUAGAUGGCUGUGUAUGUGAUACUAAUUUCACCAUAUCUAAUGCUGCAUGAUAUUUCCCUUGUUGUGCUGUGUGAAUGACAGACCCAUUAUUACACUUCUGUAUUGUACAUGUUACGUAUUACACUCCGUGACAUUGAAGGGUCAGGGGGCAACGAUGAAAAAUAAAAAUGAUUAUAAGAAGAAAAAAAACAGAUUGGACUGAAAUUUAUCCUUGAAAAAAAAUUUUAAAUCUAUAAAUUCUAAAUUCCAAAAGAAAUAUGGCAAGUUGGACAAUAUAUUCUGUAAAAUAUCUGCUGGUUAAAAGGAUUUGAAUGUAUUAAUGUUAAAUAGAUCUAUCUAUCUGUCUGUCUGUGUGACUGUCUGCCUCUUUGUUUGUCUGUCUGGCUAGCUGGCAAUUGCAGCCAAUCCUUGGACACGAAUGCACUUACAGUUUGUCACAAAGUGAGUACACCCCUCCCUUUUUAAAAAAUAUUGUAUUAUAUCUUUUUAUGUGACAACACUGAAGAAAUGACACUCUGCUACAAUGUAAAGUAGUAAGUGUACAGUGUGUAUAACAGUGUAAAUGUGCUUUCCCCUCAAAAUAAUUAAACACAGCCAUUAAUGUCUAAACCGUUGGCAACAAAAGUGAGUACACCCCUAAGUGCAAAUGUCCAAAUUGGGUCCAAUUAGCCAAUUUUCCCUCCCCGGUGUCAUGUGACUCAUUAGUGUUACAACAUUUAAGGUGUGAAUGGGGAGCAGGUGUGUUAAAUUUGGUGUUAUAGCUCUCACACUCUCUCAUACUGGUCAUUGGAAGUUCAACAUGGCACCCAGGGCCGGUGCAAGGAUUUCUGCUACCCUAGGCAAAGAUCCAUUUUGCCGCCCCCUCAUGUCACUCACUCACUGGCAGACACACACUGGCAGACACACACACACUCACUCACUGACAGACAUUCACGCACUGACACACACAAACACACUCACUGACAGAUAUGCACUCACUCACUGACAGACACACACACAUACGCUUUACUGGCAGACAUACACUCACGACAGACAGGCACAUACACUCACUGACAAACAUACACUCACUGGCAUACAGACACACACACACACAUACACUCACUGACAGACAUACACUAACUCACUGACAUAUAUAUAUAUAUAUAUACACUCACUCACUGACAUAUAUACAUACACUCACUCACUGACAGGCACACACUGAUGUACAUACACUCACUCACUGACAGACACACACACGCAGACAUUCACUGACAGUCAAACACUCACACACUCACUGACAGACACACACAGACAGACACACACCCUUUCACUGACAGUCAAACACUCACCUCCCUAGUGUCCAGUGUGGGGCAGCUCCUCACUGCUCCCGUCCACUGUUUAGUAUGCCGGCGGAUGGAAUUACGUCAUAUUCUGGCAUCACAGAGGGCGCGCGAGGGAGGAGUGAGAGGCUUCAAGAGCACCCUCCCUCUCCGACUUCUCCUCAGGUAAAUGGCAUUUGUUGGCAGAGCAGGCACCUGCCAUCAAGGUAAUAAGGUGCCUGCUCUGCCUUACCUAGUGCAACAUCAAUGGCGCCCUCCUGGCACCCCCGUGAAAGGGCUCCUCUCGGGCCUCCCACUUUCGGGUGCCUGGAGGAUCGGUCCUGCACUGGGGCCGCCUCAAGAGCCGCUCACCCAGCACUGCCACCCCCAGACAGGGGGAGCCCAUGAGGAAAUAUCCCAGUGGGCACCCCCAGCAGGCCGGCGAACUAGGCACGGUAGCGCCGGCCCUGAUGGCACCUCAUACCAAAGAACUUACUGAGGAUCUGUAAAAAAUAAUUGUUGCUCUACAUGAAGAUGGCCUAGGCCAUCUCGUGUACCGCAGAACCCUUGCGUUCUGCAAGAACAAAAUUGGGGAUCCACGGCAUUUUGUCACAUCCAAAUGGCUGCCGCUACCUGCUGUUACCAGAAGGUUGGAAACAGCAGAGAUCGCGCAACCGCGAUCUCAUAAGAGAUCGUGGGAGCGUGAUCUUAAGCCCACCCUGCCAUCAGUCUGCGAUGCCGUCAGCAUGCCUUGCCGUCAGAGCCCGCCCUACCAUCAGCCAGCCACUUAGCUCGGCCGUGAGAGAGCCCGCCCAGCCCUCAGCCAGUCCACCCAGCAGUCAGCUAGCCAGCCCUGCCAUCAGCCAUUUUCGAUCACUCGUGGUGGAGGAAUGAUAGAGUGGAGCUGAUAGUUAAAGCUCUGUUAUUGUCAUAGAAAACUCUGUUGGGUAGGAGCAUUGAAAUUCUCUGUCGGGGCAUUGAAAGACUCUGUCAGAGGCAAAAAACUGUUAACUGUAUUUUUCAGUGUUCAAAUCUUUUUCCUCCAAGUCUAACUCAAAAAGUCUGCUUUAUUUCAGUUCUUUCUAAGAGGGAUAUCAAAAUCAGCAUCCUUUUCAGUCAGGUUGUGAGUUCUGUAUCUUUCAAAGUUUUUAUUUUUAUUUUUUAUAACCAAUAAACCACCAUGAAUUUGGAAAUCUGGUUAAAGCAGGAAAAAAUAUUACUACUCCUACCUGAUCAGAGCCAACUGAAGAAGCUUUCCCUGCGAAAUGUGUUUUGACAUACAAGGACUUCACUACCAUAGACUGAUAAGUCCCUUUUUAUUUUGCGUUUAUGUAUUUUUAUUCACCUUUGAUUAUUUUUUUUUUUUAUGAAUAAAUAGUGGAUUUUAGUACUAUUUGGUAGUGUGUCCGAUUCCAGGUUUCAGAUUGACAAAUUGACACCUGAGAGCCAAGGCACAUAUGGGCUCUUAUUAACGUUAUUUUAUGUAGUGAUUUUAGCUUGUUAUAAACACAGACAUACUGCACCAUAAUCUCCUAUGUUUUUCUUGCCUUGAGAUUCCUGUUUAUCCAAGAAGGUGGGGUGCUACCUAUAACAGAGCCUUACCCUCAGGCUCUGAAGAUUGUGAGUGUGUCUACCUUUAUUUAUUUGUUUAGUAUCUCGCAUAUUGCAAAUACCGUCUGCACUAGAUUUGUUUUAUGUUUUUUUUUCUCUUUUAUGUAACACUCCACAUCAAGAUUUAUAUAACCAUACAGACGGGUAAGCUAAUAUCUGCCUGUCUAUUAUUCAGCGCUCCACCCACUGAUUAAAGGGUUUAUCUUGUUAAGAAUUUUUCACUACUUCUACCUGUUCAACACAUAUAGAAACUGAGAAAGAAGAUCCAGAAAACAUGCCGAAAUAGUUGUAUCUACUGUUCCUCAAAUAGCAGAGACAAGUGACAAGUCAAAAAAAAAAAAAAAAGGACACAAUGCUAGCCAAUCUUCUUCUCAAACAAAGAAGAGAAAAUAUGAUGAUAGCUACUUGUCAAUUGGAUUCACAGGUGCCAAAAAUGAAGAUUGUCCUGAAGCACAAUGCGUACUUUGCAAUAAAUUAUUGCCAAACAGUUCGUUAGCACCUGCUAAAUUACGUCGUCAUUUUGAGCAAAACCACGCAGAGUACGAAGAUAAAGACAAUGACUUUUUUAAGUGAAAGCUAAAUGAGUAUCAGAAGAGUAAACAAUUAAUGAGCAAAGCAUUUCAAAAUGCUAAUGAAAAGGCCAAAGAGGCUUCUUACAGAGUGAGUUACCGCAUAGCACUUGCGGGAGAAGCACACACAAUUGGGGAAUCGCUAAUAAAACCAUGUGCAAAAGAAAUAGUGUUGUGUAUUUUAAGUGAGAAGUUCAGUAAAAAAAGUGAAGCUGUGCCACUUUCCAACAACACAGUUUUGCGCCGUAUUCAUGAUCUUGCUGACGACAUCCAUACUGAACUAAUUUCUGGACCGCAUCAAUGUGAUGGAUGCUCACUGCAAUUAGUCGAGUCCACAGAUGUUGCAGGAUUUUCAGUUUUGUUGGUUUUUGUUAGAUAUAAUUGUGACAAACAGAUUGAAGAAGACUUGCUUCAGUGUGAAAUUUUGAAAACUCAUACUUGUGAGAACAUCUUUAACUGUAUCCAGAAGUUCAUGAACAUACAGUAUAAAUCGGGACAAGUGUGCAGCGAUGGUGCCAAAGCAAUGGUUGGGAAAGUGGCCGGCUCUGUGACAUUAAUAAGAAAUGUAGCAAAAAACAGCACCAGUUCUCACGGUGUUCUUCACAGACGUGCACUGGUAGCUAAAAAUAUGUCAAUCUCACUUAAAACUGUGCUAGACAAAUCAAUCCAGAUUAUUAAUUUUAUAAAAAGUUGACCAUUACAGCCACGACUAUUUAAAAUUAUAUGUGAAGAUAUGGGUAGUCACCACUCUGCUCUGCUUUUGCAUUCAGAAGUCCAUUGGCUAUCACGAGGUAAAGUCCUUGUUCGAAUGUUUGAAUUGCGUCAAGAGUUGUUCACAUAUUUCCAGGAUCAUAAAUUUGGAUUAUCUGAUCGAUUAACAAACACUCUGUGGUUAUCCAAAGUAGCAUAUCUUGCAGACAUAUUCACAAAAUUAAAUGAUGUAUUUUUAUCACUCCAAGGAAAAUUCAUUCAAAAAAGACAAGCCAGCCAAUUUUUCUGAUGUAGAUUUUGAGAAUCUGAUCGAUAUAACUUCUGACAGUCAACUAAGCCAAAAAUGUAAAGAAGUUUCUCUUAUUGCUUUCUGGGGUGAUUUAUGCAAAGAAUACCCAAAAUUGGCCAAGCGGGCAAUCAAAGUUCUGUUGCCAUUCACCAGCACGUACCUAUGUAAAACUGGAUUCUCGCUUUUCUCUGCAACAAAAACAAAGUAUCAAAAUCGACUUGACACAACUGCAGACAUGCAAAUACAAUUGUCAACAAUUAAACCAGAUAUAAAAAAAAAAUUGCUAGCAAAAGUGAACAUUACACUUUGCUCAUUUAAAGGUUUGCGCUGCGCUACUCUACUGCACAUAUUUUUUUGCUGGGGUUCUAAAGUUUUGCUAUACCAUGUCAAAGGGUUCCAAGGGAUAAAAUCAUUGGGAAACCCUGGCCUAGGCUAUAAGAAGAUUGCCAAGACCCUGAAACUGAGCUGCAGCACAGUGGGUAACACCAUACAGCGAUUUUUACAGGACAGGUUCCACUAGGGCUUCAGCAUGUUAAAAAGUAACAGGCGUCUACAUAGGUAGUGUCACAUUUCUGUUCCACUACCUGGUAUGAGCCCUGCCAAGCAGCCUGUCCUGCCAGACAGGUUUUAGAACCAAAACCUUCUGACCGACUUGAAAGCUAUGGCUCCUGGCUCCCUGAUCAUACCAUGUGCGCUGGUGCCUCUGGGCUGCCCGCAGGUUCCCACGCACCAGGUGAGUGAGUUCCUCCAGCACGUAUGGAAUGAUGGGGGUCCCUUCCUGCUCCUCCUCUUCUUCCCAGUGCUUCCAAACAAGGUCUAGGGGCCCCCUAAACCUCCAUCCAAACAUUAGUUCAAACGGGGAGAAUCCUGUAGAUUCCUGGGGCACCUCCUGAUAUGCGAACAGGAGAUCCGGCAGGAAUCUCUCCCAGUCUUUGCGAAUGGCUGCAAAGGUACAAUCGCUGUAUGAAGUGCUUGCACAGGCCAUUCGUCUGGGAGUUAUAUGGGGAGCUUAAGAUCGAUUUAAUGCUGCAUAACCUCUACAGCUGGUUAGUCAUCUUGGCAGUAAACUGGGAGCCCUGAUCUGAGAGCAUCUCCCGGGGAAAUCCCACCCAGGGGAACAUCAGGGCUUCGGCCACAGUCUCAGCCUAAAUGUUUCUCAGGGCGACUGCCUCAGGUUAUCGAGUCAUGUAGUCCACAAUGGUCAGAAUAUACUUCUUUCCAGAAGCUUAGCCAGGGGACCUAUGAUAUCAACAGCUACUCUGGCAGACAUCACAGGCCUGGCAAUACUGCCUCAGAUCCUUCAAGAUAUCUGGCCAGAAGAAGUUUUGGGUGAGCCGAUGCUCAGUACGGCCCCUUCCCAAUUGCCCUGUCAGGGGGAUAUCGUGAGCUAUCUUCAACAGCUUGUGUCGAUAUUUUCUGUGUGCCACCAACUGUUUGGUGAUAGUAGGAGCUGUCCCUGAGUUCCCUUUCUCUGCUAUGUGGAAUAGCAAGCCCCUCUCCCAGAUAAACCAUUCACCGUCCUGCCCCACCUGUCCAGGAAGACCUAUCCUAUACGUCUGGAGGGUCAGAUACUACCUCCCUCCCAAACUCAGCACGGGUAUCCCAGGACACAGGGACUGGUGCAAGGGGGAACCACGGGGCACAGGGGUAGGGGAACUAGCAUGGGGGGCCUGCCUGCCAGGGGGACUAGCCCGGAAAGCCUGCUUGGAGGCGCAACUGUGGGGGGGCUGGGACCUGGGGACGGGUAUGUGUGCCUACUUGAGCCUCAGAGUGUGAGACGUGCCGAGUGGUGCGGGCUCCACGGGGGUCUGGAGGUGCACAAAGGUAGAGGUGAGGUGGCCCAGAUCGUUGACGAGUAGCACUUCUGCGGGUAGAUCGACUUGCACUUUCUUGUCUCCGGUGCCCCAGUCGAGAUGGACGUGGGUCGGAGGUAGGUGGUAGAUGUUUCCCCCGCUACAUAAAUAGCUACAGUCUCGCUGUUCUUCUCCACCUCUGCAACAAACUGGCUUUGUACUAGAGUCUCGUAGCCCCUGGACGGUCUCUCCAUUCAGCUGGGCCAGCUGCCUGUGGUAAGCACGGUUGUCAGUGGCAGCUUGGAGAGGGUCCACCCCGUGGAUGAUGAACCAGGCGUCUUCAGUGGUGGUUGGUGGGUACUUGGAGGCAGCCUGGUAACAAUGGGCUGUGGCGCUUGGGGCUGGGGCGACCACCAGGCGAACCCACCAUGGUUGAUCUUUAAGCGGGGGGCACUCUCUUUUGAAAUGUCUGAGUUGUUGGCAGUGGUGGCACCUGGAGCCUGCCUUUGAUGGUACCCUCAGGUUUGGCCCCGGGCUGGUGGGUUUCUGGGUGGAGGGUAGGUCAGGGCUGCCAGAUGCAGGGGGGGUCGGUAGUUGGGCGUUGGGGCCGCCAGGCGCCCUCUGGCUUCCAACAAAUCUUGUAAUGUUGACCUUUUAUCGUAUAGUCAAUGGGUCUGUUCGGCUUACUGAUGCUGGUCCCGUAAGGCCAGGAAGUGUGAUCCCACUGCUUACCAGUUGUUGCAGACCACGGGUAGCAAAAAACUGGGAGAAAGAGAAUACUGAGAAGGGUCAGCAGCUGACCACGGGUAACCCGACUGGUUACCUCCACUGAUUUCCUUCCUUUAACCGACCAGGAACCAUUUAAAAUACAAAGAGAUCCAUCUUCCCCCAGUAACUGGAUGACACACAGUCCUGGAGGUACAACAACCACUUUAUCUAACAACCACACACGGCUUUAUACAUACCCCAUACAAGGGGUGUAUCAUACCAACAUCCAGUGUCCCCUCCUAGGAUCCCCCCUCCCCCCUCCCUGGGUCCCCAGCGCGGGAAAGGACUCCAACUCCCGGCACAAAAGGUAUAGGGUUUCCCACGCCCGCCGCCAGGGAGUUUUCUUCCCAGGAGCCAUCCCUUUGUCUCCCAGGCACCGAAAGCCUGCCUGCGGGAAAAGAGAUGAUUUUUUUUUUUGUCCCUGCAGGCACCGAAAAGCCCGCCCAACUCGCCAGUGCCCCAGCAGUGCCCACACCAAUCUCAGGGACCCUCACAGCGGUACCUCCCUCAAACGGUCUCUGCUCGCGAGGUUCCUGUGUGAAAUCCUGCAAGGAAAGCAUCUCCUUUCGGGACAUGAAUGCUCCCCCUGGACGGCAUUCGGCUAUACUAAAUGGCAGCCACCCAGGGGAACAUUCACUAAUUACUUCCCUUGCAGUUUCACACUUAAGUUGCAAGUGAGAACAUUCUGAUUAAUUGGUGUGAAUUAAGUUAGCAGUGUUUUCAUGCUGAACCUAAAGACCCUAAAUACCGCUACUGCAAUCUUUGCAGGAACGGAAUCAGGAAGUCCCUCUAGUGGCUGUCCAAGUGACAAUCGCUGGGCAUAAUGAGAAUUAAAGUGGUGCCAUUCUUGUCCAUUGGAAUGAAUAAUUCGCAGAGCCUCAGCUCUUUGGCUUUCUGUUCGAAAAAAAUGAUCCAUAUUUUAAACCUGCUGCAGAAACAGUUAUUAAUAACUUCAUUACUUUCUACAAAUGAAAAUGAUGAUGUUAAUGUGGUACAGUGAGUAACUGAUGUGCUUCCAUAUUAAAAUACUAUUAAUAUCGGAGCAGGCACACUUAUUAUCCUACUGUAGAAAUACAAUUAUACUCUUCUAUUACAUUCGCCAAUCACGUAACGUGGGUGCGUCCUCACUAAAAGGAUGUUUUUACUGUAGAUAACAUUUUUAUGUUUCGGAAGUAAUGUUCACAAUUAUUGAAUAGAAUUCAAGACUUAAUAACAUCUGGCCAAAUUAUAAAUAUAUAGUACAGACAUCCAACAAUGUAUAACAUGCCUCUCAUUCCGACCAGAAAUAAAUAUUAAGGGGCAUUGUAAAAUGGAUGAAAGGCGUUUGGAUUGUGACUACAUUUUUAGUUAGUGAGUGUGACCCAGUGGGUAAAGGAAGGGUGAUGAAGAAAAACCCCAUUGCCAGGGAGUAAGCUAAGUUACCAAAACUACCUUUUUAAUUUGUACAAUGGUCAUCAUCCCAUUGUACAGUGUUACGGAAUCUGAUGGCGCUAUAUAAAUAAUAAAAUAAUAAUCAUCUAUCGAAUAUCCUGUGUUGCUGUUAAUGAAGUCUUGUUUUUCUGUAUUGACUGACAAAUGUAGAACAUAGGAAAACGGAUGUAGCUACAUGAUGGAUUAGGAAGGAUCCAAUGAAAUGAUAUACUUAUAGAGUUAUGGGUUUUGGCUGUGAAACAGCUACCAUUCUACAUGACCAAUUACUUAUUGUUUUUAUUUAUUUAUUUUUUGUUUUGUUUUUUGUGGUUUGAACAAUUUUUGGUUUGAUCAAAGUCAAAUGUCUCGACUGUUUUCAUGUUAAUAAUAGUGUGUGUGUGUGUGUGUAAUAAACAAAUUAUCUGUAAAAUAAAUCAUUUACAUUUAUCAUUAGAUGUCUUCUUUUUCUAUCUUCUUUUCUUCAGCCCCCAAAAAGGUCAUAAAGUCAUGUUGCAAGCAACUAUUUAAAUAAAAAGGGACCCGUUUGCCAAAAAAAUACCACAUUGUAAAAAAAAUCCAGACGAAAAGACAAUCCCUCUUGCCCUACGUGGGAUCCGCCGCAGACUGAACUCGUAAGCCUUAUAAAUGCCAUGCAGUUUGAGUCAGAGCGCUCAGAUUGGUGGGCUAAGUCAACCAAUCAGAGUGCUCUGACAGGCAAAUCUUAGACUGACAGAUUUAACCUCCCUUAUACUAAUAUGGGGGUCAUAUUGUUAUAAUUGGCCAAGGGAGAGGGAGUCAUGGGAGGGGCGGGGGGUUUGAAAGUGGCAGGGAGCAUAGCUCCCCACUGCUUCUGUUUUUAAAUAAUAUAUGGAAUGAACUGUGAGCCGGUAGCUCUUACCUUGUUAUAACUAAAACAAAUGAUUGUAAGAAAGAAUGAAUUGCAUGGAUGAGGUCAUAAUAAUCCUAGCUAUAGGAUAAGGCCAGGGACUAGUGAAAGUGUUUGGAGGAUUGGGCAGACUAGAUGGGCCGAAUGGUUCUUAUCUGCCGUCACAUUCUAUGUUUCUAUGUAAUAAUACAUAAUUUCGAUAAAUGUAGUCAUUUGUUUGGCUGCCAGUUUUCACGCUUAUGCAGCUAAAGGUGUAGCAUGCUUACCCCCGAUACCAGAUUGUAGGGAAAUGUACAGUUUGUUCUCGAUCCCUGGUUACAUUGUAUGACUAUCUAGUUACUUACUUACGCACUUUACGACAUCUAGUGGUUACUUUGUAUAUUGCAACAUAGGCAUCUUUUUAUUGCUAGCUACAUUGUAUUGCUAAUUCAGCACAUCUUCAGCUGAAUAUCAUUUUGAUAUAUGAUAUAUAUAUAUAGCUUACAGUCUAUCAGAAUACCAUUAGUAUAUUUUGUAUUUAAUUUGUAUAUAAUUAUAUUCUGAGUAAAGCUAGUAUAAGAUUUCCUGCAUUGCAGACUCCAACUUGGCUAUCAUCAUUUAUAUUGAGGGACUAUGUGUAAUGAUGUCUUUUGACAUGCAAUUCUUUUGUAUAUCUUUUUAGUUCAUUGGAAAUAAAGGUUAUUUCACCACUUAUCUUUUCUUGUCUGUUACUAUAAUUGUAUAAUCUUUCUGUAAAGCAGAGGUAAGGAACAAAAUCAAAAUUGGGAAAUGUGUCCCUCUUUAUACUCUACUUUUGGUUCUUGAUUGCUUGCUGACCGUGUCACUUUAAAGGGACACUGUAGACACUGUAGCUGUUAUAUCUCGUUGAAGUGGUUAUAGUGUCUGGAGUCUGCUGAAGCUGUCAUUCCAUUUAUUGUUAUACCAUUUUUAAUGGGGGGUUUUAAACGCAAGUCCCAGCAGCCAAUCCCCUCUGUGCUGCUUUGGCUAAUGGUAAAGAGAAUUAACCUGAGCAGCAAUGGGCAGCUGUGAUUAGCUGAGAGUAUCAGCUGACCACAUUCCACCUAUCACAGCUCCCAUUGCUGGUAUUAAUCGGUAUGGCUAUAAGGAAGUGUGUAAUCUCUGCCUUAGCUACACCUCUGGUAGUGGCUGUCCCGGGACUAUUAUUCAGUGUUAAGAUGGCCGAAAUAUGAUUUAAGAAAUGAAUUCACAUGAAAUGGCUGUGCAAUGUCCGUUUAAAACAACGACCAGUAAGCCAUGUGCAUAAUAUUGAUACGUUUUGUAACUCUGUUUCCUCCCCAGGUAAGGAGAUGAACUUUCACAGAUUAUUACAACAUUAUGCUCAGGAGGCGAAACCUGCUCACCACACUGCUCAUCGUGCUCCCGUGGGCCCUUCUGUUCACGUUAUGGCACCAACACCCAACCACUCGCUACCUCUCUCUCCUAAGGAGUAAGUCAGAGACACUGUAUGUGACUGUAAUACUUCACAGGGCGUCAGUUCUUCCAAUCUCUGGAGAGAGGCAGUAAAGGGGACUUAUCACUUUUUUAACCCGAAGUUUAAAAGUAUUUCUGUUCUCUUACUCUUGUAUCCUAGACCGUUACUAAUCCAGUAACAUUAUAAAUUAGUAAUCUUCUUGCUACUUUAUACAUCAGUGAUUAUUAGCCUGUUUUGGAAGGGGCCCAAAUAAUAUACUUUACACUAGUUUGGGAACCCAUUCUUCAAUUGCAAAAUUAACUCAGUGACCCAUUCUAGCAGUAUAUUAUAAUUAAAGGAUCACUAUAGUGUCCCCCCCCACCCUCAGGGUUCUCCUACCGCUGGGCUGAAGGGGUAAAAAUCCCUUCAGCUACUUACUUUAAUCCAGUGCCGGACUCCCUCUGUGCUGGUGACCUCUCCGCUGACGUCAGCUCCCGAGUGGAGUGGAAUGCAAGAGCCACGCGCGCAUUCAAACAGUCCAUAGGAAAGCAUUUCUCAUGGCAGCUUUCCUAUGGACUUUCUGCACGCUGAAUGCGAUUUUCGCAUCCAGCGUCGCAGAAGCGCCUCUAACGGCUGUCAGGAAGACAGCCACUAGAGGCUGGAUUAACCCUGCAAUGUAAACAUAGCAGUUUCUCUGAAACUGCUAUGUUUACAUCUGAAGGGUUAAAACCUGGGGGAUCUGGCACCCAGACCACUUCAUUGAGCUGAAGUGGUCUGGGUUACUUUAGUGUCCCGUUAAUAAUACAUUUACUUUAGCAAAACAUCUCUGUUAGACUCUUUAUCAUGUCAUUGAGGUCUCAGUUGGCCUGGGGGUGCCGUGCAGUUACUGUAGCCUAUUAAUUUGUGGAUGUUUUCCUGGGAUCUUCUGAAAAGGAUUGGCUCGUCUCAACCACAGUAGGGACACAAUCAAAUACCAUAGAGAUAUAACACAGGGACCCACAUUUCAGUCCCAACCCUGGGUGUAAGAACCACUUAUAUCAUUUGUAUUUGCAGUCACGCCACUUUCCCAAAAUAAAAAGCAAUAUUAAAACAUUCGUAAUAAAAAAAUGAAACCACUUUAAACCUCUUUCUCUUUGGACACCCCUUUGCCAUAUACAUCCUCAUAGAACAAUGUUAUUCACCAACAUUUUCCCAGCUAUUUUCUUUCCUAAAAUCUCCAUAUCCUGGGAAUGUCUUGCAGGGAUACUGUGUUUUCCUUCAGUCAGUGACUGAUCUAUGCAGCUUGGCUUUGUGAUUACUUUUUUCUGCUUCAUAUAAAUGUUGUUGACCUUUUUAUAGCAUCGAGUAAAAUUGAGCAGACACAAUUUCACUAACUCGAUGAAAUGUAAUCUUUUUUUUUCCUGCUUCUUCUCUAAAUGCAAUAACCUUUAGGAAUGGUGGCUUGGUAAUCCUUUAAAUGAUUAUGUAUAGUCUUCUUCACGCACAGCCAUUACUUUCUGUAAUGUACAUUACCCACUGCUCGCGGACAAUUAAAUACCUGAAAACUGAUUUUCUACAGUUCCCCCUGAGGCACGUCAUUAGGAGAGCUUCUCCUUUUAGUACUGUAUCAAGAAUCAAAUUCCAGCCACUAGUAUCCAAAAUAUGUUUCAUUUCACAAGGUUUCAUUGGCCAAUUGAGCAAAAAGCAAUGUGUGUUUGGAAGUGAACGCAAUACACUUAAAAAGAGAAAGAUAUGAUAUGUUGUCAUUUAUAAGGUCCUGUUAGUUCAAUAAAAUUGGUAAAUCCUUAUUUAAAGGGUUACUCCAAACAACAUAACCACUACAGUGUGUCUACUCUUAGCCAAUGAAUGGUACACUGUUCAAAAACAGGCUUUUUUUUAUUUUUUAUUUUUUUUACAGAAUUGACAUUAGCUAGCUUGGAAAUUUAGUUCCGGGCUAGCUGAUGACACCCCACGAUGCUGACAUAGGUGGAGUUACAUCGCCAGUAGCCGAGGGGUUAAACACACCACAUGCGUUGCGUUUCACAGCGAAACGCUGCACAUACAGACUCCACCCAUUUUAGCACUGAGGCCUCAAUUUAAUAUUUUUUCCAUAAGCUUUUCAGUUGAUUUCAGAUUUUGAAAAAAUACUUUUGUAGUUUAAUAAUUUGAUACUUUGUUUUACAUGUUGAUAUAUUUUUUAACAUUUUAAUAUUGUGAAUCAUUUGAAAAGCCUAUCCAACAAUAUUACAUUGAGGCCUAAAUUUGAAAAUCAGUUUGAAUUCAUGUUAUGCAUUAAAAUCCAAAUUGUAGGGAAUCAAAACUGAAUCUAAAAUACUAAAACAGUGGCUUUUUAAUCUCAAAAUCGGUUAUUUUACAUUUUGCCAUUUAAAUUUCAAUACUCUACAAUUCCGAGUUGAGGUAAAGAUCUCCUUUACUGAAUCACCCUUCGAGUUUUUAUUAGUUUUAAAUGUUGCACUAGAGAAUAAGAGACUCUAGCUACACCCGGGGUAUGUGCGGAUAUUUCUACCUACACGUUCCUCUUUAAUUGUAGUUGUUAGUCACUGUAAGCAUCAGGCAGAGGGAUCGGUAGUGCCAGGAAUACAGCUUUGUAUUCCUGGCACUACAGUAUCCAUUUAAUGCCUCCAUUAGGGAGGAAGAGGUAAAGACAGGAAAAGCACAGUGACCUGAAGGGUUUACAAUUUAUUAUUAUAAAAUUCUAAAAGGCCAAAUAACCAACAUACUAACCUCAUUAUGUAAUGCUGUAAAUAUAUAGAUAACAUACCGGUCAAAACUCUUAUGGACUCUAAAACAAUUUUACUUCAAAACCUGGCAAAGUUCCUGCCCUCUUACCCUCCUACAGACCAAUAACAUUACUAAAUAAUGACUUUAAACUUCUCACUGCCUGCCAAAGAUGGGGUACAUUGACGUUGUGGCAGGCUUAUGCAAUGUAUGAUCAUAUACUGUAACUAAACCCCCAUUAAAUUUUUUUGCCUAGAUUAGGUGUUUUUAAUAAAACUGAAAAUUGUUCAGCAUUAAAAUGACUGUUUAGUAGAUAAGCGAGUGCGCUGGAUUUUCAUUUUAAACUUCUCACUAAAAUAUUGGCCUAUAGACUGCAGCAGUUCCUAACCUCCAUUUUAUAUCCCUAACAACUGGGGCAAUUCAUCCAGGGAAUUAGAACUGUGACAGCCACAGCUUCUAUAUAUGACGAUCACUUUAAUAAAACGCAAGCAGUUGUUUUAAGUCCAAAUACCCAGAGAGCAUUUGAUCAUGUGUCCUGGCCUCAUCUCUUAAAAAAAAAUAAUUUGGUAUUAGGUUCUUAAAUUUCAUGAAAUUCUUAUACAGGUAUAUACCCAGCAAUUCACAAAAAUAAACUCGAAUGGCCUAGACUCAAAAGAUCUUUCGAUUAUGAGAGGGGAUUACAACAGCCCUGAGAUUAGGCCCAGACCCACCAAUACAUUAACAGACACCAACUACUUUGUCAUGGACAUGUCAAACUUUAAAUAUCUAGAGGUGUUAAUCCCCAAAAAAGGUCCACCCUACGCAAAAUCAAUAUGGCACCGCUUAUGACCAGGGUGAAAGAUACUCUUUUCAGAUAGGAUCACCUCCCUUUAACUCUCUAGGAGAGAGCCACCCUUUUAAAAUCAAUGAUAGUAUGAAAACUCAUAUAUCCACUACAAGCCUUACCAAUACUACUCUCAUGUUCAGAUGAAUAAACCCUAAACAAACUAAUUUCUACAUUUCUCUGGGAACAAAAACAUCCACAAGCUAUCUCAACCAAGAUUUAACCUGGGUUUAGAUCUUCCAAAUAUAAAAUUGUACACAUUAGAAGCACGCUUCUGACAGCCUUAGACUGAAUAAAAGGACCAGGUCAAUUCAGAGUAGUACACACAGAAACACAGCUCUAUCCUAAUGUGGCACUCUUGCAAUUGCCACACACCCCAUAUAAUUCCCUUCCAGAGGAGGCACAAGAAAAUCCUCUAUUAAAACAUGGAAAUUGGUGAGAAAACUAAUGGGACUGCAAUGGCAAUAUAUCGGGUUUAUAACUUACUUACGCAACCCAUGCUUUCAGGAUGUGGAAGCCAAUAAUCUCAUACCGCUCUUGGGAAACCGCAGGCCACACCACCAUUUAUAACACAAAAAAACAAUAUUAUAAUUUCAACAAAUCAAACACAAAUUUCCUGACCUUGGUUUUCCCUUCCUUCCAUACUUACAGUCAGACAUGCAGCCUAAUCAACUCGAUAAUUCCACAUCUUAGUCCGGAAGAUUGGAACCACUCUAUAGACUACCCACUUACACAAUCAGCGACUUCAUCCUAUUUAGUUAGCUCACUUUAUUCCCAAAUCAGGCCUAACUUAGACCACUCAACUACACAAUCACGAUUAUCAAGAUAGAUAACAAGUUCCAACAUGGACACAUAAUACACUCAAAGCAACAACUAUCAAGCUGCUUAAAAUACACCCAACAGCAAACACACUUGAAGAUUGCACACCCCGCAUUCUACUCCCCUCAAAAACUAUUUUCCUUAAAGCUGAAGGACUCGGCCAGAUGCCAAAUAUGUGGGACACACAGAGCAGACCUAUAUUACUGUUUUUGGGAAUGUGCACAGAUUAAUGUAUUCUGGAAACAUAUAGAUAAUUAUGUAACACAAUUACUAGACUUCUCCAUUGCUGGCAGCACUAGGAGUAAAAAUUGCAAAAACAAUGUUCUGAAACGAGUCCAUAUAAUCAUAGCAGCAGUUCCAUCAUUGGAAGUAAGAACGUUCAGGUAGACCUGUGGAUGACAGAGCUUCUUUUAGUGAAUCCCAAGUGGAGUAAGCUGGAAGACGGUCUAUAACAGAAAUACUCUGUAUCUGUAUAUCAAUGUUCUAAAUAGAACACUCUGCAACCAGUGGAAGGAUGGCCUAGAAAACACAUCUCUCUUUGGUACAUACAAAAACCCAGGUUCUGUCUGUGUGUGUGCAUAUUGUGAACAGCACUAGAGCAUAUCAAGGAAAUGUUAUUUGUGACUGCAAAUAAUAAAAUAUAUAUACUUUUUUUUACUCUCCAUUAUUACAGAAGAUAUAGGUGACAAUUCUACAGCCAAACCCAUUCUCAGCAAUGUGACAAAAGAAGAAAGUCUUCAAUGUAUCCACCAGCAAUCCACUCAUGAGGCACCUGUGGUCAUAAGGACGUAUGUAUAUUCCCGACCUCCUCCUUGGUCUGAGGAUGUCCCUAUUAUUUAUGUGAUAACUCCAACCUAUUCUCGGCCUGUACAGAAGGCUGAACUGAUAAGACUCCUAAAUACUUUUCUGCAUGUUGUGAAUUUACACUGGAUUGUGAUUGAAGAUUCCCCGCGGAAAACCAAACUGGUGGCCAACUUGUUGGAGAAAGCAGGGCUCAACUUUACCCACCUGAACGUGGAGAGCCCACACAACUUAAAGAUAGGUCUUACAAAGUCUCCCAAUCAUACACCACGAGGGACAGUGCAGAGAAAUCUCGGUCUACGAUGGCUUAGAGACAAUAUCAAUGCUUCCAAUCCAUCUGAUGGGGUUGUAUACUUUGCUGACGAUGACAACACAUAUACCCUGGAACUCUUCGAAGAGGUAAAACAUUUAAAACAGCUUCUAGCAAAAAAUAUAUAUAUAUUUCACCAUUAGGAAUGACUCUGAAUUCUUUAGUUGAUUCGGCAUAAUAUAUAUGUUUUUUGAUUGUUUAGGGCACUUUUGAUGCACUUGUUUGCACUUUAUAUUUUUAAAGGUAUAGCACACCUUUUUUGUAUUUUGAUAAUAUAUCUUAAUUUAUAUGUGUAAUUAUUUUUUUGAAGGAGGCCAAAUCACUUUUAACGUGGAAAUUUCUAUUUUACAUGUGACUGAAAAAUUAAAAAGACUGUAUUUUUUUUUUUUUUGCUUUUUGAAUUGAGGUUUAAUUUCUGCUUAGUGCACCUUAAUAGUUAAGGUGCCUCUAUCACUGUGUUCACAAUUGGAAGUAAUUCAAAAAGUGAUCUUCAUUGAGGAAUUUCAAAGAACUCUUUACGUAAAUCUCUGCUUAGGUACGUUGGCUAAAAGCAAUCAUAGAGAUAAAGGAUAUGAUUUUGGGAGUCAGGUUUAAGAGGUAUUUUAAUCUAUAAAGAGUAUUUUCAUAUCAAGGAGAUUAUCACUCAAACCAAAUCGUUUGGAAUAUUCAAUAAAUAUGAUACUUUGGAAGAACAUUAAGUAUUUAUUAUUGCAAGGAACACAAACCCAGUGGAAUAUUAAUAAGUAUAAAGAAAGACAAUGAUUAAUGUCCCUCAUUAACAUAUCAAGCAUUUUGUAUACAAACUACAUUCCAGCUCCCAUAUGGUAGCCACUUCUACGUGGGGCUAUUUAUCAAAAUCCCCCAUGUGCACAAAGGAUUUGGGACUUUCAUUUUCAUUUGAUAAAUAAGCUACUGUGCUGGAAUAUUUCCGUGAUAAUUAGUACACGUGUUUUUGCGUGUAUGUAAAUCUUGUUCUGUUGUGUUUCCACAAAGCUCCUGGGAUGCUGUGCAGAGUAAACGAACAAGAACAAAUGGCUUUGUAGAACUUUUCGAUAUUCUGUCCACAUUUUUGCUGUAGCCUGCCAUUUUCAACAUAGCUUCUCAACCAAGGUGUAGCCUGGCACAGCUGAUUUAGUUAUUUGAGGUUCUUCAGUGUGCUGCUGGACUUGAUCACACAUGGUAAUCCUUCAUAUAACCAGCGUACAGACUUUACAUGUUUUUUUAAGAAUGUUUAAAAACACAAUUUUCAGAUGAAAAAAUAUGUAGGUAUGGUUAUAUGCUUAGUUGUACAAAUUCUUGUACAGCUUAUAAAUAUCUUUGAAUGCUCUUCCAAAAUAUUCCCUGGGGACUCAGGAGGAUAGACCAUAUAUGACCUCUCAGAUUUAUUUAUUUAUUUAUUUAUUUAUUUAUAAAAUAUUUUACCAGGAAAGAUACAUUGAGAUUUCUCUCGUUUUCAAGUAUGUCCUGGGUCCACAAAUCAUUGCAUUGUUACAUUAGGUACAACAAAAUACAAAAACAAUAUUAAUACACAAUAUAUACAAAAUUUAACAUAGAACAGGCAGGAAAUAUAUAAUCAACCAUGACACGUGCAUUCUGUUUUGAGGUAUGAUGGUAUUGAUGCUAUCAUUAUUUUUCCAGUAAUCUGUGUAUUGUAAAAAUGAAAAGUGAAAGCGGAAAAGCAAUUUUUUCAGUCAAAAUGGGCACAUUGCAAACACUCUAAGUCAGUAGUUUUACCAGUUGAAUAGAGAUCUAGAACGUGCAGUUCCCCUGUUAAUUCUCUGCAGUUCCCAGAUAUACUUAUUAUAACCCUGUCAGUAUGAAUGUAUCUCAGUGUUCCGUUCCCUCUCGUACGGACAUGUCAUUGUAACUAGGGUUCUCUUCUCCUACUGUUAAUGUAUGCUCUACAUGCUUUGGUAGAAUUAAAUGUAAAUUUUGGUUAACUUUUGCCCAACAUUGCAGAAUAUGUUGGUGCUAUAUAAUUGUGAUUAAUGCUUGUCCCACGGCCUCUCACUCAUAAUUUUUCUAUUGGUUUUACAUUUUUCUCAAUUUUUAUCUUCAUCCCUCUUUCGUCGCUCGGACUUUGUUUCUUUUGUUUUUUCUUGUUGAUUUUCAUCCUCUUUUUAUCCAUUUCCAUCCUCGCUGUAGUGAGGAAUUCCAUACACUGCACAGGGAGGCCUCUUGCACCUUCUUAUAAUGUAAUGUCUUUUCAAAUAUUUCCUCCCAGAUUUCCUCCACCUGCUGUAAUUGUAUAAAAUGUUAUUCACAAGUCACCCUGCUACUGGCCACACCACCACUCAACUCCCUGUUCUAAUUUAGAACCCCAUACCACCAGUGUGAUACGCUAAGCAAAGUAAAGAUUCUACUGUCAAUCUGCAAUUCGCAUUCAUUCUCUAUGUGACAUCUAGACUUUAUAUAACGUCAUAUUAUGGGAUCCAUAACACAAGCUAAGAGAACGUACAAGAACAUGUGUCAUAAUAUUUAUAUAAGAAAUUCCAUUUUCAUUUUUUGUACAUAUUCUCAAAUUAAAGGGGGGUUUGUUCACCAGUUUGUCAUUUGUGUUGCAUCCAUUGUCACCAUGGCAACAAAAUUUGCAACAUAAAGGUUUUUGAGUGACAGAGUGGCAGGUGCUCUUUGAAUUACCUAACGCUGAAAUAUAUUAACAGCAUCUACACUAAACUAUUUCAAAUGAAAUAAAUAAGUACACAUCAUCGGAAAAUGCACUUUCCUUUGCAAAGCAAAUUUUUUUUAAAAGUUCGUCUUCAGUGAACGGAACCACAUUUUGAUCUAUUAUUUAUCCCUCCAGGGACUGUAAAGUAUACAUUAAAGGAGAAAGAGCUGACUUUUUAAUGCGUAGACAUUAUAAUUGGUGCAGAAUUUUGGUCAACCUUUCCCUUACAUUCCUUUAAGUGCAUUAUUCAUUGGAUGGAAUUGUACUAAAUGUUACUCUUGUUGCACACAGAUGAGAUACACAAAAACAGUAGCUGUGUGGCCAGUGGCCUUUGUGGGAGGCCUAAGAUUUGAAUCCCCAAAGCUCGAUCCAGGAGGGAAAGUUAUUGGCUGGAAGACAGUUUUUGAUCCUAAUCGACCAUUUGCCAUCGACAUGGCGGGCUUUGCUGUUAAUCUCCGACUGAUCCUCGAAAGGCCACAUGCUAAUUUUAAGUUGGAAGGUGUUAAGGGUGGCUAUCAGGAGAGUAGCUUGCUGAAAGAUCUGGUGACCAUGGAUGGACUAGAGGCCAAAGCAGCCAACUGCAGCAAGGUAACUUUUAAAGAUUAAUCCAAGUAUUGAUGUUUUCAGUUAAAUCAGCCAAGUGAUAUGCAGGCAGCUUCUUACAGAAAAACUGCCACAUAUAUAUAAAAGUUUAUAAUGAAUUUACAAAACUUAAAUAUUCACUUUUAGUUGCUUUUUGCUAUAUACGUUAAGUUUCUUGUUUAAUUUAUUUUUCAUCCAAUACCUGUCAACAGAGACAUUGAAAGACAAAUGCAUUCUACUUCUAGACUUGCCCAUGUUCCUCGUGACUGUACUUGCUUAGCGAGGGGAAAGGCAAAGGAACUGAUAAGUUGCUAUCCAUGGUAUAUCCUCUUAACUGUGAUUUAAUUUCUUGGAUUUAUCUGAAUGUGGUAUUUUUUACUUAUGCAAAUUUAUAUAGCAGAUAAACAGAGUAAGCCUGCAAAAAUAGAUUAUAUCGUCAUAGAUAGAACCACAUUCUUCUGAACCUGUAACCUUUGUCAUCUUAAUGCACCUACCAAUAUGUGAUCCACGUUGGAACCCAUUGUGGUGCUCCUUAGUAUGAAUAAAAUUUUUAAAAACUAUGUGCCACUGACUCAUUUAGUGCUUCAGUUAUAUGAGAAUGUGGUCUGUGCUGUUGUUGUACAGUUAGAGAUCUUCUUCGGCUCCUAAACCCCAAGAGCUUAUCAUCGACUGUAAAAAUCCCUUCUUCACUAGUCAGAACCACUUUCUAUAAACGCAAAGAACUUAAUCAUUAAGAGACAGAAUGGAAACUGUUUAAUUACAUCACCCUCAAUCUCAUCUAACAUAAUGCACCAUGUGAAAUUCAAAGAAAUUGAGAGCUCUAAAUAAAAAGGCAAGCUAAUUAUAUAAAGGUGACAAUGUAGAGGUCGUUGUAGGAUGUAAUAGUCUCUGAUGUGUGGCUUCAAAUGCAGUAAAAUUACCCGUGAAAUUAAACAUUUGUAUUUAUUUUAAUUGCAAGGGUUUUUUAAAGAAAUUUAAAAGCUGGGGGAAGGACCCAUUUAGAAUAAAAUGUUUUCCUUUAUAAUGCUAAAGAAAUCACAAUUCUACUACUCGGAGGGUUAAAUACGCUAAUGGAAAUCGAAAAUAACCAUGAAAUUUAUUCCAGACUGCGGUCAACACAAGGUUAUAGGAAAAAGCUUAAAACAAAUCUUAUAAACUUAUUCAAAAUGAUGAAAAGAGAAUUAUAGAUUAUUUUAAAAAAAAACUUUUUAAAGGACUUUUCUUUAUUUUCAUGGCAAUACGACUUUUCUUUAUUUUCAUGGCAAUACGUAUUAGCGCACACUAUACUUACCUCGGAAACUGAGAUCCUGAAUUAAAAAAAAAAAAUGAAAAGUCUCUUAAAAAUCCCAGAGGUUUAUGUUCACUGACGUCAAGCUCUGUUUAAGGUUUGGACAGCUUAAGCCAAGAAGAUGAAGAUACUCGUUCACAUUCAGUCCUUAUUAACAUCAAAUUGGGUCUGAGCUUGAAACCCAAUUCAGCUAAUCUCAUCUUAAUGUUUAAAGAAUACCAAUAUCUCAAGUAUCCUUCUUCUAGUUCUUUUGUGAAUAGACCCAAGAUGCUCCACUGUGUAUAAAAGCAUUCCAAUUGGGAUUCCUGAGGAGUCUUAAUAGCUACAAUCCAGGAAGCUCAAAGGAACAUUAUAGCGUCAUGAAUAUAAAUGUGUAUUUAUAAUGCUAUAGUGCCCUGUUGGCCAUUUAGGUUCCUGAACCCUGUCCCUGCAGGGAAUAAAAAAGGUAUUUUACUUACAUUUUCUCCAUCACAGUGCUGGUCUCUGCAGGGACACUCUGCCUCCAUGGCUAAGAUCAUCGAGAUUGAUAAUCUCAGCCAGUCCAAUGCUUUCCCAUAGGAAAGCAUUGGGAGGCUACAGAGCAGACGCUGUGCUGCCCCAAUAAGAUGGUCUCUGUGAGACAGACCAUCUGAUUGAAACAUCAGAGUUUUACUCUGCUAUUUUGAUGAAAGUACCUAUAGUGGCUGUCUGCGUGACAUCCACUAGAAGCAUUUAAAAAAAAUGUUUUCUCCUGCAGAGUUAAAAUAGGAGGAGGGGCGGGGGCGGAGAGGUAUGGCACCCAGACCAAUAAUUGAGAUGAAGUGUUCUGGCUGCCUAUAGGGUCCCUUUAAACAUGUCCUCCAUUGGAUGGACAGGCCCUUAUUUCAGCUAUAAAUUUACUAAACAUUAGGACCAAGUUAUCAUUAUCAUUAAAUCAGCACAGAUUAUUAUUGAGCCAAUCCUCAGCAUCUGGCAUUUCAUUCUAAGACCCUGAGCUAGUGUCCAUUCACUGUUGACAAUAAUCAGAAUAAUUUACAUGUUUACUCGAAGACAGCGAUAAACUAUAAAUUCACUUUGAAACCCUGAGGUACCAGGCCAGACAUCCUGUGAACAAACAAAAACACGGACACCCGUGAAAAAAGUGAUAUAACGCAACAACUUAACUGAAAGGUACACAGCUUCCCAAGGUUAUUUCCCAGUUGAUAACCUUAUAGCAGAACAGUGUGAUUGAUAGGAUAUUUGGGAUUCUGCUGAUGUACCUAUAAUAGAGGACAAAACAUAGUGCAAAUAUUGCUACACACUAUAAAACCGCUGGUAAAAAAUAUACACUCACAUAUUCCAAAGAAUAUAAGCGUGUUCAGGGUGCCUCCCCCUAAGACUGAAAAAGGGGGACUUUUUUAUCUGUGAGCCAGAUAAUCUAUCCAUUCACUCUAACAAGUAAAAGGACUCUGUAGGCACUAUAUCUGCUUCAUCUCAUUAAUGUGGUUAUAGUGUCUGGAAUCCUCUGGCGCUGUCUUUUCAUUCAGCAGCCCAUCCACUCUAUGCAGCGCCAACCCAUCCCCUCUUUGCUGAUUGGGCUAAUGAGGAAGCAUUAGCCUUAGCAGAAAUAGCUGGCUGUGAUUGGCUGAGAGUGUCACCCAUUACCGAUAUGAGUUGGUAUGGCUAAAAGGAAGUGUGUAAUCUCUGCUUAGCUAUGCCUCCACAGGGGCAUGGGGCACUUAUUUAUUGUUGAACUGUUUGAAAAUGGUCCCAUGUCCCAUGUCGUGGGCAGAGAUGACCUGUCACAAGGCCCUCAGGUUACAACCGCCACCCACAGUUGGACAGUUAAUGCAGCAGUUCAGUUGCUAGUUAUCUGUGUUUCAUCAUAGGGGUCUGGUUUUGGGCGUUGGUAGAACCCUCGUAUUUUUAAAACCUCUCAUAUUGUCUUUAACAAACAUGUAGGUUAAAGGAUCACUAUAGUGUCAGGAAAACAAAUCGGUUUUCCUGACACUAUAGUACCCUGAGGGUGCCCCCACCCUCAGGGUCCCCCUCCCGUGGUGCUGAAGGGGUUAAAACCCCUUCAGUUACUCACAUUCUUUCACCGCCGGGCUCCCUUACCUCUCCUCCCACGCCGACGUCAGCUCCCCCGUCUGACGUGAGCGGAGCGGAAUGCGCAUGUGUGGCAGUGCCGCGUGCGCAUACAAAGUGUCCAUAGGAAAGCAUUUCUCAAUGCUUUCCUAUGGACGCUCUGCGUGAUGGAGGCAUAAUAUGCCUCCAGCGUUGCAGAUGCACCUCUAGUGGCUGUCCGGAAGACAGCCACUAGAGGCUGGCUUAACCCCAAAUGUAAACAUAGCAGUUUCUCUGAAACCGCUAUGUUUACAGCAGGCAGGGUUAACCCUAGAGGGACCUGGCACCCAGACCAUUUCAUUGAGCUGAAGUGAUCUGGGUGACUAUAGUGUCCCUUUAAUCUCUUUGCACCAUAACUAUUAUAACGAUCUCUAGAGUUCUUAGAGUGCCCAUUUAACAUAUUAAAUAAACAAGCUUGAGAAAAAUAGAAGCUUUGUAAUUAUAACAUUUGAAUAAAAUGUUACUUGAAUAAUUAUCAGAGCUGUUAUUCAAGUUCCAGAACUGUGUAGUUCAGAAAAGAAUUUAUAGAAAAUGUAAAAGUUGCUUUAUAUUGUCAAUUAGUGAAAAAUAAUGGGCUGGAAUAAAAAAAGAAAUUAAUUGCGGCUGGAAGGGUUUCCAUUUAGAAACUCGUGGUUUAUAUCAUUAAUUUGCAGGAAUAGUGAUAAGCCUGGCAUUUAUGUUUCAAAUUAAAAAUGAGAACCAUCUGUCAUACACCAGUUGGUGUGUAUCACCAUUAUAUCUAUCAACUCAAGGCCUUUUUCAGGUUUCACUGGGCUGGGUGUAUUUUGGGUGUAAACUGAAUCCUUAAAACGUAUAGAGGUUCCAGAAGAGCCCACAAUCUAGAGCAGGGUUAUCCAAAAGGUAGAUCCCCGGGUGUUGUAGACCUACAACUCCCAUGAUGCUUUGCAUUCUUGUAGAAUGCCUUUAGAAUUACGUAGCAAUAUGAUAAUCUCAGCUGGUCAGAGUGGCAGUCAUAGUGAGACUGUCACACUGUGUGUUAGAAGGUAAUUAAAAUGUUAUUUAACCAUUUCAGGAUGCAGUAAUCUAAACAGCCAUGACCACUCAAAUGGUUAAAAAGAAAGGUUUGUAUUUCUAAAUUGUGGUUUUAACACUAUUGGGUCAGGAAUACAUGUUUGUGUUCCUGACCCUAUAGUGUUCCUUUAAGAGUUUUCCUUUACGAGGGAGUGCCCAAAGAGAGGCUUAAUGUAUUUACAGUAAUUUUUAUAAGGAUACAAUUGUUUUAAAAAGUACAUUUCAGGAUAAUUGAAUUUAGAAGAUAACAACCUGUUUUGUGAAUAAAAUGUAAUCCCUGUUAUUUCAUCAUGACCGUCAUCUCUUUUAGAUUUAAAACAAAAUAACUGGUAUUUGGUGUAUUUAAAGGGACACUAUAGGCACCCACAUCACUUCACCUUACUGAAGUGCUCUGGGUGCAAUGUCCCUUUUUACAUUGUUUACAUUGCAGCUCUAAGUCUGCCCCCUGUGGCUGUCUACCACACAGUCACCGUGGGCUGUUCCUGGAACGAAACUGACCUUUGUUUCGGUAUCUGACACUGGACGUCAGAUUGAUUCAAUGCUUUUUUAUAAGGAUGUCUAAUGCGCUUUAGCACCCGCUUGUUGCGGGACAUCGGAGGAGGCGAAGUGUCGACCAAGUGCCGAGGGACAUCAGCGCUGGGAUCAGAUAAGUAAAUAAAGGGGGCAGGCAGGGGAGCGAUAGGAUUGUUUUCCUGGCAUAUAUAUCCCCAAUGACAAAAUGCAUGCAUUUGGGUUAUCUCUACUAAACAGUGACUAUUUUUUUUAUUUAUUUUGUAUUUUAGCAGUGGGAUGUCCCUUUAAAUAUAGAAAUUCAUGCUGCUGUAUCCCGGAACUGGGUGUCUCCAUUUAGACAGACAAUGUUAUUAGAUCUGUCCUUUGCAUCUAGCAGUUAGACAGAGCACAAAGAGAGGAGGAGACGCAGAAAAUACUUCUGAUCCAGAUCCAGUAGAAACGUUAUGGUUAUGUCCAUAAGCAGACCCAUGUUUGCCAUGUUUGCCAUGUUUGCCAUGUUUGCCAUGUUUUUAUAAAUUUUGGAAACCUUGACACCCUGUAGGACAUAACGUGAUUGUUGUACCUAUUGCAGGUCCUGGUUUGGCACACAAGGACCGAGCGACCUACACUUGUGAAUGAAGGGAAACGAGGAUUCACAGACCCAAAUAUUGAAGUCUAGCCAUACGGAUCCUCCAGCUGUGUAAGUGCCCUCACUCAGUGCCCUCAGUGACUUUGUACAACUGAAAGAUAUAAAGGUUUUUUACCAAAGUGAGUUUCAAACUAAGGUCAAAAUAUACAAAGUGGAAAAAAUCUCUAAGUCAGAUAUGGUUUCAGUUUAGCUACUUUGAAUUCUCACAUUAGUGAAUAACCCUGAUGGUCAGCUGCAGAGAGAUGCUGGAACGGUAUCAGGUGGAGAGGGUGGGAGUUUAAUGGCAAGUGGCCUUAUCAUCUUUGCUAGUGUAAAAAAAAAAGUGUAAACAUACCCCACUGUAAACAUACCCCACUUUCAAUACCUUGGGUUGUCUACUUUUUCAAAUGGUAUGCCAUUAUGGGGGUAAUUCUCAUUCCUGGGCUACCACACCGUCUCAAAAUCUUAUUUUCUCACAUUUUUUUAAAUUUUAUUCAUAAUAAAUUUUGUUCCAUAUAUGAAUAGUUAAUGAUAAAGUAAAGCCCAGUUUCUCCUGAACAAAAUGAUAUAUAAUAAGUGUGGGGGCACCUAAUGUGACAGCGGUGAAUUACGGUUGGACAGACAUAUAGCGCAAAUUCCAGUUUUUGUUUACGUUUUUGUUUUGAUCAGAACGUGCACUAUCGACUCCAUCCUGAAGGGGUUAAUAUAUUUUAUUUAUUACUAGUAUAUACAAUUCCUGCUUUAGGCAAUAAUCCUUUCUGUUAUUGUUUGAAUAAAUCCCCGUAAAACCAUUGACUGUUUUUUAUUUUUAUUUUAAUUAUAUUCUUAGGUAAGCACAAUGGAAUGAAAACGCACUAUUUCUGUACUUUCGGGAAAACAAGGGAAUACCCAUAAAAGAGACACGUGCACAGGACGAAGACAUACAUUUGUGGUUCUUCGAGGGCAACAGUGUUAUUAAUUGUAACUAUUUUUUAAAUCUUCGAAUCCUGAAUCAACAGUUGCAUACAUUUGUAAAAGGGAAAAAAAAAAAGAAAACCUGAUUUUUAGUUUUUUUUAGUUGAAAGCAAGUUGCUGCUGCUGAUAGUAUUUAAUAAAUAAAGACUGAAACUGAGAAAUAAAAGGACAGAAACUUAGUAAAAGACCUUAUGUUAAACCUCUUGUAUGAAGACAACAUAUGUUGAACCCUCUUCAGAGAUCUGGGUCUGUGUACCAAAGCUAAUUAAAACGUUCCUGUUCUUUGCUGUUUUGUCAAAUGUAGGGCGCUUGUUAAUCGCAUUUACAUAGGACUGACACAUUCAGAGACAGAAGGGCUUAUGCCCCAUCUGACGCAACAGAUUCUACUGGCUCUAAUUAAAAACAACAAAAAGGUACAAACAGAACCCCAGUGCGUCUUAUUCUUGUACAUGUGAAACAGAACUCAUUAUCAAGUCUUCCCGCUGUCACUCUCAGAACCGCACAAUGGCAGACACCCAGAACUAACCAGAGGCGACAGAUGGAGUUUCAGUGUCAGCUCUCCAAUGGUCCUGGCGGCCGAGGUGUUAACCGGAAAUUAGAAUAUAGAACAUAUCAUAUUAUAUGUGUAAUUCUAUCUUGGUUGUAUUGUCCCAAAUUUUACAAGCCAGGUGUUAGUUCACAACAUCGCUCUGAAUAAAUGCCAUAGUCUCAGGACAAAUCCAUUAGCGUCAUUAAAAUUUUUACCUAGGGAUCUAUUCAUAAUAGUUCAUUGUUCGCCAGGUUCUGCUGACACUAUAACAGCUUCCAAAUCCGUAAUAUAUAAUUUAGUCACCAUUUACCAUACAAAUGAAUUAUAUGUGUAUUUGCUUUAGAAGCUGCUGUGAUUAUACUUACCCUCUAUAAUGUGUGCCUGCGCAGUUACAUUACUAGCCCAUCUCUGAUGCGAUUGGUUCUGCUCGCAAUGAUCAUUCGUGAUUUUGAAACCACAGAUAGUAUCUGUGGCUAUUGGGAGUUGCAGGGCAUGUGCCCUUACCCAAAUCAGUGGCUGUACUGGGAGUUUUUAACAAUACUGAAUAGCAACCAGAUAGACAGACAGAUUUAUAGGACAGAGAGAUCGUAAGAUCAUUUUUUGCUGCACUCGAACAAAUUAUAUAAAUAAAAUGUAUAACGAGCUUCUCUAAUUAGAAUGUUUUGUUUUUUUUGUUUUUUUUUAAAUAUGUUCUAUCCAAAUUGCAUAUGUAGAGCUGAAAUAGUACUUCUAUUUAUUUUAAUUUUUUUAAAUUUCCUUAGCCUUCAUUCAUGUUCUAUAGUAAAUAUUGCAUUAAAUGAAUCCAAAGGCAGCUUCACAAAGUAUCCUGCAAGGCUAAGCACGCACCCAUAUUCUACGAUUGUUGAUUAUUGGGGGGAAGAGGGGUGCUCUUUCUGCUGCCCGUGUCCUGUCCAUUUCCAACUUUUCAUAUAGUACACAGAGAUUUGCAGAGGGAAGUAAAUUUAAGGCCUGGCUUAUAUCGUAGGACUUGAAACUUUGAGCCGUGUUGUGCGUAGAAUCCCAAACUAUCCCCCAACCCCUAGCUGCUAUUUUAUACCACACUGUAGCUGUGAGCAAUGCAGGCUCCUGAACAGUGUGGGAAGGGGAGGUGGGAUGAUAGAAUCUAUUGUCUUUGUAUGUGAGGAAGAGGGACCGAAUUUAACUCCUGAUAAAAAAAAAUGGCUUCUCAGUCAGAAGAGGACCUGUCCAGAAUCAGGGGGCAAACUAACCUUUUUUUUUUUUUUUAGGCUACUGUGUUAUAGAGCUUUUAAACUAAUCUUUGCACCUUUUCUAAUCAUUAUUUAUUCUUGCUUUGCUCUUAAGUUGUAAGAUGGGAUGCCCGUUACAUAUUUUUAUGCAUUGUAUAUUAAUAUUAUACAUGUCUAGUUAAAAAAAUCAAAGUGUUAUGAAUAAUUUUUUCCCCCCAAUAAUUAAUAUGUUCUGCCAUGAAAUCUUUUCAUGCAUGAAGUUACAGUCUUUGGAUUUGUAUCAGUAAAACUGGAAGACUGGGCACCGACACUAUCCGUUUCUUGUAGAAAAUGAGAUCAUGUUAUUUAACAGUUUACUGAUGGCUGGAAUUGUCUCAGUACUUUAAUGCAUUGCUUAGAUAAUACAUUAGCAAUAUGUAAGAAAUAAAAUACAAGAUGCUUACUUUUAAAGUUCCUGUUGCUUCUUCCAAUAUAGUACAAGCUGAAGAAACAGACAGGACCCUUUAAGGCAAGGAAGAGGCUCCACCAAUCAGAGACGCUGAUUCUUUCUUAUCCCAGCCAUAAGUCAUAUCGGCCGAGUGACUACUAUCCUCCUAUUCAGACCUUUUUUGCAGGUUUAUGAGCUUUUCACUGGGCUACGUUCUUCUGAACCGCACAUCUGCUGGGAGAGCUUACAUGCACAGUUUGGCAUAAAAGUAAAUCCCAAGAAAGUCUAAAUAAUAUAUAGUUAGAUUAAUGUUCUUAAACAGAUUUACUGGCAAGUCCAAUGUAUAGAAUAAAUGUUAUUUUCUUUAACCCCUUAAGGACCAAACUUCUGGAAUAAAAGGGAAUCAUGACAUGUCACACAUGUCAUGUGUCCUUAAGGGGUUAAAGGGACACUCCACUGCCCAAAUUAAAAAAUAAAGAAAUAACUAAAAUUCACUGUUUUGUACAAGGGGUGCCCAAAAGGUAGAUCCCCAGAUGUUUUAAAACUGUAACAUCUAUGAUGCCUUGUCAUUUUAAACUCACGCAAAGCAUCAUGGGAGUUGUAGAUUUACAACAUCUGGGGACCUACCUUUUGGGCAUCCCUGGUUUAGUAGAUAUCCCUCAUUAAAAACAUGCAUGCUUUAAUCACGUAUAUUUUUAUUGGGGGAUAUAUCUAAAAAAAAAAAGCUUGUAAAAGUUGCAGAUCUCUUGUCUGCAGCCUUUGCAAACCCUCCCCUUCUAACCCCGCCCAGACUUUCUGUGGCUGUCCAAUCACAGACUUCCCAGUGUAGCUUAAUGAGAAGUCUUUGCUCUGGGCAAUUUCUGUCUCUUGAGUUUAGCUCCACUAAGCUAAACAAACCAGGAAAUAACUUGAGUCUGAAGAGUCCCUUUACACUGAAAAGUUAUGCUGAUCUCCACAGGUGCACUUUAAAGGGACACUAUAGUCACCUGAACAACUUUAGCUUAAUGAAGCAGUUUUGGUGUAUAGAACAUGUCCCUGCAGCCUCACUGCUCAAUCCUCUGCCAUUUAGGAGUUAAAUCCCUUUGUUUAUGAACCCUAGUCACACCUCCCUGCAAGUGACUUGCACAGCCUUCCAUAAACACUUCCUGUAAAGAGAGCCCUAUUUAGGCUUUCUUUAUUGCAAGUUCUGUUUAAGUAAGAUUUUUUUUAUCC